CCUCCCGCCCGCUGUCAGUGCGGCUCAUUGUGAGCCGGAGUGCGAGCCGGUCACAGCGCUCAGUGAUGGCCCGCAGCCGGCCCGCAGUGACAGCCCAUCCCCAGCCACCUGCCGGGCUGCCCACACCGGCCCUCCGUCACACGGGACUAUGAGCUAACACCGCAUCCCAGCCAGCAGCCAUGCCGGGAGCCAAGCCGGGAGCCAAGCCGGGAGCCAUGCAGGGGAAUAGGGGGGCAGCGGGAGAGCGGGGGGCCGGAGCUGCCUGUGUACUCACUGUAAGUAUCUACCGUGUACCUACCUUAUACUCACUGUGUGUACCUACCGUGUACCUACCUUAUACUCACUGUGUACUGACUGUAAGUACUUACUGUGUGUACCUGUGUACUGACCGUGUACUGAUGGUAAGUACCUACAUUAUAGUGAUUGUGUGUACUCACUGUAAGUGCUUAUAAUAUACUGACUGUGUGUACCUACUGUACCUGUAUUCUGAUGGUAAGUACCUACCUUAUAGUGACUGUAAAUACCUUCAUCAUACUAACUGUAAGUACCUACCUUAUGUGCCUACUGUGUAGUGGCUGUAAGUACCUACAGGCAGUACCUACCUUUACUGACUGGAAAUACCUACCUCUUAGUGACUGUGUACCUAUAUUUUGUACCCACAGUAUAGUGACUGUUUACCUACUGUAUAGUGACUGUAAGUACCUAACUUAUGUACCUAACUUACAGUGACUGUGUACUUAAUGUAUACUGACUGUAAGUACCUACCUUUUUGUAUAGUGACUGUAAGUAUCCAGUGAUAUUAACUGAAAGUACCUACUGUAUAGUGACUGUAAGUAGUAAGUACUCAUUGAUACUAACCGUAAGUACUCACUGUAUACUGACUAUAAGCAACCACUGUAUAUUGAUUGUAAAUGCCUACUGUGUAAUGCCUGUAAGUACGCACUGUAUAUGGACUGUACUUACCCACUGGAUACUAACUGUAAAUAUCCACUGUGUAAUCACUCUAAACACCCACCAUAUAGAGGCUGUAAAAACACAGUGUUCAGACUGUAGUUACCCCUAACUGUAAGUACCUACUGUACCUGUGUACUGUCUGUAAGUACCUGUAUACUGAGUGUAAGUAUCUACUGUACCUGGAUACUGACUGUAAAUACAUACUGUACCUGUGUACUGACUGUACGUACAUACUGUACCUGUGUACUGACUGUAAGUACCUGUAUACUGACUGUAAGUACAUACUGUACCUGGAUACUGACUGUAAGUACCUGGAUACUGACUGUAAGUACAUACUGUACCUGGAUACUGACUGUAAGUACCUGGAUACUGACUGUAAGUACAUACUGUACCUGUACUGACUGUAAGUACCUGUAUACUGACUGUAAGUACAUACUGUACCUGGAUACUGACUGUAAGUACCUGGAUACUGACUGUAAGUACAUACUGUACCUGGAUACUGACUGUAAGUACCUGGAUACUGACUGUAAGUACAUACUGUACCUGGAUACUGACUGUGUCUGUAUAACUGAAUACUCCCUUAGUUUACUACCUACCAUCUUCUCCUCCAUCCAGUGUCACUCUUUCCUGCAUAUAACUUACCUUUCUGACAGGUGGCAAGUACCCUUUCCAGGAGACAGGCGCUGUACAGUGGAUGGGGGAUUUUAGUGGAUGUAGUGGGGAGGACAGGGCCUGCAACAGGCGGUUGUAGUGGGAAGGACAGGGGUUGUAGUGUGAGUAUUGACUGUAGUGAGGGGACGUGGGCUGUAGUGGGAGUGAACUGGCUAUAGCGAGGGGACAGGGGCUGUAGCAGGCAUUGUAGUUAAUGUAGUGGGAGGACAGGGGCUGUAGUGUGGGAUGGGGAUGCUAAAAAAAUUAAAUGAAAACUAAAUUGUAUUCCUUCAUCCCUGAUGCUUACCUUUUAUUCUGUGAGGGUGAACCUACCUGCAUCUAAUAAUAAUAACCUACCCCUUGUAAUACCUAACUUACCCCACUAUGUAAAGUCUGUAACUUUACCCACCAUCUAAAAACGAUUUGCUAUCGGUACAUGUAACACAUUCCAUUAGACAAUUGCCACCAGCCCCCAAUGUGAAAUAACUGUUUUAUAUCCCAAUACUGUCUCCUACCCAUCUAAUAACAUAUCCCUUACACCUCUCCAUCUACCGCAGCCAUGUGCUCCUAUUAUUAUUAUUAUUAUUAUUAUUAUUAUUAUUAUUAUUAUUAUUGCCAUUUAUAUAGCGCCAACAGAUUCCCGUAGCAUUUUACAAUAUUAAUCCCGUGGUAUCCCCAAUCCCCGGAUUUCCAUUCUGCAGUCAUGGUUAAUCCCAGCCCCACCCUCUGCACCUUGCAAAUCAGCCGGGUGUGAUUCAGGCUUUGUAAAUGGAAAUUAACCUGAUCCCUUGUUACCAUUACUGACACAGAGUGUGCACACAGGGCUGAAACAUCAAUGUUUAGCGUGGCUCGGUUACAUUGUACAUGAAAUGUGUCUGCUGCAGAACCUCUUGGUCACUGAACCAAUUUAACCUCUGGCACUCCAGGGCGUCAACAUCAUCUGUUAGAGUGAGUGCACAUUCCUGUACAGUGGGUCUGGGGCGCAGAAAUAAUUAAACUACUGCAAUACUCCGGGGAGAAACGUAAUUCACUGUUUCGUAAUAUCAGCUUUCUCCUCCUUCAAUUCCUGGCUGUAUAGAGAUUCAUAUUGAAAACUACCAUGAUGCUGCUGUCCUAGUGUGACGAGCCCAUAUUAUUAACCUCUUCAUUCCCAGAAUACAUUACAUUGAUUAACACCCAGCCCUGUGUCAGUCAAUGUCAGUUCGAGAUUUAUAACCCGGACAAUGGCUAGAUUAGAGAUCUCUCUUCAUAUCUUGUAGUUAUUCCUCCCGGAAGAUCAAAUGCAAUUCAUUGUUUUUAGUGUUAAUUUUUUCUGACGUUUCCUUUUUGCGAUGUCCAUUGACCCCUGUAUAUUUGCUAUCUAUACUGAUUGGCCAGGCCUUCAGUUUCUGGUUUGCUGAUUUGUAUUUGGGGAAUAGACAGCUGUUGCUCACUAGUAUCCAAUUUGGUGAUCUCGGGUAGAAGAAUCGGCCAAGUACUGUACGAGCAUCAUGGUCAAUAUGAAUGGAAGAUAUUCCUUCCGUGUUUUUUUUUUUUUUUUUAGGGCUUCCAAUGAUGUUUGGAUGUAGCCAGCAUAAAAUGUAAUCCGGGAUAUCCUUCUUUGAUUAAAAACACAAGUUCUUCAUUAAGAGUACUGCCCUGGUGUAUGUAGAAUUCAUAUGCCGAUGCAACACAAAUCUACUCCGCACCUUCACUGUCUAACAGCUCAUAAACAUGUUAUAUAUCUGAAAAGAAUGGUGGUUUUGCAAUUUUAGAUCCGACAGCUGGGGUAUCACUGUUGAAUGUUAGUGCUAUGUAUAAAGUAUUAAUCUUCACUCAGUGUGUGUAUAUUGUAUGUGUCACAUUGUGCUGCUAACUAUAUCCUUAUUGUAUGGUCAUAUCAGGAUCUCCUGUCAGAGAACCAUUCCUGAGAUGUUCAUUUCUGCAUUGCUUAGAAUUGAAAUCUAGAGUUCUGUGCUUACUGAAAACUAACUGGAUUACUCACUAAACUGUGAAUGUCAGACAGAUAGAAUAACUAAAUUAGCAAAAUAUUUUCCAAAUCUUACAAUUCCAGCUCAUUUUUAUUAUUUUUAUAUUUAUUUAUUUUUUUUCCUAAUCCCCAAUAAUUCACAGAUUGGUAAAUAUUCCCGUUGGUGUCUGUUUAAUGAGUAUUGUUUUUAUUUAUUUUUUUGGUUUUCUUGCUAUUUUUGCCUAAAGUUUACUAUUCGAUGGCUGUCUGUACAAGUCACUGGUUAGUUAGAAGCCAGUUUAUCUGUAUUUGUAGAUUGUGAUGGUGUUCAAACUGGUCUCUCUUGCUGGAUUACAAGAACCAGAUUUCCAUAAUCCUAUAUUGCACUAUGCAAAGUUUGCAUUUAGUUUAGGGACGAAUGGGGCAAUUCGCAGAACGAAUGAAUGGAAAAAUUCUCAGGAUGAAUGGGAAAAUGUUCUCAGACUCUGGAGGUGAGUUGGGGCAGAUUCACAGGUUAUCUGGAUGAAUGGGCAGAUCACCAUGCGGUGCUCCCCCUAUUUUAAGAAGUCAAGCUGGACCCCUCCUCCACUGCUUGACGGAGAGGCAGUGUCACUAAGCAGGGGCCUCUGUUAUUUCUCCUAAUAUUUCUCUAUCACUUCUGCUUUAUGUUAAACCAGCUGUUAAAGCUGAGAUGCAUAGUGAUGUAGGGUUUGCUUCAAGUUUUAACGUUGAAGUUGGGGGAUUUGAUGCUGCAGGAUGUGGCCGGAAGGGUGGUUUUUGUAUAUCGCAGGGUGUUUGCUCAGGAAGCCUACUUGAACACGUAAUCAAUCUGUAACUUUAAUUUAACUUAUUGUAUGUGAGCAGGAAUCUUCUCCUAUAUAAGAAUAAGUAACAAUCAAAUUACUUUAACAACAUCCAGCCCUUUGGUGUUCCAUUGUCCCCUGCUUAUGUGAAUCCUAUCAUGAUUUGUACCAUACAGAUGUCUACACACCCUCUCCACCCAAAUGUUUCUCUACCUUAUUCCCGUUCUUUUACUUAUCUCUGUGUUUUAGAUUUCAAUUUAUGGCGGUUAUUAUUUUAGCCGAGAUCUACUUUUUGGCAUCUGUUGUGAACUUGCCUUUGUCCAGUUGGUUCUUUUGGGCGACCUUAGAUUGUUUUGGGCUCAUAUUCCAUAUUCAAUAUCAAGUCAUGACUCACCUAUGUGUAAAUAAAUAUGAUCAGAAGGCUAUAAACAGAAAGUAGAGAUUUUUAAGUCUUAAAUGUGUUUUGCUUGAUCAAGUCAUUAUUCAGCGGCAUACGAAUAAGAAUUUGAAUAUAAGAAAAACAUCAGGUUCGGAACUUGACUCCCACUUGUUUGUGCCUUUUAUUGGUACAUAGUUUAGAACAGGGCUGUCUAAUAGGUAAAUCCCCAAAUGUGGUAGAACUCCAACUCCCAUGAUGCUUUGCAUGCCUUUAGAGUGCCUUUACAAUGACAAAGCAUCAUGGAAGUUGUAGUUGUACAACAUCUUGGGAUCUACCUAUUGGGCAGUCCUGGUUUAGAACUUUUCAAGAGCAUUUUGAGGGUUUUUAUUUAUUUACUUUUUUAUAUUUUUUUUAUUCCACUUGGAGUACACCAUCAUAUUCUACACAUUUUCAGCCUAAAAGUAAUAAAAUCUUUCAAAAGGUGCACUAAGUACCAUAAUUAAUACAGUGAUUAUAGUACCAUCCCUUGAUUCUAUGACAUGUCUUGUUUUGGUUGUUGCAGCAUUACCAAAUCUUAGUUAUUUUAACUGGGAUUGUCACACCACCACCCGUCUCCACCCUGGAAAUGCCAAGGAAAUCCCAAAGUGGAUCAAUCGUGUGCACUCUCUAUAGCUCAGUGGUAAUCUGAUUACUCCUGGAAAUAAUCUGUAUACAGUGUUACGGUCUCUAAUGCAGACACAUUCCUAAUCUCUUCAUCCUCACCAAAGAGAGAACCUCAGACACAGCGAAAUGUGGACAUGCCAGCAUGGGUCCCUAGUCAUUGAUCUUUGCAUUGAUUCACACAUUUGAAUAAACCAUUUUAUUGUUAGAGGAAAGUGACUCAUCCCGUGUCGGAAUAUUGUAUCUGGAUGAAUGUCACAAAUUCAAAUUCUAUUAAUCCUUUGAUAGGUAGCUUUUUAUUGCUACUUUUUUCUAAUGAUAAUAACUUCUUUGUUCAUAUCAAUACUUCAGUCUCUCUAUCUGUGAUCUCUGUUAAAACCUCAAUGCAUAUCGCAUUUAGAAAUCUAGUCUACGAUCAUCAACUAUCUUUGUUUACCAUCUGUGAGCGAGCUGUUGUCAUUUUUGAUAAUGUAUGUUUUAAAGAAUGCCUUGUGCAUUUAUACAGCACACUAUUUUACAGUAGAAGAGAACUGUAGUCGCUAUAUAGUUUAUGUAUAAUUUAUCUAUAUAGCACUCACUGGUGUACUUGGCACGUUACAGGUUAUAUUAGAGCGUACAUGAUCACUUUUGAUGUUCCAGUUGAGGGGGGGAGGUACCUUUUAGUCUCUGUACAAUAGAAUUCAUGCAGGCCUUCCAAAAGUCCUGUUUUUGAGGGGACAGUCCUGAUUUCUGGGUCCUGUUCCACGGUCCCAAUUUAGUUAUUUGGAGUCCUGCAUUUAGGGACACCAGAGAACUGUCCCUCAGCAACACGGUGUGCGCACCAUUAAAUUCUCGCCUCCCAGUUAUUAGGAUACUUUUGUAAAAGGAAAAAAAGUGCAGCCAACCUUUUCUUAAAUGAAUAUUUGUUCCUAACAAUCUGCAGCUGGUUAGUACAUGAAGUCUACUGUAUAAUCACCGUAAAGCAGGCUUCCCCCAAACUCCGGCCCUCCAGAUGUUGUUGCACUACUACUCCCAUGAUUCUUAGCCUAUCUAUUUCAUUCAUAGAAUCAUGGGAGUUGUAGUUCAGUAACAUCUGGAGGGCCGGAGUUUGGGGAAGCCUGCCGUAAAGCAUGCAUUAAACCAUUAUUCCUAUACUGCAUUUGAUGACUUGAUGUGUGUUUGGUUAUUCUGAGCUGUGCUCCUUGGUGGGGUCAGGAAGGCUGUCUCCAUACCUCUUUCCACAUUUGUACACAUUUCACACUUAAAGGACUGUUUGUUUUGAGUGGUACAAAGUAGCUGUUAUCUCUAUAUAUUGUAUUAACAUUCAGAGAUUUAAAAAAAUAUAUCGUGUGAAGCCAUGUGUAGUCUGUGAUGUCAAGAUAUUGUAUGUUGCUUUGAGUAUAAUAAGCCUCCGGGUUACUUGCGGUAACAAAAUCGGCUGGUUUGUUUUCUAAAUCGUAAAUCUAGAAUUUACAGUGUUAUAGCUAAACAGUACAGUGCUAUACAGGGUUAUAGCUUUUUCUCAAAAUUUACUGCCCAGUGCGUUGUACCGACCCAGCCCAGUGUGUUGUAGUGAAUUGAAAAUUAAAUUGCCCAAUGUUUUACUGUUGUGGCACUGCCAUCCCCAAAGUGAAGGAGAGCAACAGACUAUCAAAGUCUUUUUCAGAAUGUAUGUGUAUGUAUAUAUGUGUGUGUGUGUGUGUGUGUAUAUGUAUAUGUAUAUAUAUGUGUAUGUAUGUAUGUAUAUAUAUAAAUAUGUGUGUGUAUAUAUAUAUUUUAUUUUUUUAAAAUAAAUUUAGAUAUUAAUUAAUUAAUUGGUUGUUUAGUUUCUUUUGCUAUCCAUGUAUGGGUCGCCAAGCUAAUACCAUGUACAUAUGUUCGGUUCCAGACAUAAUGGAUUCAAAUAACACUAUAGCAUUAGGAAUACCAAUCUCUAUACCUGAAGCUGUUGUGCCCCUAUGUCUAGUUAAAUCCCCCAGUUUGCAAUAAAUUAAGAAAAUAAAGGUUUUUCUUACCUUCUUUCCCAGAGACUCCCAUGGCGCUGCUCAACUCUCCUCCUGCUGUGACAUCAUUGGGGAGGCAUGGCCUCCUCCAGCAAUGGUCCUGAUGCGCAUGUGCGGCGAGUGCUUCACGAGCAUCCAAUGCGUUUUAAAGGAACACAUUGCAUCCAAUGCUUUCCUAUGAGCUCCGCAUCACAUGGCCACAUUUUAUUCAGUCAUUGUAGUGGAAGAGCCUCUCCUGGCUGUCAUAUCACCUUUUUAUUAGGGUAGUGUUUUACUCUUCAGGGUAAACAUUGCUGUUGCUAUAAAACUAUAAUCUUUUACAUGGCAGGAUUAGAAUGGCAGGACCAGUGCACCCAGACCCCUUAACUGAGAUGAUUGGAUGGGGAAUGAGUAAUGCCUAUCCUAUAACUGCAAUAGAAUAAAUACUGUAUAUCUGAAAUGCUGGUCUUUCUGAACUCCAAUUCCUAUGACUCUCAGGUCAGAAACACGUGAUGUGCCGAAGGUAGCUGUCAGUAUUCUGAAGGAUGACAGGUUUAGCAAAGUACUCUGAUUUAGCUCAACUUCCAGGAAAAUGUAACCGUAAUCAAUGAAUCCUAUAUGUAAUUGCAAAGUAGCAAGACUAUGAUAUUAAAUUAAAAAGCAAGCCUUCAUCUCCUUCAACACUUAAGCAGCUGCGAUUGUAGGCGUAGAUGGAGACGAAUUUGGAGCGGUCUCUAGAUGCCCGCAAUAUCCAGAUGCCAAUCCUGGCGCUCAGACUCUCCAUCUGCCUGCGUUUCUGAUCUAUUAUUGGAGAUGGAUGAAUCACUAUAUUUUACUGAUAUAUUGUCUCUGCUAAACUAUUCCAACCUUCUUACCACUCAGUCAAUAGAUUGGAAAUCCCUUCAUAAUGGCUAAGAUCCCUUAUGGUGUAAGGACAGAGCUGUCUUAUCGCUGGUCCACAGGCUUUGCCAUAAUUAAAAAAAAUAAAAAGUUUUUUGGUGACUGCCACCUUGUCUACUAUGCACAUACUAUACUGUUAGGUUAUUAGCUUAACUCUUCCAGUGCCAGGGUUAUUUCGCAUUUUGCACAUAACAGAGGACAAACCGGUUUUCAAACAGUUUGUUGUCUUGACGUUAUAGUUCUUAAAUCUGUAUGAUGGUUUUUGAAGGACAGAUACUAACCUAAUCAUUUAGUAUGAAUAAAAAAAAAAAAUCUAUACAGGACUAGUUUAAAAAUUAAUAAACACCACAAAUAGUUGACUUGAUUUAAUGAAUUGCCUCAUAUGAUUUUAAAGGAACACUCCCAAGCACCAUAACCACUGCAGUGUCACAAGGCCGGGAGUGCCCUACCUUGUAAUGGUUUUACUUCUUGCCUGGUGUCUGCUGGGCACCCACUCCUACAUUCACUACAUCUCAACGAGAGACAGAAGUUUUCUAUGCCCAGUGGUGCAGCGCUGGGUCAUUGGCUAAGAGGCAUCAGCCAACGCUCUCAGUGUAUGUGUUAUGUCUGCACUGCAGGUCUUGUGAACAGGAUCUUCUGGUUCGUACUGAGCACACGGUAGUAUUUAUGGUGUUUGGGAUGUUUCUGGGAUUUAUCUUGGUAGUGUGAGGUCACAUAUUACAAAGGGAUGCUUGGUGAUCUCAACGCUCCACGUUUUGCAAGUUAGAAUUCUGGUGUCGUAGCUGUAAUAGUGGUCAAUAAAGUCAAAAUCAUGUAUAAAGUCCAUUAAUGCAGUUAUUUUAUCACAAAUGUUUGCUAAAUGUAAUGUUUAUUUUUUGUUUGCAUACUUGCACUGCAUUUUACAAUUAACCAAUCUAUAUCAUUGCUGGGUUCUGAUUAACUCUCUGGGCCAAAUUAAGGCUGUGCUCAUGACCCUUUUUCAAGAUUGCAUUUUUAGUGACUGAUUUGCAAGGAAUGUCACAUUUUUGGGACUUUACCAUUCCAGCAAUUACAUUUAAAGGAACACUAUAGUGUCAGGAAUAUAAACACUAUUGUUUUGAAAGCAUAGUUUAGGUCCUCAGCCCCCAUCUCCUCAGUUUAAAAAGGUAGUUUGCGUCAUUGCGGCUGAGAUCAUCAUAUUUGAACUUAGCCAAUCCAAUGUUUUCCCAUUGGUUAGCAUUGGAAGGCUACUGUGCAUGUGCUGCGUCUUUCAGAAUCUCCUCAGAGAUGUAUUGAAUCAGUGUAUCUCUAGCGUUCAGCACACCUUGCAGCACUGACCCAGGAAGCACCUCCAGUGGCCGUUUGAGUGUCUGUCACUGGAGGUGUUACUAGGUAGUAAUAUAGACACUGCCUUUUCUCUGAAAAUGCAGGGUUUACAUUAAAAGGCCUGCAAUGACAGGCUAUAGCCACCAGAACAACUACAGUAAAGGGACACUAUAGUCACCAGAAUAACUACAGCUUAAUGUAGUUGUUCUGGCGAGCAUAAUCAUUACCUGCAGGCAUUUUCAUGCAAAUACUGCCUUUUCGGAGAAAAGGCAGUGUUCAUAUUGCCCCCUAGGAAUACCUCCUGUGGCCACUCCUCAGAUGGCCACUGGAGUUGCUUCAUGGGGCAGUGCUGCACAAUAGGCAGCACUGCCAUUUAGCGUCUUCAUGCUCUGCAUGGAGAAUCUGAAUUUUCCUCAUAGAGAUGCAUUUAUUCAGUACAUCUCUAUGAGGAGUUUCUGAUUGGCCAAAAUGGUGUUUGGCCCCACCCCAUCCCACUCCCUUGACUAUUUAAGCCAAUCCAAUGCUUUCCCUAUGGUAAAUUAUGAUGAUGUCACCAAGGAGGCAGAUCACAGGUGGGGCUGGCGCUGGAAAUAAGGGUGGUUUUAACCCCUUCUAAAGGGGAUAAUGGAGGGCAAGCCACCUAGAUAGUGAUUUUAACACUAUAGGGUCAGGAAUACAUGUUUGUGUUCCUGACCCUAUAGUGUUCCUUUAAGCUGUAGUUGUUCAGGUGACUAUAGGGUCACUUUAAACUUGGGGGAUUUCCAGUUCGAUAUUUAGAUUUAAUUGAUGUUGCCAUUUUAUUGCAGAGUCCUACUACAAUUGGCAAUAACAUAUUAAUUUUUUUUUUACACCCUCAUUUUUUCUUACCUUUUUUAUAGUCUGUUGUGAGCUACUGCAACAAUAUGUAUUUGUGUCUGUGAUCCUUCCCGUGGAUGCCUACAGUGAUUAAUGAGUACAGUCCUAACGAUCAUAAAAUCCUUCUCCCCUCAUACCUGGACAGUACCUUCAUAUUAACAGACCCUGUAAUUCUGGAUCACAAUUUGUAAAAUGUAGAAAUCUAAACCGUUACACGGGAAGGAACAGUUAAUUCCUAUUCUCUAUAGCACAAAGCCACCUGUAUGUAGCAAUCUGAUAGUACAAUGGCAGCUUGUUACCAGUGCCCAGGCCUGUAUUUAUUUAUCUCUGGCAAUUUCUAUUUAUUGUGACUGAUUCUAAUGUUCACUCACGUAUUAUUUCAAAAAUCCUGAAAUUUGUCUUUAAAAUGACAUGUGAGCAAUUGUCGUUAUAUUUCCUUUCUUUAUCCAGUGUUUUGCCAUUGUGUAAAUAACCACACAAACAGGAAAAAUAUAUUUUCCUAGUUACAUGCAUUAACAUAAACAGAAAUACGCUAAAUACAAGAGCACACACUUCUCCUUUAUUAACUGCAAAGUUAUUUCAUCAUCUAAAGGGACACCAUAGGCACCAAGACUACUUCAGCUCAUUGAAGUGGUCUGGGUGCAAUGUCCCUGUUGCACUUAGUCCUGCAAUAUGAAACACUGCAGUUUUGGAGAUAUCCAGCAUCCGUGAAAACCCAAGCAGAGAGCAUUGAUUCAAUGCUUUCCUAUGGGGAGGGCACUUUCAAUGCUUGCCCAUGCAUGUGCAUUCGGUCUGCCGUCCGAUGGCGGAGGAGGAGGCACAGCGGAGCUAUAGUGCUAGGAAUACAAAUCUGUGUUCCUAACACUAUAGUUUCCCUUUAUACCUCAUGGGCCAACAACAAGAGUGAAGAAUAGUGUGUGGAAAAUGUUUUGCAAGAAGCGAGGAAUACUAUUUAACAAAGCCUCUGUUUUAUGCCACUGUGAUUACUGAUGGCAUAGUUAUGAUAACAUAUUAGGGAUUCUCACCGGAACAGAACUUUUAUUAGCAGUUUUUCGAAAGAUGGGUUUUUUUUACGUCUCAACUUUGACACAGAAUCACAGGAGAGAUGGAAAUAAAAUGACUUGGAAUGAUCAGGCAGGAGAUAUAGGGGACGUGAUGAUACAUGAAGUAGGAUAGAUGGAGUUAUAAUGAAAUACAGUUACUUAGAACACCAAGCAGUGCUGGACUUUGAUUUCACAGGACACCAUGAUACUAGGCAGGGGAGCUGAGAUAUGGUGACAAAGUAUCACGAAGCAGGAAAGACUGAAUACAGCGACAGGCGGAAGGUGGGGUAUGAUGACAUUGUAUGGUUUAGCAGUAGAUAUAGGAGACAAUGACUUUGAAUGACUUGGAAUCAGAGAUUGUUUGCAUAAACGUGUAAUAUAGCAAAAACACGUCUUAAUACAUUAUUCAGUUCCUUAGUGAACUUCCGCUUGGGUAUAUUGAAUAGAUCAUCUAUCUUUGUGAUAUCUGAAGUUUUCAAUGUAUCUGGGGCCGAUUUAAGGUAAUUUGAUUUUUAUUUUUUUUUCUCUUUAAGACUGUUAACCGUAAUGAUUAUCCUUAGUCUUCUAAUACGUUUUGCUUUUCCUCCACCCUUGUAGGCAAUAAUUGCUCUUUCCAUGAAUGUUUUCCCCCAUUGACUCAGGCUCCUUCACCAAGGAUAAGGUACUAGGUACUUUGCGGUUUGUUUGUUCUCUGUAACCUUAUGCUAUUUUUUGCUAAUAGGCACGUUGAACUUGUUUUAAGCUAUAAAAGAAUGACUAUAGUGUAUAGUUGCCAAGUUCUUGACAGACCAGGUGACUGGAUAUAAAGUAAAUGCCAAAUAUUUUUUGAUAUGUUAUAAACGAAUGACAGGUUUAUUGCAGAAUACAUUGAGGUUUAUUCACUAAACCGGAACGGUAGAGAAUUGACACAUGUCAGCCCAAAAUAGCGGAGCUGGAGGGUUUUCGCAAUUUGGCUAUUUUGGCCUAUGCUUGGCAAUUCUUCACACUUUUUGGUUUAGUGGCAUAAGAAUUUCAAAGAUGGAUCAAUGGAACUUUCAUCUUCGUAUCGCUCCUCAACUCUACAUCCUCUCCUUACCUACCACGGCUGUUUUUAUUCUAUUAUUUCUGUUACUACUUAUUAUUAGUAGUAGUAUUACUGCUGUUAAACUCUGCGUGUAGAUGCCUUAUUACUGGAUUUUCAGCUCAAUGUCGCAUUAACGCAAAUAGACGUUGUCAGUGCAUGGAGUCAUUGUCACAAAUCUGAUUUCAGUAAUACAAGCAGACACUUUAUUUGAGGUGCAGUGUUUGACGGUCUACAAAACCUUGUAUUGUGUUUCUCACAGUAGUACGUGUUUUUGGGUUUUUUUUAAUUUUUCCCCACUAUAUUUGGAUCUUGUACCUUUUGUACAGAUUGCUAAAGAGAUAAAUAUUCUAGUAGGACAGCAGUGUUUACUGUUUAAUGGAACUUUAUAUUUAUCUGUUACCGAGUUGCUUGAUCAUGUUGGCAAAUGGGAUCUGACUGUUCGAUUUGUGAAACACCUGGUUCUCGUCUCUUUUGAAAAAUUGAUGUAACGCUCUUAAAUAAAGAUUGUCAAUUAAAAAAUAAAUAAAAAUGUAUUAUUAUUUUUAUAUAUAUAUAUAUAAUUUAUUAAUGGUAGAUAUAUUUGUGGUAGGGAACAAGAAGCAGAGUUAUGUUAGUGGUGCAUAAGUCGGUAAUGGUGUUCCGAAACCGACAUUCGGGUAUGCCUGUAAAAAGAGGGCCCACUAAUUUAAAUGGCUUGAUAAAUGCAGUGGUGGUUGGUCUGAACCGGACAGUCUCAGCCCAGAAGAAGGGGCAACCAGUGUAUUUAUAGGCCAGAACAUUUCCUCCCACAACUACAGGACCAACCCUCCAUUUGUGGCCAGGGACAAUAAGCCGAGUUAUGUUAGUGGUGCACAAGUCGGUUGUGGUGUUCUGAAAUCGACGUUCGCCUAGGCCUGUAAAAAGAGGGCAAAAAGUUAACACGUGUCUACAUUACGCAAUCAAUAUUUAAAAUGUUAUCAGUGUUUAUAACCAUACCUGAAAGAGAAAAUUUGUUAGUGGGAGAUACUCUAUUACACGAAGAUACUAGCUGACCUAUGUUAUGCCAAGUGGCGAAACAACUAAGCUAAAUUGGUGACUUGGGAACCUAACUAGUUGCGAUGAGAGGCUCUACCUAUGAUUUGGCCCGUUGGGUACGUUUGCCACCGAUUCUAGUAGGAAAAGACUCUGGACAUUGUUGACCUUCAACGUCCCCUGAUCCUCACUCAGUAUGUUGACUUAAAGUGGUCUGAGUUGUAGUUGUACAUGAUAUGGAUAAGCCAGCCAUGAGGUUGUCUGCGCUGAGUAAUCUAGGUCUAUUUAUUAUUACACUACCAGCUUUUAAGUAUCUUACAGGAACAGCCCUGCCCGGUUCCCCUUUGUAGUAGUUUCUUUCCGCAAGGAUUGUGACUGCACACAUCUUUGUGAUUUCUGCUGACUACGUUAGUAUCAGGUCUCUUGCUUUCUUCUAUUUUUGUUCUACGUGUGUCAUUACUUUUAACAGUCUGCUUUCAGUUCCGGUUAUUUUCUCAAUCGUGUUACUAAUUGUUUAAAGCUGUCAUGUAAACUGAUUUUGCUAAAAAAAAAAAAAAAAUCCAAUUACGGAUGUUUAUUUUAUUUUUUUAUCAGAUCACCCAGGCAGGUGUUACACUCAGUCCCUGGGGGAAAGAUGGGGUGAGAGAAGUUUCUCUGUAAACUGAUUAGUACUUUUCCCAAUGUAACUGUAAUUUCUUCAAAGUAACUGUCCGGAACCUGCGACGUUACAGGAAACGUUUUAUUACAUCUUAGCAGAUACUGUCUAACCAUUAACAUGCAGUGGUUAGUGAUUUAUAAUGUAUAGAUUUUAAACCUUUCCAAAUGAUUAAUCGUUCAUUUUAUUCUGAAACCAGCUUCACACCCAAACAUUAACCCCUUGCUCUGGCUUUGCAGUCAGUACACAAAACCUCUGACCUCUCAAUUCAUGGCACCCCCGACUGACUCCUUGUAUUGAAUUCUGUAAUAUUAUUUACUGUAUUACAAUUUAAUGUACAUGCAGGAGUCGAAGUUGGCACAUUAUUUUGUAAGUUGACUUAUCCUGCGUAUAUAGGCCUAACUCUAUAUUCUAAACCUCUAAUUUUUGAGGGGUUUUCUUAUAAACUUGAUCGACGUGCUACCGGGAUAUAUGGUACAUUUAGUCGUCAUAUACGUCAGUACAUUAAAGUAGUAAGUGUACAGUCUGUAUAACAGUGUAAAUUUGAUGUCCUCUCAAAAUAACUCCACACAUUAAUGUCUGAACUGUUGGCAACAAAAGUGAGUACACCCCUAAGUGGGAAAUGUCCAAAUUGGGCCCAAUUAGCCAUUUUCCCUCCCUGGUGUCAUGUGACUCGUUAGUGUUACAAGGUUUCAGGUGUGAAUGGGGAGCAGGUGUGUUAAAUUUGGUGGUAUCGCUCUCACACUCUCAUACCCGUCACUGGAAGUUCAACAUGGCACCUCAUGGCAAAGAACUCUCUGAGGAUCUGAAAAAAAGAAUUGUUGCUCUACUGAUGGCCCACGCUAUAAGAAGAGUACACUUACUACUUGACAUGUCAUUUAUUCAGACUUGUCACAUGAAAAGAUACUGAGUGUGUGUGUGUAUAUGUGUGUGUGUAUAUAUGUAUGUGUGUGUAUAUGUGUGUGUAUAUAUAUGUGUGUAUAUAUAUAUAUGUAUAUAUGUAUAUAUGUGUAUAUAUAUAUAUAUAUAUAUAUAUAUGUAUAUGUGUGUGUGUAUAUAUAUAUAAAUAUAUUCUCUCUCAAAAGUGAGUACACCCCUGACAUUUUUGAAAAUAUUUUACACUGUUAUACAGGCUGUACACUUACUACAUUACAUUGUAGCAGAGUGUAAUUUCUUCAGUGUUGUCACAUGAAACGAUAAAAUUAAAAUAUUUAUAAAAAUGAGGUGUACAGUACUCACUUUUGUGAGAUAAUGUGUGUGUGUGUGUGUGUGUGUGUGUAUAUAUAUAUAUAUUAUAUUUUCAUAAUUUUUUUUUAUUUAUUUUUUUUACAAGGUAUUUCUUUAAAGUGUAACUAUCCUUCUCUGGUGUUUCCUUGUUUUUUGGGCAGUAUAAAGCAGCGGAAGGAAGGAAGUUUAAAAAAAAAUAAAAAACCUGCCUGCAAUUCUGCAUUGAGGGUGAUUUUCACUGCCCUGGGGAAAUGAUAUACACGCGCACAUGGUCUCUGGCAUCCCACCAACAGUGCUGUACAUGCAUAUGAGCCGUGUCCAUAGCAUUGCAAGGUCUAAUCAGACUUCCAUACACUGCCUGGAACAGCAUGUAAAGGUUUAAAAUAACAAGAGAAUUUGUGGAAAAUGAUCGGUUUCCAAGAAUAGUGAUGAGCAGCCUUGGAUCCCCAGAUGUUUUUGAAUUCCAUCGUCAUUUAAGGUUUCUGUUUGUCUUUCCCAUAAGAUGACUGCAUAACAAGGCUAGUUUGUUCCUUCAGUGAAAGUGUAAAUAGUAAUCGGUGUAGUAAUUCUGAGCUGAUUAGUCAUUUGCAAUAAUCCCCAGUGACUACCCAGGGUGACACGUGAUGAUCCAGUCAAUAAGGACACAUAGGACUUGCAAAAAUAGUUUUGUGAUUAGGAUCAACAUUUAUACCAAUAGCAAAUGGAUGUUGAAAGGAAUUGGAAAAUAAUAUACAUUAAUGAUUCAUCUUAAAGGGGCAAUCUAAGCACUAAUCCUAAAUUAACACUCUGUGCCAUGGUCAGUACAUUGCCCUGGUCCCCCGAAUGUUAUUAGUUAAUCUGUUUUCGAAUGGCAUUGAUCCCCGUCUCUGUGCAGCCCCAGAAGAGACAAACUUUUCAUUAGAGCUUCUCUUGGCACUCCUGAUCCAAGUAGUGCAGGGUCAGCUCCUAGGCGGCAAGUGUUAGCCCUUCACUGUAUAACUCGCCUGCCUUCACCUGUACCCCUUGGCAACUGCACUGCCAGCUGAGCAGCCACCACUGGUUGUGAGGUUAGUGUUGUGUGAAAAGACCCCAGGCAGUGACAGAGCCAUUUUCAGGACAUGAUUUUGGAACAAAGCAGUUGCCCCUCCAGGCCUAUCAUUGCUUUAUUGGAGAAACAACACGAUUUACAACUUUCCUAAUCCCUGCACCUGUAGUAGCUAUACAGACAGACGCACACAGAGCUUCUGUCUAAAAUAUAUUCAAUAUUAUCUCUGUGUCUGAUGUCCUGUAAGCAGACACCAGACGCAGGCGUAGAGAAGCAUUGGAUUGGAAAGUCAUACUUGGCAGACAAUUACAUGUUUAAGCAUUGCUGCAGAAAUAAUGUCUGCAGCUAUGAGAAGUUAAAUAUUUUUAAUAGGGUAUGUAUAGUGGGCGGGGCCUGACCAGAGAGAGAGUUAGAUGCAGGCUGAGUGAGCUCCUAGGCCUCACUUAUCUACUAAGCACAUAAAUCGAAGAUAAUAUCGCUCUUGAGACGAAAGGGGAACUAACCUUGAAGCAGCUUAAACACUUUUGGAGGCCUGAAGGGAUCGCAGUGUAGUGUGGCCUACCACUUGUCCCUAGGUGAAGGAAACAUGUGAUCCUCCAUCUGGUAUUUGCAUCGGGUACACAAGUUGGGGUUAUCCCGGUCACCACUGGACUGAACAAGCUUGCAGCACUAAGCUAUGGACCAGAGAUUGGACUACCCAAAAUGGCUGACACUUGUAAACCUUAUAGCGGAAAUAAAGACCCACGAGGCCCCGACCAGGUUGAGCAAAAAUUCAGAGUAGGGUUUAAGGACACCACUAACUUUUUUUUUUUCUUAAUGAUGAACCAAUGAUAUUACAUAUAAUGAAUGCUUAAUGUAUGGAGAUUUUUUUUGACUUGGUACAGAAGAUGAUAUAUAGUUCGGUUGUAUUGUUCAUAACAUUAGUUAAUGUUUAAGGAUCUAGCCUCGAAUUUAUGUCUGGACAUUCUCUUUGAGCUGCCCAGGUGUGCGUAAUUUGUUCACGUACAACCGCUCCUUCAGAUAUCCCCACAGGUAGUAAUCAGGAGCUGAAAGGUCGGGUGAACAUGGUGGCCAAUUAUUCUGAAUUUCUUAAAAUUUAUCUGCUUUCUGAACAGUUAUUUUAGUUGUGAAACUCAAAUGCCACUAUUUUUACUUGUUGUUUCUUUGUUAAAUUACCCAUAAGGAAUCGCCCAAGACCCAGUUAUAAUAUAGAAAAUUUAAACUACUAAUAAAUAGGAAAUACUUUAUUUACCUGUCAAAUCCUACUCUGAACACAUUUCUUCCAGCUAUUAACAUUAAUAAUUAGUGGUUAAAUUAUGGUAUUCCUGGUCUUAUUAAGGGUAAUUUGUAAAGGAGGAAAAAGUGAAACUGACAUACCUGUAAAAAUGAUAAUUUAGCUCAAAUGUUUAUGGGAUCUGCACUGUUUUGGGAAUGCAGAUUUUUAAAAAUCCCUGCAAAAAGUGGGGAAAAAAAGGAGCUGAAUAUGGCUUUAUCAAAUGUGAUAUGUUGUUACCUGGAUAAGCAACUCUAUUUAAAUGUAUUCUGUGAUGUCUGCAGUAAAGCCCCUUGUCAUUUUCUGUUUUUUACUGAGCUCCUUCCAGUAGCUGCUGUAUUACACGCUGUGAUGUGGUCGUAUGCAGUCUCUCCGCAACAUGCAGGGGAAGACAGUGUAUUGCAAAAUGUCUUAAGUUUAGAAAAAUGUCUAAAGUUCAGGAAAGGUAGCAAGUCAUUGGUUCACCUCUUUUGAGUACAUCUGCCUCCAAGACUAUUGGAUUAUUGGCAUCUUUAAGAAGCCACCUGAGUUAGAUAGCUGGUGCCUUUAAGGAUGAAGACGGUAGUUAAGUAACAUCUGGGUUAACCAUUACUGCCAUAAGGAAUCAUUUGAGUGUGCUGUCCACGUGCAUUGUAUUGUAAAUACCACCGUUGCUUUCUUUAUUGAUAUGAUUCAUUGCAAAUUACUUCAAGCCGUUAACAAAAUACUGAAUAACUUUAGCAUUCACCAACUUCAUGCCUCGAGCCUGGAGGUGAAGCUUAAACUUCUUAAUCGUCUUAAUAAUUAACUACAUCAACUAGCUAACGAGGUAGUUAAUGCAAUAACAGGCUUUUAGAAAACUCUUAAAUACAGCAAUCUGUUAAAUAAGCCAAAUAUAUUUUUCAAUAUUUAACCUGUUACUAUAUUUUGGCUAGAGGGCAGCAAAUUAAAUAAUGUUUGAGGAAAAAAAGUGAAAUAAUUAAAGUCUAAAAUUCUCACUGAUCACUUGAAUAACAUGUCCUAAGUUGACUAUUUCUUUAUUACGAGACAGAAAUUUUAUAAAUUUUUUUUUUUUUUUUUUUUUUAUUCCCUAUUCUUUUUCAGCUUGUGCUCAUUCAGCUUAGUGUCCAUCUUGGCUUCGUAGAGGCUGAGUCGGUGCAACUGUCUGAGAAAACAACAAUAAUACUUCCAUCUGGGAAAUACCACCACACCGACCCCGAAUCCAAUGCAAGCUUAAUAUGUGACAAGUGUCCAGCCGGUACCUAUGUGUCCAGACACUGUACAAAGUCUACACUUAGAGAGUGCAGCCCUUGCACCAAUGGCACCUUCACAAAACAUGAGAACGGGGUUGAGAGGUGCCAUGCCUGCAGGCCGCCUUGUGAAAAGCCGUUGGUUGAGAAAAUGCCUUGUACUGCCUUGUUUGACCGCGAGUGCUCUUGUCCAACAGGUGCAUUUCUGUUCAAUGACACCUGUACACCACACACCGUUUGCCCAAUUGGAUGGGGUGUCAGGAAAAAAGGAAGCGAUACAGAAAACGUCAAGUGUAAGAUAUGCUCUGGCAGGACCUUUUCGGAUGUGCCUUCUAGCGUCAUGAAAUGCAAGACGCACACAAACUGCUUAGAACUUGGUCUGGGGGUCCUAAGCCCCGGUACGAAUAAACGUGACAAUAUUUGUGGACCGCUUUCUUCUUCACCUCCAACAGAUCUAAAUUCUACACGUGCUGAAAAUGGUGAGUAUGCUAAAGCAUUAUUGACCCUGAUGCUGUGUUUUCCAUUCGAUGUUGUGCUGUAACUGUACGGUAUCCUGUUAAAUGUGAUCAAGAUGUAGGAGCCUUUAACAGACUAAUUUUUACAUUUUUUUACAUCUUUUUCUUUCUUAUUCAAUUGGAGCUUCAUUGAAGUUCUUUAGUUCAAAGGAAGAUAACAGAAACCUGAAAUAUAGGCAAACGUAGGGUAGAUACAUAUAUGAAAUGAAUAAAUCAACAGAAAAAUAAAUUAAGAUAGAGAGAGAGAGAGAGAGAGAGAUAUAGAUAGAUAUAUAUAUAUAUAUAUAUAUAUAUAUAUAUAUAUAUAUAUAUAUAUAUAUAUAUAUAUAUAUAUAUAUAUAUAUAUAUAUAUCUCUAUAUAUAUAUAUAUAUAUCUGUCUCUGUUCGAUGCACUCUGUGGUCUUAUAAAUAAAUACAAUGGUGUUUAAUCCAUAUGAGAGUCUACAUGUAUGUCAGAUAGACGUGUCGACCUCCUCAAGAGCAAUAUAUUACCAAAACUUAAAUCUAUAUAUACAUUAAUGCCUAUAUCUCUGUGUGCUUAAACAUCUGGAAUCCAUUGAUAUACCCUGUUUCACCCAAUAAAUUCAUUUGUGCUGUGCCGUAAGGCAGUGCUUUGAACCAAGACACCUCUUAGGAUCAAUUAUUUGAGAGGAUUUGGAAGCAGCAAAGGCAGUGCUUACUGAGUGCGUAGGAGAGCAAUUUCUCAUCCAGAUUUCCGAAGAAGAAACCGAUGGUUCAAUAUAUCUGAAUACCUUACAGUUCUGUAGUCUACCACUUCUACAAAUUACCUGGUAUCAAAAAGAAACCGAGCAAUCGGGCCAGCAGAAUGUCACUGGCUGUCUGGUAUACAAGUAUCUGGUCCUACACUUGUUACCACAGUUACUAUCUAUUGUAUAUAAAAUAGUGUGGAACAUCUUUUGUUUUUAUUUUUAAUAUAGCUUGAGACUGAGAUUGGGGACCUAGGGGGACCUCAAAACUAAAAGGUUGGUCUAAGCACCAAAAACACUUAAGCUUAUUGACAGGGUUUUGAUGCAUAAAUCAUGACACUGCAAUGUACGUGCCUGUAGGAUGAAGAGGGCUAUGUCUUCAUGAAAAUGUAUCCAAAUAUUAAAGGGAUACUAUAAUAACCAAAACAACUUCAUUUUAUUCCUCUUAGGAGUUGAAUCAUUUUGUUUAUGCUGCCCUUGCCACACCUCCCCGCAUGUGACCUACACAGUCUUCCUACGCAUUUUCUGUAAAGAAAGAUCUUAUGUUCAAACUAAAUAUGUUGCACAAUGUGUUUAAUUUAAACAUUUAUAUUUCGAACUCUGUGAAUUGCUUGCUAGAGCCUGCAGGAGCCUCCUGUGUGUGAUUAGAGUUCAGUUAAUACAGGCAGAGAUACAAACUUCUAAAGUAAACACAAUGUGCUGCAAGAUAUGAUUGAAAAUUGAACAAUUUUUUUCCUAUAUUCUGUGUGAGUUACAACCAGGGGAGGUAUUGCUUAGGCUGCAUAAGUAGAAGCAAAAGUGAUUUAACUCCUGAGCUCCUUAAGCAUUAGUUUUGGUGCUUGGAAUAUCCUUUGUAAAGGCAGUAUGCCAUUAAAUACUAAAACAUAACAUACAGGAAGGACGAAACUGACACAACAUAUUGGAAAUAUAUAUUAAAGGAAUGAUGGGGGUGGGAACCUAAUGUGCAUGCACUACGAGCGUUGCACAAGCAUUAGGCCUUCCCCAUAGGAAAUCAUUGCUUUCCCAUGACGUUUUUCAAAACGCUGGAAAUCCUCUUGCAAAGCGUCAGGCCAUCCAGCAUUGUUUCGUGGAAUUAAACUCUGACAGAUCGCCACUGGUAGGUUUCUCUAAAACUGCAAUGUUUUACAUUGCAGGGUUUAGGGAACAGGGGCACUGCACCCAGACGGCCAGACCACUUCAAUAAGAGUGUACUUUUCAUCUUGAAUGGUACUACUUAUAUAAAUUUUAUAAAUGUUUAUUUUGUAUGACGUUUUACAGUAGACACAAGAUAUUUGUACAGAAAUCAAGAUUUCAAUUUUAUGAAAAAUGACAUCUAUCUCAAUAUAAAUUAGUUUAAUUUUAUGGCUGCUUUUGGGAUACCAAAAAAUGAUUAUGUUCAUUUGAAAUUUGUCUUUGUAACCAAAUUCAGAUUUUGUUCGAGGGCAUUCAAGCUUUCAUUCUAUAUUGUCUCCUAGUGAUUCUAUCCAAUCUAAAAAGCCCCCGAGACCACAGCAAGCAAGGACAAGCUCUCAUUGAGCAGAUAUAAACCUUUCUGCCUAAUGGAUGCAAAUAACUUGAGCGGCAUUUUUAUAAUGUUCUUUUUCAGAACGUGUAACGGAUCACCUGGCACCCAGACUGGGUACCUCCGUUGAAGGAUGCUCUUAGCGCUUCCUGAGGACUCCAAGCACUGCAGCAGACUCCAUAACCACCGUAGGCUCCUCCAGAGAGCAAAACCGGAACAAGCUCUUACAAGAGCUUAGCAGUGAAUAUAGCAAGAGAGUAUGCAGAGCAUAGCAAUCCCUUGUAGCAGAUUCCCCCAAUAAGAGACAGCACUCCAAAUUGAGAGUGAAGUAGAACUGAAGCUUUUAAUCAAACACUCUGCUUUUAUGGACAUUUUACACACAUAGUGCUGCCCACAGGGUUUUGCAGAACAACCAAUCAAUACGUACAAUACACUCAGACACUCCCACACAAAAUCCUCCCUUCUGCCUGUGAUAUAAUUACUGAACACAAUGGUCUAAUGUAAUUAUCACAGGCAGGAAAACACAGUUUUACACAAUAUUCAUAACUCUAAAAGUAUACAUCACAUUCACAUUUUCAGAAUCCGCAUACUCCAAAUACAAACAUACGUCAAAAUCAUACAAAUUGGUCCAGUGGGUCAAAAGUUAGUUGGAAAUCCCUUUGUGACAGCCUGCAAGCAUGGCUUGGGUGUGGUAAGCCAAUUACAUCCAGCAUACAGAAAAUAGCUCUAUUCACAGCAGUAAAAACACAUAAAAAUACAUAAUUCCUAUUAUACUUAACAGAACCCCCACAUUCAAUCUUUCCCCAGAUAGCUUGGAUCUGAGCGCUCACUGUAUCCGAACAGCGCUCAGAUACCACAAACAGUCAAAUCGCCAUGGGUUUAAACCAUAGUAACAAGUUCCAACUGGUCUGGCAGUGUCCCUGGGACAACUCCCUGCUGGAGAACAAUAGACGGGAAACGGCACACCUUCUCAUGUAUUCAAAGGGCCAGAAAGUGUUUCAAAAUCCAAUAAGCCCAAAUGUCUUUAAAGGGCAAUAAAUCCCAGGGGCCAUAGUCACAUGGCAGGAGGCUGGCAAUCAGUUUUCUCCAAUGCCCAGUGGCGAGGUCGGUUGCGCCACAGAACAUGUUUAGAGAACACGACCUUCCUUGUACUCUGCGUUGGUUGCAAUCCUCUCGUAGCCUUGAUUUUUAAGCAUUUAGAGAGAUUUUAAAGUGGAACUGUCAGGUCUCUGAAAGUGAUAGCUCACUAUUCCCUGACCCCAUUAAGGAUGAUUUAUAGCAUUUACAGAGGUGAGAAGUGCAGAGGAGACACGUUAAUUAAUUUGUUUGGCACAAUUUAUUAUUUUAUUUAGUUACCCAGGCAUACGAUGCAAUACGAUUAUUUUUUUUUAAAAUAUCAAUCCUUAGAUUGGUUGUUCAAAAAUCUGAGAUUUACGUUAUAUAACAUUAGGUCUAUAGUACAGCCAGAGGAUGCUGUGCAAAUGUAUUUCUUAAUAUUUACUACAAUUUGAAUCUUUACCCUAUCAGUACUAAUAAGAAUAAAGUAUUUCUAACUCCAUGGCCUGCAUACAAUAGUACAGGGAUAGGAAACCUUUAGCACUCCAGAUGUUGUGGACUACAACUCCCACAAUGCUCUUACAGCCAUAAUGCUGGCAAGGCAUUAAUAAAUCUGCAGGUCCCCCAGGGGCGCCACUGAUUAACUUAGCGUGGUCAUUUAAUGCUUUAAGCCAGCGAUGGCGAACCUAUGGCACGCCGAGCCCUCUCUGUGGGCACACAGUCAUAGGUCACUGGAUCACUAGGGCGGCGCACCUUAUGGGGGCACUAUUUGGCAGCCUUAGUCCCCCUUAGCCUUAGCAGGCGCCUACUGUGCUUUCGUAUCGGUGGGUGAGUUGGGAUGGAGGGCUGCGAGGGAGCACUGACUUAGUGCUGUUCCAGCACUUCUCCCUCCGUUCCCUCCGCUGAUGCCACCGGGAGACAGGAAAUGAUGUCAAUCAGGCGCUGGGGGGGGGAGAGGAGGAGAUGCACCACCACAACAACUUAAUUUAUAUGAAGUUGAUAUGGUGACCAGUGUGUACCUUUUUAAUAGAAAGCUAAAUGUAUUAUACCACUACUGAAGAUGAGAGAGAGCCAAGGGAGGCGAGAAAGAUAGAGACAGAGAUGGAUUAUGGUGAGACAUGUACUGUAUGGGUAUCUCUGUAUUGCAAGUCUGUGUAAUCAAUCACUGUGAUCCUGAGGCUGUGUGGGAUAGUUAAGAGUAUCUCAUUAUUGUGCCCUGCUCUGUGUAUUAGAUCUCUAUUUUUAUUUUUGUUCUCAGUUCUGUCUGUGGUAUGGUUAUCUCUGUAUUGUACUCAAGUCUUUAGUUUAUAGAUAUCUUUAUGUUGUGCCCAGCUUGUUUUAUUGUAUGAGUAUCUCUGCAUUAUGCUCAGCUCUCUGUAUUGUACAGGUAUCUCUGCACUGUGUAGGGAGGAGCAAAAUUCUGUCCUGCACGGUGUAGGGAGGAGCAAAUCUUCACUAACUGCCACGUCACCCACCUUUUAAAAGUCCAUUUCAUUAUUGGAACAUAAUAGUCUGUAGAUCCCAUGUUUUUGGAGGUGCAUGAGAGCUGUUUUGGGAAGAGCUGCCUUAAAGGGACACUGUAGUCACUAUAAACACUUUGUCUCUUUGAAUUGGUUAUAGUGCAUAGAGUGGCCUGGCACUGUCCCUCCAUUCAGUUUUGCACCAUGUUUGGGCAGUAUGCCACAAAAUAAGAGUCCCUGGCCACCCACAGUCCGGCCCCUUCUGUAUGUGUAGCUAAGGCAGAGAUUACACACUUCCUUGUUGUCAUACCGUCAGUUGGAGCUCUGACAGGUUAAAAGCAGUCAGCUGACACUGCCAGCCAAUCACAGCUGCCCAUUGCCUCUCAGGGUAAUACUUCCUUAUUAGCCAAAGCAGCACAGAGGGGAUAGACUGCCGUGGACUCUUGUUUAGCAUUAAAACAUUACAACAUUAAAAACUGUUUAAUGCUGAAAGAAAUGAUGGUACCAGGGGACUCCAGACACUAUAACCAGUUUAAUGAGAUGAAGCAGAUACAGUGCCUACUGUGUCCCUUUAAGCAUUGUUUGCCAAACCAGUCCAUGGGAACCACCAACUGCCUAGGAUUUAGGAUGUAUCUUAUACUGUUCUAAUAAACAUAUCAAUAGAAGCUGAACUUGUGAUGGCCUUUUUUAUUAUUAUUAUUAUUAUUAUUAAGUGUUCUUGCAUAGCAAGACCACUUAUUGUUAUCUCACAUAUAUAUUAUUAUUAAGUGUUCUUGCAUAGCAAGACCACUUAAUGUUAUCUCACAUAUAUAUUAUUAUUAUUAUUAAUAAUAAUAAUAAUAAUAAUAAUAAUAAGUGUUCUUGCAAGAACACUUAUUGUUAUCUCACAUAUAUAUUAUUAUUCUUAUUCUUAUUCUUAUUAUAGCCAAAUUUGCCACCCUAACUCCUCCCACAGUUUUUACACUACAUAGACAAAAAUUUACCAAAACGUGCAGAUUGUUCCCGAUCGGAUUGCUAUUACUUUGUGGAACGUUUCGCCGAAUGGUUCACGGAAUAUCGUCGUUCUUGUGGCGAAAUUUGUCCCAUAGGAAUGAAUGGCAAAGCUAGAGUGGGAGCUGGCAAAAGCUGAAAAAUCAGGACAUGAUUUCUAAACUGCCACCACUCCCUUAUUUUCAGGCCCACCUACACAAAUCUUAUAUCAAAACGUUCAGCUAUCCCUGCUGCCACUAAACAUGUCAACGGCUAAGCCAUAGUCCCGAUAGUUUUCACAAUAUAAUCAUUUGUUUGCAACUAACGCCGUCCAUUGACAUUCAUUGAAACUUCACUGUGCAAAGCUCAAAUUUGAAGUGCAAUUUCUAAACUGCGACUGUGCCUUCAAUUUUAAUACUUCAGAGACAUACUAUGCAUCAAAAUGUAGGUCUGGGUCUUGUGAUUCUCACAAUAUAAAGCUCUUCGCUGUAGGAUUUAUAGUUUUUAAAAUACGACCGUUUGAAGAUGGCAACUGCCAAAAUGCUCUGACCUGUGUCAGGCUGCAGCAGCAAGUGAUGUCAUAGACCGGGCCUUUUGAACACCUGCUAAUGUUUUUAUAAAUGUAUGGUUUAAUGUAACUGUGCAACAACGUUGCAAUUAAAUGUGCUAUAUAAAUGAUAACAGUUACUCCGCCCACUCCAGUUGUAGACUACUGGUGGAGGCAAGAACACUUCACACAAUUUCCCCAGAAAUUGAAGAUUAUAUUAGCUUUAGUGUACUAAUAAUCUUAAUUUUAGUAAUGACAGGAGGCGAAUAUUUGCAUAUCUUUCUUUACUCAAAACUCCAGCAGCAUAGUAACAUAAACAACCAAUCAGAAAAAAGAUAUAAUGCCCAUAAAAAGCCCUGUCUAUGACAUCACUUCCUCUUUCUUUGAAGCGAAACAAUAAAUAACAACAAGAGACAUAAUCAUAUUACGUCAACAGUUCAACAACAUAUUAGAAUAUCCAACUCCAUUAGUUCCACGAUGCAGAGGUAUGGAAGGUGAAUCUUUGUCUCGAUGAGAAGACGUUCACGCUGCAAUAAAAAGAAAAAGGUGAAAGGUAUCUGGCGUGAUAACUUGUCCGCAUACAAUAAGCAUUAAGCAUCUGAUAUACCAACGAACAUUAGAGUGUGAAACAUAUCAAUAUAUAUUUAUUCUAACGCAAUGAUAUUUAAGAAUAUAUAAACACAACAUAAUGCAAGGUUCAUGUCUAGUAUUCAGCCAAUACAAGACCCACAAGAUACAGGUCUAAGUAGCAAACAUACAAACCAUACGUACUUACCUUCCUGAACAUAAAGGACAUAUUCUGUUCAACACGAGAAACAUGGGAGGGAUUCUAUAGGGUGGGAAAUAUUCGCCUCCUGUCAUUACUAAAAUUAAGAUUAUUAGUACACUAAAGCUAAUAUAAUCUCUCACAUUUACCACAUGACAGGAGGCUUCAUAUUUGCAUUUUUAAAGCUUUGAAUUGACCAAUGUGAAGGAAGCAUGAGAUGUUUGCCGAAAAUAGAACGUUCUAAACGUACUCUCUCGCGCUCAGUCCGCGCAGCGUAUAAUGUCGGCUAGGGAAGCAUCGGCCGAAAAGGUUUGUGAGGCCGCCGCUCCCCUGACCGAGUGGGCUCCGAAACAAGGUUCGACGCUAAAGACAAAAACCAGCGGACCCAUCUGGCCAGUGUUGCGGUAGACACCGGUCCAUGAGGGUUCACGUAAGAAGUCAGAAGGUGAUCCGUCGAAUGAGUUCGAAGGGGGUAGAGAUAUUGGUGUACCCCAUUAGCGUUCUGACCACGCAUAGUGAGGCGUCUGACACAAAGCAUGGGUAUGACUCUGAAGACGAAACAGACUUAGUUCAUCUCGACAUGGUAAAGGUAACCCCGUCUGGUGUGAGAGAGAAACCAUCCAUAUCGCAAGCCCUAACGUCCGCCACCGUCUAAAUGAGGCGAGGCAUAAUAAGAGGGCUAGUUUGGCUGAAAGUUGCUUCAGUGACAAACAAGGAUUGUCCGGCCAUUCCCUAAGGAAUCUCAGCACCACAUCCACCUGCCAGAGGCGUGAAUAUUUGGGUGCAGGGAUCUCGACAAUUCGACACCCCGCAGUAGUCGACAAACCAGUGUAUCUUGACCUACUGGUCUGCUCUGUACCGGAACGUGCGCCGCCGAUAUGGCGGAUCUGAUCACGUUGAGGGAUCGAUAUGACCGACCCAACGAGACCAGGUGUGACAGAUAGUUGAGGGAUCAGUGGGACAGGUGCGGUAAAGGGAUCGGAAUCCCUUUCCACACACCAAUCACUCCAGGCUGACCAGGCAGAAAUAUAGCCUUUCCUGGUGCCGGGAGCCUAUGAGUCCCAUAGGAGGUCUUAGUUGAUGCAAUAGGUCGUGAACUGACCAGGAGCCCCUGAAGCCGUCCAGGCAACUAGUGCCAGUUGUCCUUCCAUGACAAGGGAGUGGGCUUCCCCUCGAGAUCCCGUCAGAAGUAGAGGGAAGGUAGGGAGUAGUAGAGGGUCUCCGCGAGACAUCUCCAGGCGAUCCGGGAAAUCACGGUUGGCCCUGCCCGAGGGGUAUCAUGAGCAGGAGCGAUAUCUUGUGGGUGUUUGUGUGUAUCGAAGCACCCUUGCUAUUGUGGAGAACGGCUGGGUCGCAUUUGCAGGGGUUCAUCCAUCGCCCCGUAUCCGAAGGAAGAGUCAAAGAUCGUUUUGCCAAUCCAAGUUUGUAUGUGAAGUAAUCACCAUCGAAAUUCCAUCCUCACUUCCGCUGACAGUGGGAUCCAGUGGUCGUAUGAGUGACCGGUGCGUACGUAUCUCACCAUCAGUCGUAGUGGGCCAGGGAAUAACGCUUGUAUGGAGGAGGAGAGGAGGAGAGGAAUCCCACAAUCCGACAGCUAUCCUUAUAGAGGCGCUCUUUGCCGUAGACGGACGCGGAACGUAGUUCUCCAAGCCGAUGUCGAAACCGAGGAACUGGCCCGAUUCAGAUGGAGAAGCGAUCUUUGUCUGUGUACAACAAAAAACCCAUGGAGUCCCGAAAGUGAACGACAAAAUUUGUCUGCAAACGUAGCCUGGAUUCGUAAAGAAUCAGCAAGUCUUCCAGGUAUACAAGGCAUCGCACGCCCAAAUUUACGGAUGUGUGCCCUCACUGGUUACAGUAGGUUCGCGAGCACCACGGAGUCGUAAACUGCCGUGUUUGUCCUCACCAUUGGAAUCGGAGGAAAACUUCGGCAGUCCAGGGCAACGGGUACUGACAAGCGUGCGUCCUUGAGGUCCAGAUGUGUAAACCAGUCGUUAUCGCCUAGGAGGUCUUGUAGAAGACGAAUUUCCUCCAUCUUGCAGCAUUUGUAUACCAUGUAGGAGUUCCAUUGAUGUAGUCUCCUGGCUUCUUCUUGACCAGGAAAAAUUUUGCUGGGGAAGCCUUCCCCUCCGGUGCAUGUUGAAUUGCGCCCCUCCUGAAGAGGGUGCAGAUUUUCUUGUCCACGAGGCGUUCCUGUUCCGCCAGCGUGCGUAAUGGAGGUGAAGGGGCGACCUGCACGGCUGUGAUAAAACUCUAUGACAUAGCCUUGUACUGUCUGGAGAACCCAGGUGACUUUGGUAGUCGUCUCUCAAUUCUGUAAAACAGAGACAGGUUGCCGGUCAUAAUAUUGGAAACAGUUAGUUAUGUAGGUUGACACACUAGUAGAUGAAGCGGAUGGGUUCCUUUGUGUAGUAGAUGGGAGAAAUAUGAGGACCGUGUAUACGAUCUGGAACCUGUCGCCCAGAAGCGGCUGGUGGCUCGGUUCAGUUACCGACCAGUCCUCCCAGAAACACCUUUCCCCGUAGGGUUGUGGAAGACUUGUUUUAGCGAGGUCUGGGUUUAAUUUAGUGUGGUGAAUAAAUUCACGUGUUUCUUGAAUACUGCAAUGAACACUACGUCGAAUAGUAGGCCUUGUGCUUUUGGGCCGAAUUCUUGUCGUUCCUAAGUCCAAUAGUGUGUUGUCGAUGCGGCCCAGUACAGAUUUGCGUCUGUCGGCGCAUAGUGCGUCAUUUACGUUGCCCAGGAGGCAUAUCGAGCAUUAAGACCAUUCUUUGGAGGUGGUAGGGUUGAGUUGUGUACCCUGGGGUAACUCGGUCUUGAGGCGUGCGCAUCCUUCCAUCCCCCGAGGGUUGCGCAGCCAAUAGUGUUCGUCCAGGAACGUUCCGUCUUCGGCUACUCUGGUUUAGUGCCGUUACAGUUAUCUCUGCCUCAGCCGCCGUCCCAGAGUAAGGUUUCCCUAACGUACUUCGAGGAAGUGUGGGGAAGGUCUUGCCGUUCCAUUUCCUCAGACGGUGGGCUGUCUUCGUGUCGCUCAUCUACCAUGUCCAAAGUACGUGGUGGGUAAUAGUCUUCUUGGUCGGAAGAUUGUGGCGGACGGGGUUUGGAUUCCCGGUGCUCCGCCUAUUUGGUCUGUUCGAUGGGCGUCUUGCCCUUGACCUUAGUGGCAUGGGGGCUGGAGCCCUUCCCUUGCCGUUUUGACUUGAAGGCUUGUGGGCCUGAGGUCUCCAUCAAGCGGUGUGGGGUAGAGUUCAUAACAGAACCUUCUCCACUGAGGCCGUUACUGUGGCGUGUAUCGUUGCCUAGAAAUCUUGGGAACGUUGAGAGUGUCCACCAUGACUCGUUCCCGUCCUGUUGUGAGAUAGUGUGAGGGUCAGCACAUAGGGGUGUUAGACUCCUGGUAGAACUGGGGAUCACCCAGGUAAAACGGUUUGAAUUGCCUGCUUUAGUAUGUCUGAGAGUAUGAAUACUCGUGCCAAGUGUAGAGGGGUCACCUCUAUUAGUUUAAUCUGGCUACUGAGAGUCGUGGUGCAGGCGGUGACUGGUAGUGGUGUCGGUCUGGCUAGCCGGGUUCACCACAAAUGUACGCCAGAGCUGUAUGCACGGUUUUUAACUAUACAAGCUUUGUAUAUAGGCGCAUGGGGCCUGUCUCCAUAAGGUCUGCAGCCGCAGGACCCAUGUCUAUUAGGCUGGGUUCAUCCCAUGUGGUGUGCCAUGGUAACCCAGAGGACACCCAUAUUAUAAUUAUUGGCACCUUACAAGCAUUGCAUGCAUAUCUGGGGGUCCUCCCAGGUGGUGUGCCAUGAAACAUUACCCAGAGGACACCCACGUUUAAUAUGUACACUAGGCACAGUAAAUAUACAUAUAUGUAUCCCUGUGAAGGGUACACCGCAAUACACUCAGUUUUCUUAGUGAUCCUGCCGUCAAAACGCAUCCGGCAUGGUACUGUUGCUUUAAUGUAAAACUGACAGGCAGUGUGGCGUAGGCCUCCGUGCAUAUGAUCGGGGUUCACCCCGGGUGGUGUGCCAUGGUAGCCCAGAGGACACCCACAUCAAAGGUAAUGGUCUGUCAGUGACCUUGCAUGCAUAUCUGGGGGGUCACCCCAGGUGGUGUGCCAUGAAAAAAUACCCAGAGGACACCCACAUAAAUUUGCACCGUCAGGUACAGUAAUAUAAUAUGACCCUCUGUAGGGUACAAUAAUAUAAUAUAAUAUGCCCUUUGUAGGGUACAGUAGCACAAUAUGCCCUUCGUAGGCUACAGUGAUAUAGUUGAUCUUGUUAUAGGCACAGUAUAUGUUUGUAUAACGACUGUGAUAUUGUAUGGCUUCACAAUAAUACAUAGAUUGUGUGCCUGCUCAACAUAUAAUCAUCCAGUGUAAGGCACCAUGAGAGAUAUAUCCAUGAGAAUAAAAUAUAAUAAUUGUAUCAAUAAAUGAAUGUGCCCAGAGAGGGGGACCCCUGAAGGGGUUAAUCCAGAUGCAGGGCGCGGUGAUCGGGUGAUUCCUGUAGGGUAUAGAAAUAUAGUAUGACCCUGUGCAGGAUAUAGUAAUAUGGUAUGACCCUGUACCUAACUCUGAUCUUGUGGAGAGUAUAACAGUAUAUAGUAUAACCCUAAUUGGGGUAUAUUAACUGGUAUGACCCUAAGCAGGGUAUAGAGACAUAGAGGUCUUGAGCUGGCAACAAAAAGGGGGUGCUUGUCUCUUUUAAUUCAUAUAUUGUAAAUGGGCAGCACAGCAGGCAGGCACUGGGCAAAAAUAUCACCUGCUACACUAAUACCCUCCCUAGUACACACUAGGGAGGGUAUACAGAUGUGGAGCCCGGCGGUCGGGUGAGUUACCGAUCCGCCGGGCAAGCGGGGAAGGCGGCCGUCCGGUAUCUCGCAAGUCGCGAGAUCCAAGAUGGCCGCCGCCCGCGUGUGAAGGUGCGCCGCGAUCGACCGCGCGGCGCCGGAACGAAAAAAAAAAAAAAAGGGGGGAAACGCACACAGCACUGUUCCCAGUCCCCCUCCACCUGUCCCCCUACCGGCCCCCACGAAGAAAAACAGGAAACCGGCCCGCGGCGCGCGGCACUGACAGCCGUGCUCGCGGGUAUCGGCCGUGGAAAGUAAUAGGGGGGGGGCCUAAAACCGUGCAGGGACAGGGAUAAGGGGACCCGAAAAUAAACCCACGAAAAAUAAGUAAAUAAAAAACAGUAAAUUAAAACAAUACAGUAAAUGAAACAAUACAAUCAAAUAUAUAGUGAAAACAAAACCAAAAAUAUGUGAAAAAAAAAAAACAAUGUAUAUAAGCAAUUGCCAGAGAGGCAAAAUACUCUGACCUGAUGUUGGCUGGAGCAGCAAAGAAAGAGGAAGUGAUGUCAUAGACAGGGCCUUUUAUGGGCAUUAUAUCUUUUUUCUGAUUGGUUGUUUAUGUUACUAUGCUGCUGGAGUUUUGAGUAAAGAAAGAUAUGCAAAUAUGAAGCCUCCUGUCAUGUGGUAAAAUUGUAGCUUUUCUAGUUACCAUUUAUUAUUACCAUUUAUAUAGCGCCAACAGAUCCCGUAGCGCUUUACAAUAUUAUGAGAGGGGGGAUUUAGCUAUAAAUUACAAGAGAACUUCCAGGAACAAUAGGUUUAACCCCUUAAGGACACAUGACAUGUCAAGAUUCCCUUUUAUUCCAGAAGUUUGGUCCUUAAGGGGUUAAGAGGACUCUUUGAUGACCUUUAAGGAGUGCAGAUGUAUAGAUUUAAAGUGUUACUGUCAUCUUUGUGACAUGCUUGUUUGUUUUUAUUGUUUGCUGUUGGGAAGAGAAGCUAAUAGGAGUUAUACUCACACAAAGCUCUACCUCAUAGACACCGCUAUCUGUAUUUCAGAUUAUGUAUUCAGACCAGGAUUCUUGUCAUUCUUAAUAGACCUCUAGUGCAAUGCAAGAGUAGAUGCCUUUCCCCACUACUAUUGCUAGUGACAGCUACUCGGAAAUGACCAAGGUUGUCAACUUUUUCAUUGCCUAUAAGAGCAGUCUGUAAUUUGUCUUUUAUAUUUUUUAAAUGCAUUUGAAUUUCAAUUAAAUUUUCUCUGAUCUAGUUGUGCGUCAACACUUCUUAGAUCAAGUCAAUUGACCUUUUCAUUUCCCUCUCAUUUAUGUGUGUUUUUAAAACAACAUAUCGUUUUGAUGGUACUUGAAAACGGCAACAGUACUCCAUUAACAUUCAUCGAAACUUCACAUAACGUCCCGUUACAAAGUUCACAAAAAUGUUAAUACUUCUAAUUCUCUUGGAAUUUUAAGACCCUAAAUGUGUGAUAGAUGUUAGGUAGAAGGAGUAAUCAAAUUAAUACAAAUUAAAAAUUGGCUUAUGGAAGCAAGAUCAUAUGAAAAGCCAUAGCAAUAACUGGUUUUAAUCAUGGCAUUUUCAGCCAAUGAGCUAGCCCUGCAGUGCUUAGCACAGGAUAGCUAAAGGAAGUUACAAAACAGGAGCUUCCUGUUCUUUGGCAGUUGUAAUGGAAGCAGGGAGAGGUGCGGACAGACCCCACAAACAUUCUAAAUUGGUUUGAAUACUUACAAUAGGGGUGCCACACCUUUCGUCAGAACCACUGCAGUGGAAUAUUCCUUUAAAACAAGCUGGUAUUAUAAACUGGCUCAUAAUUCUUCUCAUCCCAAAGUGUGGGUAGCAGACACUGCCGUCAUCUACUUUUUAAUUUUUUUUUAUUUUACUUUAAGUAUAAAUUUUGCAAUGCAAUACUUGCAGUGGAAUGUCCUGGUGAUGCAGACAUAGUUCCGGAAUGGUAAGUGAACACAAAGAAAUGGCUGUUUAAUGUUUUCCAGGACAGUAUUUAUGGUAAUGUUCUAAUAAAAACAAAGAAUCUUUUCAUUCACAUUACCUCUAGCUGCCGUUUUCAGGUGUCUUGUUUACAUGAUGGGUGGCCUGGCUUUGUUGAAAGCUCAUGUGAAAGCAAACACAAACCGCACGAAAAGACACUUUUUAAAUUAAUUUAGAAAAGAGCUACCUCAAAGUAGAAAACCACUUCAUUGAGUGAACUUAGACGUUUCCAUGAUGUUGUGAGAGCAAUCUAACGUGAUCAUAGGUUUCAUUGUUUAUUUUAUACAAAAUGAAAAUUUAACCAAUACCUUUUUUUUUUUUUUUUCUUUUCUUUUGGUGUUUCAGAGCCUCCCGACGUUUACAAUGAAUCUAAAUCGAAUAAUACAAAAUACUUGAAUAAGACAGACAAUUGGGACACGUCACGCCAACAGACCGACCAUACCAAGCGACCUCAGUUGACCGAAGUGGUCCAGCACCCAGGAAUAGUGAAGAUUGCUGGUCAGAGUGCGAAGAACACUGAAUUUAAGACCACUAAAAGGGGACCUCCCCGGCAGAGCUCCAAUCGUUUUGACAUAAAUGAGCACCUACCUUGGAUGAUCGUUUUAUUCCUGCUUCUUGUACUAGUAAUCAUCGUGGUGUGUAGUGUCCGGAAAAGCUCCCGAACUUUAAAAAAAGGACCAAAGCAGGAUCCAAGUUCCAUAGUUGAAAAAGCGGGUUUUAAAAAGUCCAAUGCGUUGGCUCAUAACCGGGAGAAAUGGAUCUACUACUGCAAUGGGCAUGGUGAGCAGAAACUAUUGAUGUGUGUUUUAUAUUAAGGGUUCCAUGGCUUCAUCAUGGUAACUUUUAUGAAAUGUUAGCCAGCACUUUAAAUUCUGUAUCUGGUUUAUUUGCAGUUUGUUAAUUGUGUUAAUUGCUAAUUUUUAUUAUUUACUUUAGUUAAUCAUAAAUAUAAAGUGGUGCUGUCACAUUAAAUUUCUUUACAUAUAUCCUUUAAAAACUUUAUUGCAAAAUGAAUCACGCCAAGCAACAGCAAAUUUAGCCGGAAUUACCACUAGAGAGCCGUCAGUGGUUCAACAUGGAGGCAGCCAUAUUGAAAUUGCAUCACAGUUUUUAAACUACUUAAAAAAAAAAAAAAGUAAAAGGGCUGCAGAGAUCAUGUGAUAGCAGCAGCCAAUCGGAGAUUAGCCCCCAGAUUUGCACUUUUAUGUUGGUUACUGCUGAACAGAAUGAAAAAGAAUAAACAUAGGCGUCUAUUUCUGUUAACGUAGUCACUUUAAAAUACAUUUAACUUGCAACUGAUAUGUAAAUGUGUAAAGAUUGUAUUUUGAGAAUGUCGGGGUUUUUUUUGUUCACAGCAUGGUUCCUCUCAUUGCACCUAAUCACGCUUCAUGCAGUGGCUAUUCUCUAAUACAGUUCAUCUCAUUGCAGGGGUCUGGGUGCAAUGCCCCUCUUGCCUUAACCGUGCAGUGUGUGUGUGUGUGUGUGUGUGUGUGUUAUACACAUUAGGUUCCACCCAUCAGCUUAUGUUGGAGAUGAAGACGCUGGAAACAAUUAAGAAAAAAGUGGUUUUGUUUUUCUUUAAAUCGCCGGGGGUGGGGCAGAGGGUUGCUAUGGUGUCAGUAAUACAGUUUUGAACCUGUCUUUAAAGGACAAGUACCAUGACCACUACAGCAUGCUUUAGUGGCUUUGGUGCCAAGAGUGCCCUCCCUUAUUGCAAGUCAAAGCAUAUGCUACUCUGUCAACUUACCUGGGAUUCACUGCAUGCCAGUAACCUCCGUGUGACCUGGAAGCUCCCUAUACUAAGCUGGCACUCGCAGCCAAUCAGCUGGCCCUGUAUGGCAGUGCUUACGUCAAGAGUGUUAAUGGAAGCUCCUAGCAGGAGCCUCUGACUCUCAAUGAAGGAGGUGACUGGUCCCCAGUCAUUAGCCAACAGUUAGACUAUUUACACUGAGGGGAGGUGUCGUGGCACUACAAGCACCAUAACCACUACAGUGCUUGGCGUGUUCCUUUAAAUGUGCUUUUUGCUGCACUAGGGGAGUGCAGACCACGUUGCCUUGCAGGGUAGUCUUAUCAAGCAGGUGGGACAAUGCACAUAUAUGGCUGCUCUCUUCACCUACUCACCUCCUCCGCAGCCCUUCCACCCUGGAUGAUAUAGUAUAGACAUACUUUAACAUGUAUUUUAUUUUUCAUGUUCAACCAGUGUAUUAAUUGUUACAGCCUGCAUUUCUGACUGGCCCCAGGCUAACCGACUGCCUUGGUAGAAAUAAAAUGUUAUCCCCAUGAAAAGAAUGUAUUGAAUUCUAUGCCUUGACAGUGUGCUGUUCUUGCAGAAUCCAUUCCAUUAAAUCAUCUUUGUUAGAUUGUAGACUAUUCAAUGUCACUGUUGGCCUUCUAGAGGGGGAGACGUAAGACAACUAUAAUUCCAAUCUCCAGGCUGACUGUACACAAUAUCUAUUCAAAUUUCUCUCUUCCUCUGUACGAGUACGAGUGGUUGAAAUAUCCCAGUCCAUGUAAGAAUGCUGGAGCGGUAUAGCACAUGGUUCCAAUCAUAGUAGAUGUAUAAUGGCGUGGUAUAACUGGAUUUGAUGUACACAGAUUCUCUGCUCUGUGAAACACAUGCCUAGGUUAGUCCUGACUCAUAUAUAGCAGGGAUGACCAUAACGUAGAUGCCCAUAUUGCCAUUAGAUGACCACAAGGUAGAUUUCCAGCUGUUGUAAAAUAUAUAAUUAAAAUGGUUCAAUGCUGAUUUUCACCUGAAAUAUGGCAACUGUAUCAGCUUGCGCCAGAAUAAGACGCCACUAUGUCAGAGAUUGAAAAUGCAAAAUUUGAUACUAAUUAACAGCUGAUAUGUAAAAUGGGAAAUAUCACAUAAAGUAGUUCAAAAUGCUGAUCUGGAAAUCCAAAUUUAAUUGUAAAUCCAUAUUCAAAUAUACAAAACACAAAUGAAUCGUAGCACGCAAGAUGCCCCUUUCCCAUUUAGUAGCAAAACUGGAAAUGGUUUGAAAUUGCUUUUUGAUAGAGGUGUCAAAGGCCAAACUUGAUGGAUUGAGUCCUUUUUUUUUUCUUCAGCCUUUAUAAUUAUGACCAUGUAAAACCACCUGGUUUGCAGGACGAAUAAACGUGUUUUAUACAAUUCACAUAUCUGAGCAACUCAGUGUAGUGAUAAAGGUGGCACAGAUGGUGUGAAUUAUUGCCCUGGUACAUUCCAAUGGCUAUUUCAAAAGAGUGUUAUACAAAUACAUGCCCAAAUCAUCAUAGUAUUUACUGGAAGAGUUCACCGAGACCUGCAAAUUGUACUGUAAUACGGUAAAUAAAGUGCGUUAAAGUAUGAAUUAUGAAUGGUUUUAAGGGAUUAUUUCAAGCCCCAUAAUACCAACCAUCUUUACUCCUUUCACCGAUGUCCCACUCUUCCUUCAAUAGCAGUUGGUCAUUACUCCAGCUAUAUGCCUAUCCCACAGCAGUGUUACUUUCAUCAUAGAAAACCAUGAACAGUCUGCAUUUACUGAAAAAGUUGCCCUACAGCAAACAUGUUUAGGUUCAAUCACGAAAAAUCAUGGAUUAAGUUGGUUUAUAGUAGCCAAUGGCUACUAUAUCCUUCAUUCAUGUUUUUAUAUAAAUGAAAAUGCUUUUGAAUCAGUGUGUGUGUGUAUAUAUAUAUGUGUGUGUGUGUGUGUGUGUGUGUGUGUGUGUGUAUGUAUGUAUGUGUGUGUGUGUAUAUAUAAAGUGUAAUUGUAAUGGUACACACAAUCUUUGUUUAGUACUACGUUACAUUUUGUCUAUAGAUUGUGCUAUUAACUGUAUAGAUUAGUUAUUUCCUACCUGUUCUAUGGUAAAUUUUGCAUAUAUUGUGUAUUAAUAUUUGUUUUUGUAUUUUAUUUUAUUGUUCCUUAUUGUAUCAAUGCAACUUUUUGUGGACCCAGGACAUGCUUGAAAACAAGAGAAAUCUCAAUGUAUCUUUCCUGGUAAAAUAUUUUAUUAAUAAAAUUAGGAGAAAAAAGCUAUUUAAAAUGGUUAGUUCGUCCCCACCUUUCAAUCUGUUCUUCAGCAUAGAUCUCUGGGCUGUAGAAUUGACUGAUUGGGAGAACAGGAGAACCUACCUAGAUUGUUCUCUGGCUCUCCAGUAUAGAAUCCACAGUACAUGUGCUGUGGUUGCUAUGGUUACUUCCUGGCCAGGACUUCUAGCACUGACUAGAUGAGUAUAGGAAUGGAGUGACUGAUGUCAAAGUGUCUCCAUGCACGGCAAAUAGAAGCAGAGCGUGGGCUGGAUAAGGAGUGACUAUAGGGGAAUGUUACAGUAAUGCAGUACCCACAGAGUCUGUAGAUAAUGUCUAUAGACCUUCCAGUAAAUACAUUAUUUGUCUUUAUGAUAAAUCAUUCAGCGCCAGUAGUGCAAAAUUCGGUUAUCCUGAGCCUGUAAUCAGAAGUACCCUAUAAACCAGGUCGUGGCCAAAAAUUUAAUUACCCAGUUUGUCCCAUCUUACUUGGCCAGAUUCUUAGUAUGAGCAGGCAUUGUGUCUAUUUUAUAUAUUUAUUUUUUAUUCCGUGUAAAUUAAAAUAAGUUUGAGGAUUAUAGGACUAUAUAUAUAGCCGGGGCAUGUCCUUUUUUUUUUUCAAAUAUUCAAACAAUAUUAAAAAGAAAAAAAACAUUUUUAAUUUUAAAUGCGGUUUUCAAUUGUAUAUCAAAAGCAUUGAUUAGAAAACAUGAUUUCGAUCAAUACUGCGGCAAAAUUCAUAAUUUCUUUAUUUAAAACCCAUAUUGUUAUACUGUGUAUGGCUGUAUGUAUCUAACCUUCGAUGUGUGUGAUUCUGAGCAAGUUGUUACAAUGUGACGUGUUCUGCCCUUCUCUCCAAAUUAAACAUUUGAAUCUGUGAAAGCUUGACCCUGAACUCCGUCUACCCUUCGUCAGACUAAAUCCUAACUUCCUUGUUACAGUGUAUCAUGAGACCCACAUGAGCCCUGGAUCCCCCCCAGGACGGAGCUUUGUUCUGCCUUUGUUUGGUUUUAUAACUGUUAUUUCAGCGUAGUCGCAGGGCUUGGAUCAGGCAGGUUCAAACCGGCUGUACAGCAUGCUCCUUAGAUGUGGGUGUCGCAAUUCUAUUUAGAGGACGUGGAAAGCAAAUCUGAAGGCGGUAAUCCUCAAACUCCCUGGGAAAGAGUGUGCAAAUUACAUUUAUAGAUCGACCCUUUAUUUUGUUUCCUGCAGUAAAUUGCAGAUACUGGGAGCUGUGUCAGUGUUGUCAGCUGUCUACACACGCAGAUUAUCGGUAUUAUUAUUACACUAGUGUAGGCUAAGUAAUAGUUCUGGAAUAUCUUGUGAGGUAUUCCUGUCUACUAAACCCAGUUAUAGUGCCUCCUCCACACCUUCUGUGCCAGCCUGAUCAGUAUCACGUUUCUGACAGCUUCACUUUCACUGUGUCUUCACACGGUCCAUGUAUAUAAUUUCCUUAGGACAUCACAAUGAUGUCACUUUGCAUAUCAUCUUCAAUGUGCCUCAUGGCUCUUUCUCAGUGUAUUUACCUGUGUUUGUCCUUCUCACAAACUCUGUAUCUGUACAAGUCCCUCUUUGUUUAUAUGCCACAGUCAAAGUGUGUGUGUGUGUCUGUGUAUCUAACCUACUUCUGUCUAUAUACCACUAUCCAUGUUACUACCUGUAUUGUUCCCCCUCUGUUUAUUUACCUCUGUCUGUCUGUCUGUGUAUCUUAAAUACUUAUGUUUCUGUCUUUCUGGGUCUCUGCAUCUCUAUUUACCUCUGUAUUUGAGCGCCUCCAAACAUAUUUACCUAUUUGUGUUCAUCUUUAUCUGUGUUUAUACAUCCGUGUUUGUUGCUUUGUGUUUUUACCUUUUUGUGUGUCUCUCUUUAACCAUUUAUCUUCUUCAGUGCCUAUCUCUAUCCCCAUAUAUACAUAUAGUUCUAUCGAUGUAUCUACCUCUGUGUCUGUCCCUCUUUCUGUGCAUGUACCCUCUGUGGCUGUCUUUAUGUAUACAUCACCGCAGUCUGUCUCUUUCUGUGUGUAGCCUAUGUCUCUGUAUAUAUCUCUCUUUUUCUCCUAUGUCUCAUAUCUUAUUGUCUCUGUGUACGUACGCUCAGUGUCUAUCAGUCACACAAUGCAAGUCCAUAGUGAUCAAUCGAACGAUAGUGUCAGGAAGCUGGUUAUAAGGAUUUGUAGAUUAUGUGGUUGCCGGAUAUUCUCAGAUUUUAGGUUCAUUCUUUUUUUUUUUAUGCAGUAAUAAUAAUAUGUUGUAAACUACAUUUCCCAGGAGUCUCAGCAAGUCAUGUUUCAGUCAGUAACGUGCAGGAACCCUCUCUAGAUCCGCAUACAGACAGCUCAUUGUAAUGGCCUCUGUGUUUCUAUGAAUAACAAAGAGCUAUAUGAGGAGAGCUCUAUUACGUCCACGUUGGUAGUCCCACACUCGUUUUAUUCUAAAUAUCAUACUCUUGAGCAUUUUGUGAGAUCUUGCUUAAAUUUCUGGCUAAAGCAGGGGGACUUAUAAUAAAUAUAUAUAUAUAUAUAUAUAUAUAUAUAUAUAUAUAUAUAUAUAUAUAUAUAUAUAUUAUAUUUUAAUUAUUUUUUUUUGAGUGAAGGCACUUUUUAAAUCAAAAUCAAACCGUACUUUUUCGCUAACCUUAUGGGUGUGAAUGACUUGUUACCAAUGGUGGGAACCGGUAAUGGGGGAGUGGGGCAUUUUUUAUGUUGUCCGUUUCUGUUGCUAUUUGUAGCUGGAUGGUUAAACGCAUUUGUUUUGUGGGGGUUUUUUUUCUGGCUACAUUUGAUUGACAAACUUGUGUUGCCUAUUUGCUUAUAUUUAUGUAUAUGUAUGUAUGUAUGUAUGUAUAUGUACGUGUGUGUGUAUGUAUCAUUUAGAGGCUUAGAGUGAUCUUUGUGGUAUAGAGAGGCUCUUGUUUAUCAAAGGAUUUUUGUUCCUUGCAUACCAUCACAUGUAUUGUAUUGUUUGCCUGCCUCAAGUCAUGCAUGUAGUCCAGACUCGACGAGAACCGGAUCGCUAAUUAGGCCGUUUUGCUAUCUGCUGUAAUAUGGGCUUGGGGAUGGGAAUCUUCUUUUCUAUUUAUUAGCAAGCCAAGUCUCUGUUUUCACCCUGACCUUGUGUAGGUAAAUCAUGCCAGUCUCUGUUUCCAGGAGUAUAUGCUUCGUUUUGUAAUGUCAUUGUGUUAAGUGUGUCACGCCAAGUGCGAUAUCUGGCAAAAUGAGAGCUCAGUACGUUGUGCUAAGUGGCCACCGCUGACUAUUUUUACCAAAAUAAGAACACUGAAAUUAAAUAUUUAUAUUUUUUGGGAGCCCCAGAGAUUUAUCCCGUUUUAAUGCACUGCUCCCAAGGUCAUUCGACCUUUUCCGAUUUUACUGCAUCUUGCCACAUAGCAUCUUCCCUUUAAUUGAUAUGUAAAAUAAAUGGUUGCUGGAAUAAACGUGUUUAAUUACAAAGAUAUUCAAGUCUGUCUUGAAAUAAACACUGGAAUAUGCUCAUCCAGUAGUUUUUGUCUAUUCUAUAAUCUAGAGAAAGUGGUGUAUAAAAACAUAACAGGAAGGGCAGCGUGGUGGGAUAUCAACCAGGUGACCUGGGGCAACAGUAGCAGAAUUGGUAGGUGAGAGUAAAGUGGAAAAUGGAUCCAUUAAUUAAGUUGAGAGAGUAAGAGAAAGGUUAGAGGAAUGACAAUUACCCUGGGUGGCCACAGGCUACUCUGAAAAGGUGGUAUUUAAAGGGUUACUAUGACCACUUCAGUGAUCUGAAGUGGUCAUGGUGGUAAGAGUCAGUAUGUGCAAUAUUUGAGGUUGAAACACUGCACAUUAUGAGCUAUUCUUAAAUAUGUGCUGUGGAAUAGUUACACCCCCAGCACACGUUACUUAGGCAGCCAAGAACUCUGUUUCAUGAAAAUCUCCAGUUCAUCCUUGUAGGCGCUCCCCUCGCCUUCCUCCAUAUUUAUUUAUUUUUUAAAAUAAACCCUCACUACCAAGUACCUGCAUCCUCACACCUCCCAACCUGUACUAGCUGGUCCGGAGCGCAUACAUGCGCUCUGAGCCAGAGAAUUGGUCCAAUCACAGGCCUCUCUAUGAGUGAUCCGCUAGCAACUUCAGUGAUGUCAGGAGUGUGCGUAGAAAAGCAGCACCAGGGGCUUCACACAGUGCUGGAUUCCAGGUAAGUGAAGCAUUUUAGUACUGGUUCUCUAUGAUGCUCAGUAGGGCAGAUCACACCUUUAUAGGUCCAGAACAUUCUUCUUCCUUACAAUACAAACAAAAAUCAGAACAACUCAGACAGAACACAUUGAAAUUCCUGGCAACAUAACCACUUCAGCCUGCUGUGUUGGGUAUGAUGUCUAUAGUAUCACUGUAAAUGCAGUGUAUAUAUAUUUAAUGCAAUACAUUUUAAAUCGGUCCGUUCCAGCCUAGAGUGUCUCUAUAAGGCAAGAAUUGAUGUUAAUUUUUUUUUUAAAUUUUUUUAUUUUUUAUUGCCUCCAGGCAAAUAAAGUCAUAUGUCAUUACGUCACAAAACAUGUUGUAUGGACAGUGGUAGUCAUAACUAGAAUAUUUUAAUUUCAUUUUCUGUGCUCAUUAUUGAAUCAAAGCAAAGUAGGACUGGAUUUGGGGCAUGUUAACCGCUUUAAAUAUAAUUUGUGUUUACAUUUGUAUUUUUUAUGAUUAGCACAUUGUAAAAAAAAAACACAAUCACUGAAGGAUUUUGAUUACUUUUUUUUUUUUUACAAACGCAGACAGUCCCAAGUCAAAGCUGAUCUUGUAUUCUAGACUUAACAAAUGUAGAUCUUUAAAGGGUUAAAGAGGGGAAGGGAGGGUAUGAGUGGACCGUACACUCAUGUCUUUGAUAGUCCUUGAAGGGAUAAGAAAGAGUACACACAAAUGACACAAUUCAGACAGAUGGUUUGGUCAAAUUGUGAGUUUAAUGGAACAGUCUAAUAAUCUGAUAAGACGUAUGCUUAGAAAAUGCUUCAAGGGCUUGCUGGAAUCAAACCAAGUCUGUCUUAACCCUCCAAGCAAGACUCAUACAAGUCUGAUUCACUGGCAAAGUUUUUUUUUAUUUAUUUAAGUACUGGCAAUCAGUAAAUAAUGAUCUACCCAUUAAACAUUACUAUUUUCUAGGUAUGAAAUGAACCCACCUUUUUUGGGUUGAUUUCCUCUGUCUGUGACGUUUGUAGAAUUGUAUUUCUUAUGGCAUAUGGCAUAGAGUGAUGCCCGUUUUUUAGGGCCCUUACCCAGCCAUUCGUGUUAUAGCUUCAGAGUGAAUAGUGUUUGGGUCAAUUCAGAGUGUGGGGGUCCAGUUUCUUGUGGUUUUGUUCAUGUGAUGGAUCGCCUGGCACCCCGACUGGGUGCCUCCACCAUUCGAUGCUCCUAGUGCUCAUAGAGUACUCCAAGCAGUCCACUAGACUCCAUCAGCACUAUAGUCCCCACUUCCAGCGUUACAGCUUGGUUGAGGUCUCUCUGUCCUCCACCCACCCUGGACCCAAGACCAGAAUCCAGCUUCCAGUGGGUAGACCUCUCCUCCAAGAGUGUAGCAAUAUACUCUUAAAAGAGCAAGUGAUUAUAAUCCCAGGGGAGUAUAGUGAUAUAGCAGUCCCCAGAGUGAAUAGAGCUGUUAGCGAGGUCAAUAAGGGCAAUAAACAGCACACGACUGUUCUGGGUGGUCAGUCCGUUCGACAGUUCAUUCGGUAUAUGAACAGCAUUAGUCUAAUCUUUUCGGUAAGCCCCAUAUACUGAACCAUAGAGGGGGGAAAAGGCACGAACAAAGCCUUUCCUCAGUCCUGAACCAAGGUCUAAUACAUGGGCCAUAGUCCUGGGGCAAGAGGCUGGCAAGUAGGCCCUUCCAAGAACUACUGGUGAGAUUACUUUUGCCACAGUUCAGAUAAAAGAACAUCUCUGCUCCCCACUGCCCAGAUCGCUUCUAAUAUAUUUUAUAAUGCUUCAAUCCUUUAGACAGAGUGCUAAAAUAUAAUGCCAUAUUUUGGGGCCUCGGUGUGUAAUAUACCAAAUUCUAGAGAGAACAGGAAGAGAUGGGACCCCCACGAAAUAAAACUUUGCCAGUCUGGUAAAUCAUAAGAAAAACAAUGGUGGUGCAAAGAACUUUGGUUGCCUGGAGCUGUUUGGUUUAACUGCACUCAAGCUCUGGAUAUUUGAUAGUAUCUAAUGGCCUAUUAAUAUGUAGUGUUUGAUUCCAUGCUGGAUUGACUCUGCCUAAUAAUUUCUAGGUCUAAAAUCUGAUUACCAUUAUGUUGGGGAAGGACAUCUACUUGAAUAGCAGUGAGAGGCUGCCAGCAUGCCCUUAUGGUAAAACACUUUUGAUAUUGUACAAAGUACAUUUUGAUGAUAAACCCACACAACGUGAAAGUACCGCACUAAACUUUAGAGUCACCCCUAUUUGACGUCUGGUAUGUAUACAACAUAAAAGGUUAAAAAAAAUUGUAUAAUACUGUAAAAUAAAAUCACACAUUUGGUGGAGCUUACGCGUGAUUGGCUCUAAUCUUAUGGGCCCCUGGACUAGAAGCAGUCACCCAUCGGCUCCAUCAAAUGUGAGUGUAUUUACUCACAUGUUUUCCCAUCACACCGUGGUUUUAUUUUACAGUAUCAUACUGUUUGUUUUAUUUUUACUUUUAUAUGCUAUAUUUCAAGAUGUGCACCCUAUGCCAAACAGGUGCAAAUUUAAAGAGACCCUUCAUAUCUGUAAAGCACUUUAGCUUGCUGAAAAGCUUUAUGUGUAAAGUAUGUCCUCUUUUUUUUUUUUCAUUUUCUAAAAGGAGCAAAUUCCAACAGGAAUUGAUACUUUUUAAAUAUUAAAGGACCACUAUAGGCACCCAGACCACUUCAGCUUAAUGAGGUGGUCUGGGUGCCAGGUCCAUCUAGGGUUAACCCUGCAGCUGUAAACUAGCAGUUUCAGAGAAACUGCUAUGUUUACCUAUGGGUUAAUCCAGCCUCUAGUGGCUGUCUCAUUGACAGCCACUAGAGGCGCUUCCACGCUUCUCACUGUGAUUUUCAGUGAGACGCUAGCGUCCAUAGGAAAGCAUUGAGAAUGCUUUCCUAUGAGACUGGCUGAAUGCAUGCGCGCGCCAAGCUCUUGCCGUGCAUGCGCAUUCAGCCAAUGCCGGGGAAAGGAGGCGGAGAUUCCCCACCGCCGAGGGAGCCCGGCGGUGGAGAAAAGGUAAGAUUUAACCCAUUCCACCCCAUAGAGACCCUUAAAGCGGCACUGUCAUGCCGAACUUACCUUUCCUCAAUCUCUUCCUCUUCUCCCCCUCUCUCGGGAUCUGUUAUUCUUUUCUUCCUGUCUUCUUUAGUUUUCUUUAAAAUCAUAAGACAAAGAAGGGACUCUUUGCCUUAUGGAGGAUUCCUCCGCUUGACCAGCUCUGACCAGCGGAGGAGCAAAGUGUGCUUCAUUUCCGCUGGUCAGAGCAAUUUUCGAGGGCAUGCCGCAUACUGAGCUCCGCAGGGCGGGUCAAGGCUUAUGAAGCCUUGCCCCGCCCUGCAAUUAGGCUUGGAACACUCGGAUUGGUGGGUUUAAGCCAAUCAGAGUGCUCUGAGUCAUUUUACACAGCGUGGGAAAAUUCAAAAGAACUUUCCCAUGCUGUGUAAAAUGACACAGAGCACUCUGAUUGGGUGGCUUUCAAGCCACCCAAUCAGUGUUCUGUGUCAUUUUACACAGCGUGGGAAAGUUCUUUAGAAUUUCCCCACGCUGUGUAAAAUGACUCAUAACACUGAUUGGUGGAUAACCAAUCAGAGUGCUCUGAGUCAUUUUAUACAGCGUGGGAAAAUUCAAAAUAACUUUCCCACGCUGUGUAAAAUGACUCAGAGCACUCUGAUUGGCUUAAACCCACCAAUCAGAGUGUUCUAAGCCUAAUUGCAGGGCGGGGCGAGGCUUUAUAAUUUAUUUGGCCUUUUUGGGGGCUGAAGAAAGAAGAUUUUAGAAAAAAGAAGACAUCAAAUGGUAAGUUUAUUUUUUUUUUUUUUACAGGUUAGUUAUUUUAUUCCCCCCCUCACUAUUUGUAGGGUGAGGGGGGUAGGUAGGGGAUAGGUUUUUUUGGGUGGGGGGUUGGUGACUAGGGGCUUGGGACCCCUAGUCACCUUGAUUGGGGGGGGGUGUUUCAUUUAGGGCCCCCACCCACCGCUCAGGGGUGGGGGCCAGGGGGGGAGGACAGUAGGUCCCCCCCCCUUAUUGUUUUACUGGGGCUCCCACCCACCGCGCAGGGGUGGGGGCCAGGGGGGGAGGACAGUAGGUUCCCCCCCUUAUUGUUUUAUUAGGGCCCCCACCCACCGCUCAGGGGUGGGGGCCGGGGGGGAGGACAGUAGGUCCCCCCUCAUUAUCUUCAUGGCCCCCACCCGCCGCUCAGGGUGGGGGAGGGGGGGAGGACAAUAGGUCCGCCCCCCCUUAUUGUAAUUUAUGUCUUUUUUUUCAACAGUGAGCAGCCAUAGGCUGCUCACUGUUUAGUAGACAUGCCCCUACUCGCGGUAUAGCGAGUAGGGGCAUUUGGGAGAUUUUAAUCUCCCUUGUGCUAUUAUGGGGGUCAUAUUGACCCCCAUAGAGUGAGAGGGGGUACUGGGGGGGGGGGCUUAUGAAGUGGUGGGGAGCACUGCUCCCUGCCGCUUCUAUAGUUACAUAUUACAAGGAGGAAGCUGCACGCCGGUAGCUCCCUCCUUGUAAUAAACUGAACGAACAAACUAACACUGAUACAUUGUGUUAGUUUGUUCGGCUGAUCUUUCUAUUCAUUCAUUCGUCUGUCUGAUGAAUGAGUGAAUAGAUGAAAUUCCUGUUCGCAUGUCCAGGUGUUUCACUGGGCAUGUGCGGGAAUCUCACAGUCUGUCUAGUGUGGGCUGAUGACGUGUCCCUGAGGGACUUCACCUACCCACACAAAGAUGGCGGCGCCCUGAAUCAAGAUCGGGUCAGAAAAUAAGGAUUAAAAAAUAGGUAAUCUGGGGGGCUUAGGGGCAUUUGGGGGUGACUAGUGGGUCAAUUGGAUGUAGUGGAGGCGGGAGGGGGGUUAAAAAAAAAAAACGGCAUUCGGCAUGACAGUGCCGCUUUAAGUGCUAGGAAAACUAGUGUUUUCCUGGCACUAUAGUGGUCCUUCAACCUGGUUACUUCCCCUGGCUUUCAAGCAGGCAACAGGUAAUGUUACUUCCUGGUUGUUUAGCUCAGUGGACCUAAACUCAAGAGGCAGCAAUUGCCCAGAGCAUCCGCCUUGCAAAGACCUCUCUCAUUGAGCUGCAUUGGGGAGCCUGUGAUUGGACAGCCACAUAAAGUCUGGACUGGGUUAGAAGGGGAAGGUUUGCAAAGGCUGAAGACCAGAGACCUGCAGUUUUCACAAGCUGUGUUUAUAUAGACCCCAAUGGUAAAUAUAUAAUCAAAUACCUGUAUGUUUUCAUUGGAAAUAUAUCUGCUAAACAGCAAUUUAAAAAAAUUUUUAUUUUGUAUUUGGGCUGUGGAAUGUCCCUUUAGACUGUUAGAGCUCCACUUACAUGUUGUGUGGGUUUACCAUUUGUUGUCUUGUAUAAAACACCCAUACAAGUGUUGUGACUGCUUGCUAAUUGUUUAUAUAAGUGACAUUUGAUUAUAUAAGUGAUAUUUCAGAUACAUAUUUCCCUGGUUUUACUAUGAUUAUAAUUAUUUCCCCACUUUCCUACAAAAAGCAUCAAUUCAUUUUUUUUAAACACCCUUGCACGUAGUUAUACGUUUGUGUCUACAUUUGUGGCCUGUUACAUAAUGUGUGGCUUUUGUACCAGGCAUGCUCUGGCACAACUUCAAAACAAGCAAAUUCAGCAUCCCUAAUCCCAAUAAAUUAAUUAAAAACCUGGCCUAAACACAAACUGCAAUGUAAACCUUACUAUUAAAGGAUUACUACAACCCUUUUGACCGUUUGGUUUUUUUUUGUCUUUCAGUGCUUGCUAACUAGUCGUCCUCCCGUCCCAUGUAAAACCUAAAAAAUGACUUAAAAUUUACCUGUAAUCUAGCACCAGGGGAAGCUUCAGGUGCCGAUCUUCCUCCUUCAUCUGAUGUCAUAAAAGACCUUGUGUGGUCCAGUCAAUGACAUCUCCUAGAUAAGAUUGUGAUUGGAGCUUUUUUGCCAGCUCAGAGUGCAUGUGCAUGUUUUCUGAGCUGGGAAAGGGAGGGAUUUUCAGUUUAAGGAAAAAAAAUAAAAUAAACCCUUGAUUGGAGGGGAGAUUGUGCUUCCCCUUGCAUGUGUGCGCCAGCAAAGGAGAUGAUUAAGAUUACAGUGAUACUGACGACAUGCUGCACCUCCAUACUCCUACCACCAUAACCACUUCAAAUCAGUGAAGUGGCCGUGAUGGUUGGAGUUACAUUUUAAGUAAAGAAUCAGAGAUAGCGGUGUUAUCGGUUGCCUGUAAACAGAUGCUUGAAUAUUGUACUCUAACAAUCUGUUUUGCCAUUUCCUUUUCAUCCAUCUGGUUUUUGAGAAUAUGAGCUGGCAUUGUGCAAUAAAUCUCUGGAUCUGACAGUAUGAACUGUUUCUAGUUUGGAUAUAUUAAACCGGACUCCUCGUGACUUUCAGCAUUAGAUGUUCGUUUUUAAAAUUCACCAUGCCUUUUUGUUUGUUCUAAUUUGAAUCCGAUGCAAGGCAGAGCUUGGGAUUCCAUGGAAAUGUAAAAUUUUCCAUGGUUCUCUACAGUUGACUUGGUCUUACGUGUGUGCGCAAGGAAUCUUGGGAUAAUAAUGCCUGCUGCUUGUGGAAAGCUGGUGGUGCACGCCUCACUGAAGUGUUAGUGGAUCAUUUACUGGGAUUAUUAGAACAGAACGUCCCACAAAUACAAUGACUUUCUCAGUGGAAUUGAGGAACGUACUGGUUAAAAUCUACAUAACUGUUUGUUUUUCUGUCCCAAACACCUGUUCUCUUUUCUCCUUAAGUCUCAUUUAAACUAUUCCAGAAACAUCUUCCAAAGAGGUUCUCAAUACUGUAUCUGAAGUGCGUGUUCAGAACUCGUGAAAUAUUUGCGCACUAUAAAUUUGUAUUAAUAUAAUGACUGAGUAUUCGCUAUGUAUCAGUCCAUAAUUUGUUACAUAUAUUUUCUUGAAAAAAAAUUAAUAUACAUCUAUAAAAUGUUACAUUGUUACCCCCGUGGACACUUACCUUUCUGUUGCGGGGCCAUUAAAUGUCAGGCUCAUAAACUUUGGCCAACAUCAAGAUGCUAGCCUUCUCAUCAGGUGGUGCCCUCUACAGAAAGGUCCCAGUGUAUCUGCUUCUAUGCAGCAAGGACUAGAUCUGGGUGGACACUUUGUUCUACUCACAGCAUGGCCUGUUCAGAUCCCUGAAUUGCACAGAUACAGAUAAAAAUAACAAGACGUUUGCCUCUUGUGAUAUAUGGAGCAAAGGCGGGAUGGUAGCAGAUCAUUAUUCAAUAACUUUUUUUUUUUUUUUUUUUCAUGUUUCAAUUUUUAUUGAAGAUUUCAAACAUAAGAAAUUUAUACGUGUCCCCGCAUUGCUGUACGCUCUAUAAUAAUCUCUUAACAUCCAGUCUUUCAUUUUUAUUUUUAAUACAUAUAGGAGGCUAUCCGCAGCAACACCUCAUAUAAAGAAGAGAUGCAUUUAAAGCUGCCCUGUCACGUGUUUGUUUAUUUUUUUUAGUUCUCCUUUCUUAAUGUCCCCUGUAUCUAAAUAAUUACAUUCCCAUCCUUGCCACUUGCCUUUUUUUUAGAUCUAUGAUCAUUGCUUGUUUAUGCUGCAUGUCAGUGUUUGUGUGCAGUGAUUUUGUUAUCCUCUUCCCACGUUGUCUGCUGUGUGUUCUUCUGCGGAACUGAUAGAUUGUGGGUAAAUUUGAUUCAAAUCUCAAACCAAAUCUUGUUUUUAAGCACUUCCAAUUUUGAAGUUUUCUCAAAUUGACUACUGUACAUUAGAAAACGCAGUCCCUCCAUUUCUUGCUCAGGGUGAAAAAAAAUGCGUUUCAGACACAGGUUGUUAAUAGAAACGGAUUAGACAAAGUUUAGGAUUGAACAUUUAUGUGUGUAUUUUUUUUCCUGUCCUCCCUCCAUUGUGUCUGUGUUUUUUUUUUUAUUUUUUUUUUUCAUUUUAAAUAAAUAUCAGUGAGUACAUUAUAUUUUCACCUCUUGAAUGUUUUGUGGAAUCUAUCUAAAAUGGUUGGUUGUUUAACGUCUACUGUCACAGGUGUCAUUUGUACAGGGAAAUGCUCCGGUUUGGCUCUAUGGAAGAGAUAUCCAGGCUUGCAUGUGCUUAUAAAGCAUUUCUCUGAUGUACAAUAGGAGGCGAUGGUAUUGGCCUGGACCCCAAUGCCGUAAAUGUGUGUUCUAUAUAUCCCUACUGUACCCCAGUGAGCAAUUCAAUAACAUUCACUGGUCCAGAACUGGGAGUCCAGAACUGGCACUAUUACAGAAUGUGAUAGUUGUGCUUUAGAUCAAGAAUGGACUGCAUACAUAGUUGUUUUGUGCUAACUAUUGAAAUGUAACUAUGCAGGGAAUAAUAUUCCACGAGUUUUGUAAAUCUCUUUAAACACAAUGAACUACAGCAAUGAUGAGAUGUGUUAAUGGUUGUAAAAUGCUGCAUGUUCAGUGAUACUGAUAGAUACUCUGUUGCGGUGUAUGCUGUGGAAUACAUCUUCACUGAUUCUUUGCCAGUAUCUGGAGUGUCCGAUGUUUGCCUAUCCUUACCGUAUUGCAUCUGUUUGUUCUGUCCAAAAACCUGGCUCUUGGCUCAGAAAGACUACACGUUUCUAGAGAAACCCGUAAAAAGAUAGCAGGGGGAAUAGCCUCUAAGUACACCACAAGACAAGAUAAUUAUGUACGGACAUUUCUUGACCUUCUUGGAAAGAUCUGUUAUUCAAGAGAACAAGCAAGGCUCAAGAUAUAUUUUGAAAUUUUGAUAGCAUGUCACAGAACGUUUUGUUGCAGUUAUAUUUGAUUUCUUUCUCUGAAAAACAAAUCCGGUCAUCCAGGCAAAGAUUCUAGUUGUAUGGUCAGAUUGUUUUUAAAGCUCGAUCAUUAAGUUUUACUCUCACAAGUCUAGAUGAUUAAGUCUUGUUCUCACAAUGAAUGUCCUACCCAGGAUACUUUACCUACUCCAAUAUAAUCCCAUCAUGGUCCCCGGGCCUUUUUUGCAACACAAAGAACGUUGUUCCUGGGUUAUGUAUGGAACGGGGGACAUUUCAGACUUAAGACAGAAUACUGUGUUUCCCUAAGGCUAGGGGCAGGACAGAUUUGCCAUGUAUAAACCUUUUGUGAGAAGUAGAUUGGCACCACAAAAGUGAGUACUCGAAGUGGUUAUCGCUAGAUCAUGUGAAAUCUAGGUACUCUCUACCAGUGUUGGUCUUGUAGGAAAUACUGGACAUCCCACAAUUGGAGCCACACGUCGAGUAUGGAGUACUCCCUGCUUUGAAAUGCAUCUCACAACAAAGAGGUCUCCAGAAGGACAAGCCCCAGGGUUGUUAACUAGAGACGAGGGAGGUAAACCAUACUUGAGAGAUAUUUAGGUGGCCUAAAACUGAUAGAAUCCCUAUUAGAUGGGAGAACACCCACCACGCUAGAACGCAUCCGAUACCUUCAGUUGCUCCCGACACUCAACCUACACCGGAAACUUACAGGCUUCAAGUUGUGCCAGACAGGAGAACACUUCUCGAUCCUCUGCAAGCUUCUUCUGAAUAGCACCUCCACUCCUGCUGUUCACUGCCCUUUGGGCAGAUGGAACUCUUGAGGUCAUUUUCUGACAAGCAUGUGCAACAGUACAGAAUUGAGGUAUAUGGAAGAUCUUGUCACCAUGGGAUCCUUCCUUGAUAGAGCCAAUUCCCUGCAGCCAUCACUGGUGACGGCUGUAGGUAUUGACACUUCUAGACAGCAACAGCCUUGUCCAGUGUCUAUAAAUGGCAUGAUUUGUCUCAGUAUAUAUCUUGAGUGGGUUGCAAUUUCAGUGAAAUUUCAACACCGUCAAAAUGAAUAUUUCAUAAUUAUUGAUCUUCAUGAAACACCCAUUUUUGACAGUGCCGCUUUAAAUUAAACCUAAUGCUGAGGAAAAAGCUCAAUUUCCAAUUGCACUGUAGACAUUGGCGAGUAGAAAUUUGCUUCUGGAGAGUGUGCCAUGGAUACUCUAGGCUUGCAGUGAAAAUUUAAAGGGACUCUAUAGUUACCAGAACUACAGCUUAUUGUAUUUGUUCUGGUGAGUAGAAUCAUUCCCUUGAGGCUUUUUGCUGUAAACAGUGUCUUCUCAGAGAAAAUGCAGUGUUUACAUUACAGCCUAGUGAUAACUCCACUGGCCACUCCUCAGAUGGCUGCUAAAGCUGCUUCCUUGGGCAGUGCUGCAGAGUAAGCAGCACUGCCAUUCAGUGUCUCCUCCCUCUGCAUGCAGACACUGAACUUUCCUCAGAGAAUCAUUGAUUAAAUUCAUCUCUAUGAGGAGAUGCUGAUUGGCCAGGGCGGUGGUUGGCUCUGCCCCUGAUCUGCUUCCUUGACAGUCUCGGCCAAUCCUAUGUGAAAGCUCAGACCACCACUUCUGAUGUCAGCAGAUAGGGGCAGACAUGGGCAGAGCCAGCAGCUGCAGCCAUGAAUACAAAUACGAUUUUACUAUAUUUAGGGAGGCAAAGGGGACCAGGGGGGCUAGAUGGUGGUUUUAUCUUUAUAGGGUCAGGAAUAGAUGUUUGUGUUCCUGACCCUGUAGUGCUCCUUUACUUGGUCCUAUUUCUCCUCUUCAUUUGCCCUUCAAUGCACUGGUUGCCCUGCAUUAUGAUGUAAUUUGCUAAAUAAAAUAUAUUUAAAUAAAAUUGAACGUCUAUGAAAAAGGUGAACACUAGUUAGAGGUGAUUUUACAAAGUCCUAUUCAAUGGUGUAAACUCCAGAGGAGUGAUAAUAUAAAGCCUGUGGCUGCAGAAUGAAAUGAUACAAUGUUUCUCAAUCCUUUCCUUUGUUUCUCCUUUCAGGUAUUGACAUAUUGAAGCUUGUGGCAGCUCAGGUCGGGAGCCAAUGGCAAGAUAUUUACCAGUUUCUUUGCAAUGCAAAUGAGCAGGAGGUGGCGGCGUUCUCCAACGGUUACACGGCAGACCACGAGCGAGCCUACGCAGCCUUACAGCACUGGACUAUCCGAGGGCCGGAAGCCACUCUUGCAAAACUCAUAAGCGCUUUACGCCAACACAGACGCAAUGAUGUUGUGGAGAAGAUCAGAGGCCUAAUGGAGGAUACGGUACAGGUAGGUCAUCACUUUCCAUGCGUGUGUUCUCGUUUUGCAGUUAACGAUGCUUAACUCCUGCUAUUUUAGUUGGACCUCAUUGUUUAAACUCAGCUUUUCAUAUUCAUAAAGUGCUCACAAAAACAACAAUGAACAUAUGAAGAAUAAAAUACCGAUAAAUAAUACAUUAUGAGCUUUGUAAUUUAAAAUGGCCUGUAAAAUGCAUUUUUUCUGAUUAUAAUGCCCACUAUAUAUUUAAUCCAUUGAAACCUAAGUUUCAGAAACCUAAAAAGCAAUUCAGUAUGGUAAGGUCUAGUCCGGUGUAAAUAAAAGGUUCUUUAAAACCCUCUGAAUAUUUAUUGACCAUUGCAACGAAGUCUGUGCUGAUUUGAGCAACACAGAGGCAGAGCUCCCCCUUAGUACAGUUAUUCGAGGUAAUGGAGGAGGGAAGGAAAGACAUAUUUAUUUAUUUUGAGUUGCAGAUGGGGUAUGGGAGAGAUGUCACAUCCACAUGGCUAUCUGGAGGGGUUGGGGGUGAGAUAUUUAGGAGGCCCCUCUCUGAGAUUCCAGCCUGUCAUUUGAGUGCUGGUUAUCAGAAGCCUGCUGGACCAGGUACAGUUGUUCGUGAUACUGCCAGUGGUUACACGAAGACAGCCCUGUCAGCAGUUAUAAUGCAGGCUAGCUGUCUUAUUCAUUUUAAAACAUCAGUGACUCAUCUGCUGAGCAUACUGUGUGUUUUUUAUACAUUCGAUCAAUGACCUGGUUUGACCUGCUUCAGAUGAGAUCGUGACUUGGUUUACCAAUUGACUAACUAGACUGCAGAGACACCAGAGCUCCGUGCUCUGUAGGCAUGAGUGAGUCUGUCUAAACUGCCCCGGAACACUGAGACUUCUUGCACAGAUACAUGGAGUUCUCUUAAAAUCAGAACUCAGUGAUCCAUAGAGUAGUGAUGUCUGUAGAAAACACGCCAGGCACGUGGAUAUACGUAGCUUUUAGCUUCAUUGGCUCCAAAAGUAAUUGUCUGUGUAUUUUGUUGAUGCACUUGAUGCUUGCAUCUUUCAUACUGAUAAUUAGAACUGUGGAAGUAGAUUUAGGAUAUUUAGCCUUUAAAACCAAUAACCAUAACUUAAAGGGACACUCAAGGCUGGAUUCUACCCAUUUUUGUGUUUGGUUUUAUGGAUUCUGUAGGUGAUGCAAAAACAACAAAAACUAAAAUGGAUACUCACAUUUGCUGCACAUUUUCAGCUUCUGCAGUGAGGUCUACCAGCUAUGGGGAUUUCUCAGCCAGCCUUGUUUCUCUUUUUUUGCCCUGGCAGUGAUAAGUGUACCUGUUAACAUCUGCAGAACAAGGGUUUCUGGGUGUUGUGGUUCGCUUGUUGAAUUUCUGAUGCAGAAAGCGGUUAUAGUUAGUUAGAGUAGGUUAGCACCCACACUGCCUGGACAAUUUAAUACGGCACCUCUAUCAGAAAACAAUCCUUUGUACCCAAAAAGGAAGAUAAGAGCAUAACCGUUUUAUUGCUAUUUGCUGGGUAUAAAAGAUACAAAAGUAAAAGAAAAAAAUACAACAGUAAACAGAUUUACAUAACCAUAAUUCAUAUCAUUAUGAAGAGCUGUAUAAAAUUAAUGCACAUUUUAUAGUUCAAUAUAUAAACUAGAAAUGGUCUUAAAGUAGUAUGUGAGAGGAAUACCUUUAGUGUUAAAAUGUGACCCGUGGGUGUUGGUGAAGCUGCAUCCUGUCUGUUUUAGAGACAAAACCCUUUACCUACUUUUCUGAUUUUAAUUUUGAUAGCUGGCAUCUAACAGUGUGUCUGUAAAAAAUACUGUAAUAUACUGGAGCGUCCGAUAUGAGACACCUUUAUUCCAUUUGACUCUUACCACACUGCAGUAUUAAAUCUGGGCAGUGGAGCAAGUUGUACUGGAUUGAAUCUGGUUUUGCAUGACAUUUCACACUUGACCUUGGGUUUGUUUAAAGUUCUGCGAGCUUUGGGUCAUACCAGGCAAUAUAAGAUAAGACUUCACGGUUAUGUGUCCCUGGUUUCCUGAACACUUAUCUCUUCUUGGUGGUGUUGUCGGUGCAUGAAAAGUGCUGCUUUUAGCUGCCAUCUGUGCUCAGUACCCACUUAUUAUCCUCAGCAGUACAAAACAAGAACAGACAAAGGAAAAUGGUUUAUAGAUCUGGUAUGAAUGAGUAAUGGUGAUAUCCAUAAAGAAGCUCAUUUGAGUAAAAUAAAAAAUAAAAUCUGUAGUCCCAAGGCUAUAGUGUUCCUGUCGCUGUUACCUUUGUCUAGUACCGAGGCACCCUCACUGCUACUUACCUCUCCACCUCCCACGACAUUACUGGCUAUGGAGGAGCAGUGAGGACCUAAUGUGCAUGUGCGGUAAUACUGUGGGUAUACAAACUUCUCCACAGGAAAGUAUUAAAUCAAUGUACUCCUAUACAGGAUUCUGCAUCACGUGACCGCGUUUUACUUGUUCAGUGCCGCGGAAGCGUCUCCAGCGGCUGUCAUACCGACAAUCACUAGAAGUGGACUUAAACCUACAAUGUAAACUUUGCAAUUUUAAAAAACAAACAAACACAAAAAAAACUCAAUGUUUUGCAUUGCAGGGUUAAAAGGACAGGGACACUGCAUCCAGUCCAUUUAAUUGACAUGGAGUUGACUGGGUGCCUACAGUGUACAGCUGAGUUUGUGGGAGUUGUAGUUCAGUUUUCAACUUUUGAUUGUAGAACAGCUGAACUACAGCAUCCGGCAACCCAUGUCAUUAGAACAUCAUCUACACAAGAGGCAGAGAUAGAACGCUUGAGUUAUGGAGCAAAACAAAUUAUUUAAAAAAAGAAUAACAAAGAUUUAUAAGCGAUGGAUUAACCCAAGAAGGGGCAUUGGUAUCUGGUCAGUCUCCGGCACAUUCAGGCUAUGCCAUGCUUCUACGCACUGGGACACUGUACACAGACGCGCCUGCCAGCUCGGCAUAGCUCUGCUCUAGAAGAGAGGUUUGGCAGGUCACUAUGAGACGUUAACUUUUCUAACCCAAAUCUGGCUGUCCACCUACAUGGAAGCAGGAAAUAUCAGGAUUGUAUUUAUCUUUUGUUAUGUAAUGCUGGCUUCUCUUCAGAAGUGAAAGUUAAUGUCAGAAAGAGGCCCAUUGCACAAAGUCAACAUUCGAUCUGUAUCCUUCUCGAACAAUAAUAAGCUAACUUUAGCACUCCAGAUGUUUCUGAGGGACAAUUCCCAUGGUACUUUGCCAGAAUCUGGGGUCCAAGGCUAACACCAUCUGUUCUGGAAAGUUAAAAUUCGAUUGAUGGUAAAAUUUGAUUUGAUUGAUGGGUUUUCAUUCCCGUGCAACUGUAAAUGAAGACAAGGAGUAUAGCACUUACUAUUGGAUAAUCCUCUACUCCAAAUGUUGUUGCCUACACUUCCUCUGAUGCUUAGCCAACAUUAUGGCUGUAACAGUUAAAUGGACGAUGUAGUCCACAACAUCUGGAGUGCCUAUGCUUGCUGUACACCGUGACCAUAAGUUCGUGCUGACCUGUUUUAAGGAGUUGCCCUGCCUAUUUAGCAGUGAGUAAUUAGAAAACCCUGCCACUAAUUCCCACCCCACCUUUUGUACUGCACUGUGGAAUAUGUUGGAGAUCUACGUGUAAAUGAAACUGAACUGAGUUUCCUAAAAUGCAGUGUAAGUACAGUACAAAUACUACCUGUACAACAAAAGGCCGAUUGUCACACGAUUUCUACGUUUGUCUUUUGAAGGUACCAAAUGCAGAGCUCUGUAUUUCCUGCUUUUGCAUACAUACAUGUAUGUCACAUGUAACAUACCGAUAACAUAUCCCCUGCCUAGCACCAUGUAUAGAGUACAUUCUUUCUCAAUAAUGUGCCAUUUUAAUUCAUAGAACCAUCUGUAACGGACAUUUCAUCAUUGCUUCAGUGAAACAAUACUGUCUGUUCUCUAAGGUGUCCUAUUCUGAUAUUGUUUACCUCUCCGUCUUGCAGAAUGUGCUCAGUCCUCUGAAUAAUGAAUGUGUGUGUGUCUUCUGGUACACUGUAAUCAAACCUCUGGAUACAUAUUACUAGGAUAGAGCCCACGCUGCUUCUGCUAUGUCCCACAAUCUCUAACCAGACCGGCACAAAUCGGGUUAAUCAUUACCAGAGCUCUGCAUUCUUUUCUCUCAUACGUGUUUUGUUAAGUUGUCUGUUUAGCUUUGUUGUUUGUUUUCCAUGCUUUUGUUGCAUUCAAUUAUGGAUGGUUUUAGUUGCUUGUGUUUUUUGUUUAAAAAAAAAUAAAAAUAUUGAAUUCGCCUUAAAAGGAAACUCUAAGCACCAUAACACCUGCAGCAUAAUAUAGUGGUUUUGGGCAUUGUUGGCACUGCCCUUGCUGAGAAAAGUCGGUGUUUACAAUUCUGCCUAAUGCACCAUGUCUGUGUGACUGCCUCUAGCGGGGCUUCCUGGUUUCCAUAUUCAGCGUAAGAACAGAGAUACAUGUUACAUGUUUGUAUUCCUAACAAAGGAUUACUCCAAGAACCAUAACCGCUGUACUGCUUAUGGUGCCAGGAAUGUCUCUGUUUAGAACGGUUUUUAGAACCUUCUUACAAAUGUGGUUUUUUUAUUUAUUUAUUUAUUUUUUAUUUAUUUUUGGACGGGCAGAUAGUUUACACUCGACAAUAACAUGUGCAUUAAUAACUGCAUUCACGAUGUAACAGUGUGGGAGUACAAUGGUACACGCCAUUACAGUAUUGCAUGAUAUAUCUUCUUGUUUUUGUUCAAUAGACUUGUGUUAUGGUUCUUAAGAUCUUCCACCAGCUUUGUAAAAAAAUUUUUUUAAAUGGCCUGAGUCCCACCAGGUGCCCUUGGCUACAUACCUUGCUUCCAGUCUUUGGAAGGUUGGCUAUACUGAACUUAGCAGGGCAGCACUCAUUGGGAGAGAGCGUCAGCUGAGCGUACACUGUAUCGGCUUCGCUUAGCUUAAUAGGGCCAUUUGGCUUCUCCUGCAGGGGGAAAAUGUAUAUAGCACCUGGACACAUUCAGGUAAGUUGUCAAGCCAUUCUAAUGGAGCACAAAUAGACACACUACUUCAAGGGUGAAAUUCAGGAUACUUUGUUACAAUGGUUGUUUGAGUAAAGUGUGUGUAUCAUCUAAAACAUGCUUUUUACAAGUAACAUUGUGAUGGUGCAAAGACAUUUCUGACAUCAUAACCAUUACAUAAGACUGUAGUGGUUAUGGUGCUCGGAGUAUUCCUCAUGGUGGGUCACUCUUUACAAUCAGCGGUGUUACUAUGUUGCAAAUGUCACGGUGAUGUUCUAAAAAGAAAUAAGAAAAAUAUUACGGUUCGUGCAGAAAUAAUUUUUGAAUUGAUUAAGGAAGUGUGGUAAUUGUAAGUUAAUUUGCAUGAAAUGCCCUCUCUGUGCCUUUUGCAAUUGUGAUGUCAAUGUAUAGUUUUAUUAAUGUAAGCACGCACUCCACCUCCAACCAUGCCUUUCUCUGUUUAUCUAUCUUUACAAAAUGUGAUCCAUUAUCAAAAACUAUGAUUGUGCUUACCAGUUUGUCGUGUAGAUGGAUAAGACUUACUAUGUGCAGGACAUUAUUAGCAACCAUGUUAUUUUGGUAAACUGAUAUUAACUGUGAGUCUGAUACGGUUACCGACAUGUCUAGGACAAUGUGUGCACUAUUUGUUACAAGGAACCGUCCUGGCAGCACCUGUUUACUCCUACCGAGAGCCAAACCCCCCUUGUGAAACCAAAGAUAAGCAUUUUCCACAGUCUUGGAAACUUAACAGACAGUCAUAACCUCAAGAUAGGAUGUUUACUGAGAAUGGCAUUUCAGACUUCACUCCCAGCUACACUGUUAUUGUACAAAGAGUCCUAAAAUAAUUUAGUCUUUUCAUCUUGUGCAUUUAGUGUAUUUACAGACCUGUCUUGUAAAGUUAAAAAAAUGAAUCACCAAGGCACAGUUACUCAUUCAAGACUGGACAUUUCCCGGAAGCAUUAAAAGUGUGAUUUACUGGUGGUAAGGUGUGACGUGAUUCUGUAAACCGGGCAGUGUGAAGAUUAAACUAGUUAAUUACAAGUUUUCGGUCCAUCGCAGAGCAUUUAAACUCCUCCGCUACUUUGCAAUAGUUUUGUCAUUUCCAAAUUUAGUAAAUAACUCCUGCAGUACAUAUCAAUGUGGGAUACCACUGUCCUGCCAUCUUUUCAAGUUGUUAAGUCUCAGACUGCAUCCCUCUAUUCUACAUGACGCUUGAUAAAUGGUGAAUACAACUUUGCUGGGACCAAGCGGACGGAUGUGAUCUAUUACUAACGGAAUUAUUUUCUAACAAAUCGUGAACUCAAACUCACGGUACAUUUAAGCUUUUACAGAAAAGAAUGACGUUCGUUUUCAAUUGUGAUCAGAGUGCCUACGUGCUUUGAUAGUGCUUUACCGAGGGUGUGAGUGUACUGUUUUACAGAAACUGUAGUCGUUACUUUUAGUAGCCACGCAGUAGAAGUAGUAAAUGAAUGGAAGACUUUGUGUUUGGCAUGAGACUAUCCUGAAGGACAAAUAAACGGUAUCAAUCAGAGAUUAUGUAAUGGGUAGAUUAGAUGGGCCAUUCCAGGCUUCGCAUUCCAGGUUUCUGUGGCGUUCUGAUAAUUAACAUACAAAAAAAAUACCAUCAAACACAUGCAGUGCAGUGCUUUGUAUCCUCAUAAUUUAUCUGUGGUUUCUAUUCUUAAUUCUGAAAUAUUCUGUAAAAUUUUUAUUUUUUUAUUUUUUUCAAUGUCCAGUUUUUCGUGGUAAAUAUACAGCUCCCCCGCCCCCCUCCCAUUUUCCCCAUAUUUUUCACCAGAUGUCAGGGGUGGCUAAGACGCUUGGCUGGAAUGGCAUUUCUAGUUCCUUGAGAUGUGAUGAUGUUGUGACGAGGAGUCAUUUGAUAUCUCGUUUCCAAUUGUUAUUUUUUGUUGUAUUAUUGUUAAAGGCUUGGAUGGAAAGUCUGUAUUGGUUAUUAAUUCCCGAUUCCUAGAAAUACGGCAUCAGUGACUUCCGCUCCUCGUUUAUCGCUAUCUAAUUAGGGCAUCCACUGACAUUAUCUACAUGCUAUCUGUCAUUUAUUUAUUUUAGUUCUGUUUUUCCUCAUUUAGUCACAUAAUAAAUAUCUAAACUAGACCAUCAAAUAACAAAGCAGCUCUCUUGUAUCCAUGGAAACCAGAGCGAGAGAUACCUGUGCAUCAGAAGCUGGAAAGAAAAGGAACAUUUAAAAAACGUUCCUUAUUGCCAUGUUAAAAAAACACACAAAAAAAACACAUGUGCCCUUAGAUUCGAUAUGGGGGUAAGCUCUAAUAUGCUUCUUAGGCCCCAUUUAAAUUAAAGACAAAUUCAAAGGGGUACUGGGCACUUGCCUCCUAUUGUGCUCUGUAGCGGAUGCCUAUGGGUGUUUUAGAUGGUUUCCAUGUUGAUGAUACAGCACAGUGUAGGUGGUAUUGCUGUGGGUGCAGGUUUAGUGCCGCAGGUUUGGGGUUUAUACAUCAGAUGCAGGGUUAAUGCAGCAGUAUACCUCCCAACAUGGUAUGUAAUGGGGAUGGGGUGUGCGGGGCCUUGACGUGUCGAGCGUUAUUGGCAAUACCCAUGAUUACCAGAUCUGUCAGACUGACAAGCUGCCUGGCUUGCCCCUAGCCGUCAAUCCAUGCACAGUCCUCCUUGCAUGGUUGAAGAGCCUGCCGCACAUCAUUAGCGCAUUUAAUGAUACGCUUGCAUUGUGCUGCCCAGGACAGUUCCUGGUCUCUUCAGAUGCAAGACACCGAGGAACCAGAGCAAAACAUGACCCUGAAAUCGGUACUGUCCCACCAAAAGUGAGACUAUUAGGAGGUCUGCAGCGAGUUUAUAUAAUACACUAACUUUAUUCACAAAGGUUUAGUGUCAUAAUGCAAUUCAUUCAACAUGUUCGUGUUUAUGGUUGGUAAUAGAUCGUAGUAUAGGCUGGAGUUCAAUGUAAGCGGGAGGGGCAAUAAAAUGUACCCAUGGCUGAAGCCCCUGGUAUUUUUUUCCACUUGGCUAUACCUUGGUGCUUUGCAUUGAGCAAUGUAUUCAGUCAGUUUUCAAAUAAUACAAAAGGCUUCCCACAAAUCCUAGCUUGCAUAAAAAGUUAUUGUAAUGUACCAUGUCUCUUGGAGGUGGACAUCCUAUUUUAUAGUCUUUACUGUUCUGCUGGUGACAGCGCAGAUGGCUGAAUAAUUUAUCACAUGUACAUUUGCCAUGUUAUGUUGGCUAUGGUUGGUGCAUUCUAAUGAUUUGUUAGAUGGACUACCAUAUUUGCAUCUUCUGGAACAGAAGAUAUUAUAGUUAAGUAUAAAGCGCCAACAAAUUCCAUAGCGCUGUACAAUUGGUGGACUAACCGACAAGUGUUAGCAACAAGACAAGUUGGACGUACAGGAACACAGGCUGUUGAGGGCCCUGCUCAAAACGAGCUUAUGUAAACUAUCAUGUGCACAUAACAUGUCUGUUUAUUCUUUGUUAUCAAAAACGUAUUAUUUUUGUAAAAGAAAAUCCUAACUAUAUUGUUAUAAAUGUAUUAAGUGUUGAAUAACAAGUUUUCGACACAUUUACGUGCACGUGGAGGAGGCGUUCUGAAUCACAGAGCAAUAUAUUUUUUUUAUUUUUCUGGUCUUUUCAUGACUGUUUACCUUUAGAAAGCGGACGAGGCGUGAGUGUUUUGGGUUUGCAAUAGCCCAAUGAAUUCAGCAAUAUAAACAUAAAGUCUUCGGAAUAAUAUUAUUGCAAACACACCUCAUGUUGGAUAAAUGGGACCUUGAGGCUUGAAUUGUUGUUGAGGUUUUUUUUUUUUUUUAUUUUUUUUUAACGUUUUUAGGGCUGCAUCAUACACUGUUAUAAAUAGUAAGUGCAUUCUAUGUACCAACAAUUUUUUUUUACUUUUUUCAGUUUUAUUUUUCGGUAAAAACCUCAUAUUGGAUAAUCCUAAAACCCUAACCCACCUUAUUUUGCCUAAUUAUAACACAAUAACAAGACAAGUGGUCCUGUGACCCUGACCGUUGUACAGACGAGUCUGUACAGCUUUGUAUAUGCACAAUCUGAAAUUGUCUACCGAGCGGCUGUGUGCCAGUAAGUAUGUGAUUGAUUGAACUGCAUUGUAAUCAGGCAGUUUUUUUCCUUCAUUUCCCGGAUCAUGGGGCACAAACACAUGAAGUGUACACUAUGAGUAUGUGUACUGCAUUUGACAAGCAAUGCUGAUUAUACUUUGGCUGAGCCCUCUAAAACGAUGCCUCCCUUAUUUAUAUUAUUCUGUGAGAUCCUGAGGCAUGGGCGGUCUUGGGAGUUUUUAGUAAUAAAUAUUAUGCUUGAUAAAAAUGUGCAGUGAGAAAUGUUUUGUGUGUAAAACCAGUUUGAGCCGACGGAUUUGCCGUCUAUCUGCAGUGGCAGAACGAAAGGUCUGAUGUCUGUCUUAGUCCUGCUAUUUACUGAAACAGAAAAAGUGGAUAGUUUUAACAGUGAUAAAAAUAGAAGGGUUCUUAUUAACUAAACGGUAAUUUGAAAGCCAAAUUUAGAAGAUUUUGUCCAAAAUAAGCAAUAGGAAAGAAUUUUCAAACUUUUCUAUAGUCCGUUUGGCAAUAUUAGCCAAAAUGUUUAAAUCGCCAUUCAACAAAACUAACUGAUUAAUGGAUGGAAUGCCAAUAAGGGUUUACACAGGUUUAGCCAUUUUGUUUGUGAUUUACAAAUUGUUUACAUUUAAGUAAUUUAUGGUAUGUGCCCACAGGUUGAGGUCACUUCAUACAAGACAUACCGAAUCUUUCAUGGUACACAUUUGCUAUGUGUUUGAGAUGUGCUCUCCAUUCAUCUUAACGGUAAACACAUGGAAAGCAUUACUAUUACAGCUUUUUAAAGUGGUUAUCGUGCCUAGAACCUUGUUCCUGUAACCUUUUUGUUUUACAAACUUGUUUAUUUGAAUAGCAAAUUGUGAAUCCUUGAGCUGCGCAUUACACCUCCUGGCUGUAAGCAGAAAUGAGCGUCUAUACAUCUCCUCUUAUCUCUUCAAUGAAAGGUGAUUGCUGCGUGCAGCACCAAUCUUGGGUAUAUCUCAAGCGUUCCUGUUUUACAAGGAAACUGAUUGAUUUAUUUCUCUUUUUGGAGCUUAGAAAGUGCUUGUAUCAAUACAACUCCCAGUAACAUGUGGUAUGUAUGUUUUCUACUAAACUCCAGCCCCCCUCUACAAAAUCUCAUCCCCCACCUCAAAAAACAAACAAAAAAGUUAAUGGCGCUGUCCACACCCUGUACCAGAUCUGAAACCCAUCUAAGGCAGAGCAUGUAGACGUCACAUCAGGACAUGAUGCCGCCCGCCUCCAUGCGUUUCUGCCCACCUCCAUAUGCCUUCUGACUGCAUCCAUGCACUUCUGCCCGCCUCCGCCCACUUCCAUGCACCUUCUCCUUGCUCUUCCAGGUCCCCUUAGCAAUACAUUUCUUUGAUGGACCGCAAAGAUAUUCAUUGUGGGCCGCAUGCGGCCUGGGGGGCGCGAGUUUGACAUUCAUGAUCUAAAUAAUUAAUUAAUAUUAGGGAUGCACCAUUUUGUCCGAAAACAGGUCAAAUUUGCCGAAAUUUUUAAAAAAAAUAAUCAUUUUAAUUUCUUUUAAAAUAUUUUUUUUUUUGUAGUGCAUAGUUUAACAGACAUGCUUGCAUUAACAAUUCAGAUGAUUAUAUAUCACAAUGAAAGAUAGUAAUGAUAACACGAAAGGUCAAGAAUACUGCACUUGGGAUGGGGUGCAGGAGGGGGGCGAAGAACACUAUGGGACAAGGGCACCCUGAAUUUUCAGGUUCGGUUUCGGCCCAGAAUUUUCAUUUCGGUGCAUGCCUAAUAAUAUAUUGUGGCUUUUUAAUCUCCUGGAGUUAUUUAUUAUCUAGCUGCCCCUAUAAAUGGGUUAGCUUGGUCUAGGAAGCACACUUAGUCACAAUUAGUGAUGUCGCGAACUGUUCGCGAUCUUCCCGCGAACGGCUCGCUGCAGUUGCGGCGAGCUCCGGUCAGCUGACACAUCCCGGGCAAUCUCCAGCAGACCCUCCCUCCCAGACCCUCCCACCUCCUGGACAGAAUCCAUGUUGAAGCUGCCGGGAUGUGUCAGCUGACCGGAGCUCGCCGCGAACGGUUCAUGGCGAACCGCGGCGAGCCGUUCGAGGGAAGUUCACGAACUGUUCGCGACAUCACUAGUCACAAUGCACUUCUCAGAAAUAUAAAUAACGAAUUGACACACAAUGAUAUCAGAACAUUUCUCAUUCCACUGGUGCUUAAAUCGUUAAACACCCGUUAAUGUGUGUUUAAAAUGGCAAACUGAUGUGUCAACAUGGUGCUUGUUUUUUUUAAUUAAUAACGUAAUUUCUCCUGAAAGCAGCAAGUUGGCAUAUGUGAUUUGUGCCCCACCUUGGCGUGUUUAACACCUUGCGACUUUGCUGGAGAUGCGGAUCCUGAAUAGACUGAUUAAGGUGCACUGUGUGCUGAGAAUGUUUGUUUGCAUCAGGGUUGUCCAGGAUUUCCUGAUGUGAGGCCCUGGAAUUAAUUCUCACUCUUGGGGCCAUAGAGACUGUUUAGUGAAUGCCAAUAGGCAUUGCCGGUAGGGUGUUUUCCUUUUAAAGGGAAACUCUACUGCCCAAACAACGUUUACCUGACAAACACCCAAUGAAAACUUGCACACAUUUACUAUGCAUUUUUUAUUAACGAUUUCUAAAACCAGCUUGCAAAAGUUGCAGAUCUGUUGACUAAAGCUGUAAGCCCUCCCUUUCUAACCCCGCCCAGAAUUUCUGAGGCUGUCCAAUCACAGACUUCCAUAUGCAGCUCAAUGAGACGUCUUUGCAAGGCAAGUGCUCUGGGCAUUUGAUGUCUUUUCACUUCAGCUCCACUUAGCUAACCAAACCAGUAAGUAACCGGUAUGACAUCUAGGGGGAUAUAACAAGUUCACAACCAUGAUUUCCAUGUUUCAUAUAUUUGUGUGUGACGCAAGCCACACAUUGGAAUCCCUGUUAAUUCCAAACUGCGGAAUUGGCUAAAUGGUCUGACAUGCAUUGUACUAAAUAUUCUUCCUGAUUGUUAUACAUGUGACAUCCUGUAACGUGGGUAGGGGUUUGUUUGUUUUUAUAUAACAUUGGAAUAGAAUUCUAUCGCUCUUUAUCCUGGCUCGUUGUUCAUUCAUUAAACAAUAUGUCAUUCUUCCUUGAACUGACUUGUGAUCCAAUAAUUCUUAGGUACAUACAGGAACUUUAUAUGCAAACAUUUCCCGUAGAACAGGUUGGUAUCCGUAUUGUGCAAGUGGUAAGAUCACUCUCUGUGUCCAAGGUCACUGUAUCAUUGUUUCACGGUGUUUUUUUUUUUUUUUUUUUUUUUAAGGAUGAACAGUUAUUUCUAAUAUAUUCCACCUAGUAGGCAAUUAAAGCAGGCUAAAACAUAUUGCAUUUCUCUCCCCAGUAACUGGAGUAGUGACAGGAUCACACCUCCCAAAUUUCCCUAUGUAGCGGAGUAGUAGUAUUAUCCACGGUAUCUCCGCUGGUAGACAGGAUGAAGCAGGUAAAAUGUAGGUAAAAUACAGGUAGCGUAGUUACAAUCCUUUUUCUCCCAAGAACUAGACGACCUAUAGCUUGGAGGUCAACUGAGAGCCUUAUUGAAAAAUCCCCAAUUUAUGUGGUUUUUACUGUACAGGGUUUCCAGACUGGGACAGUAGGGGUUUUAAUCAAGUGGACUGUGUGGGGAAACUGACCAUGCAGGGUCGUUUCCCAGCAGCCCCUGCUGUACAGGGACAAAGAUGACAUCAGCAAGUAUAGAUAAUUGGAUUACCAGUGGUUACAGUAACAUGCAAUAUUUUACAUUAAAAUCUAUAAUUCUCACAAUUUCCCACCGAUUUGUAUGAAUGACCUCUCAACAGAUUGCAGGGAUCGGCAGGUACAAUAUACCGAAGUACCUCUCGGAUCCCUGCAGAAAUAACUGAACGCCGCUCGUAAUAUACGUUUACACAAACUGGGGUUUAGAAGAGAAAACCCACGAACAGCUUUGUUUCCCGAACGUUGAAAGUCCAGCGGUGUUUGGAAAUCAAGUGGCCGAUUUCGGUUCCAGGCACUCGACGACCAAACACCGCUGAACUCUAACAAAGCAAAGAUGGCCACCGCCACGUGUUCGGUACACAAACGGCGACCACACACAGCCCAUCAACGGCUGGACACAUUGUUGCAACAUCACUAAUGAGCGGCACGCGACCUUCUGGGGUGGUCUCCCAUUCGGUCCUUGGUUCGUUUCACAAACAGUGUUGGAAUUCACUGUUCGUGAAACUUGAAACGGAAUGCUAGCGGCAUUCGUGUGCUGAAAUCUUUUACAUACAGAUAUUUUAAAAGUGGUUGGCUAAUGCUUAACAUUAGCGGUAUUCGUGUGCUGUAACACACGAAUGCCGCGUACAUUACAAGAUAUAGGGAAUAACAGAAACCAUAUACAAAUUCAGUUUUAAAGAUGCAGUUUGGAUCUAUAAGUGGCUAGAUCUGCCACAGGUGGUAUCACAGAUUUGCUCUACCACCUUGAAUGGGCCCUGCCAGGAGGCCUGCAGCUUGUCCCUAGGGACGGAUCGUAGGAUUAGCACCUUCUGCCUGACCUGAAAGCUGCGGGCCCUGGCCCCCCUAUCAUACAAUCUGCGCUGUAGUUGAUGGGCUGCUUGGGGUUGGCACGUAUGAUCUGAGUCAAAGCCUCCAAGCGUUCCCGGAACUCCAGCACAUAUGGUACAAUAGGGGUACCAUUAGUGGUAACUCCCCCCUCCCAGUGCUCUCUGAUUAAAUCUAGGGGGCCCCUCACCCUCCUUCCGAACAAUAAUUCAAAGGGAGAGAACCCAGUGGAUUCUUCGGGGACUUCCCUAUAGGCGAACAGCAAACCUCUCCCAGUCCUUCUGCGUGUCUGUGAACGUCCGGAUCAACUGCUUAAGUGUUCCGUUGGACUGAGGGUGGUAGGGUGAGUUAAGGAUAGAUUUUAUCCCACAUAUCUUCCAAAGCUGGUGGGUGACCUCUGCUGUGAAUUGGGUACCCCUAUCUGAAAUAAUCUCCCGUGGAAAUCCCAUGCGGGAGAAAAUUUGCAUAAGGGCAUCCGCCACGGUCUCUGCAUGCACAUUCGUUAGAGCCACCGCCUCGGGGUAUCUGGUGGCGUAGUCCACUACGGUCAAGAUGUACUUCUUGCCGGAGGGACUGGGCUUUUUCAGGGGUCCGAUUAUGUCUACCGCUACUCUACUAAAAGGCUCUUCUAUUAUGGGUAGGGAAUGGAGUUUGGCUUUAUAGUGGUCUCCCCUCUUCCCUACCCUCUGGCAGGUAUCGCGGGUGUAUCAGUAUUGCCUAAUAUCCUUGGAGAUAUCUGGGCAAAACAAGUUCUGUGUCAGCCGAUGUUUAGUUCAGCUGAUCCCUAAAUGACCAGAUAAGGGUAUGUUGUGCGCAAUGCGCAGUAACUCCUGUCUAUACUUUCAAGGCACAAUAAACUGCUUUAUGGGUAUGGGAAUAGACCCGGCUACUACCUUCUCUGCAUACCGGUAUAAUAACCCUUUAUCCCAAGCAUAUCUCUCUCCUUCAAAGCCUGCCUGGUUCUUGUCUAUUUGGUCUUUGUAAACCUGCAGGGAAGGAUCUAGAGCGACCUCACUACCAAAUUUUAGAGGGGCAUCCCAGGGAAGGGCAGUGUGGUUAUGGGGUUCCUUGCUUACCUGAGCCUCAGUCACUGGAUGGGGCCGUGGUGCGGGCCUAGUGAUGACUGGGUAGGCCUCCUAUACGGUGGUUCGAGGAACAAAAGCGGAGGUGAGCUCCCCCAAGUCAUUUCCCAAAAUUACAUCUGCUGGCAAGUCUUGCAUCAUCCCCACCUCCACGUUCCCUGACCCUGCUCCCAAUUCAAAUGUAUCUUGGCACUGGGAACCUUGUAGAUUGCUCCCCCUGCCACCCGUACUGCUACACAAUCCCCCGUAAGCUGGUCCUUUGGGACAAGGUGGUUUGGGACCAAGGUGAUGGUGGCCCUGGAAUCUCUCAGUCCCUCCAUACGUUUCCCUUCUACGUGGACGACUUGUCGGUGGCUUUGGCGGUUAUAGGACGCCGCUUAGACGGGGUUAAUUUCGUGGAGAGUGCCUAGAGGUUCCUCCACCUGGGUGACUGUGGAGGGCUGGAUAAAUGAUUCAAUCUGAUAGCAGUGUACCGCAGCUCGAGUGCCAGGAGGUUGGCCUUGGUUGGGCCAUAAUGGUGGUGCCCUGUUUUCUUUUUGUACAUGCCCCAAUUGGUUGCAGGUGUGGCAUCUGAUAUGUGUCCGGGUGGGGUACCUAGGUUAGUAUUGGUUGUUAGCUCCCCCAGAUCGUGGGUGAGCUGGUUCGGCCAAGGCAGGCCUGUGGUUUGUCGACUGGGGGAAUACCCUGGGUGGUGGGUGCUGCUCUCGUCUGGUGUCUUGAUGUUCGUCCGCUAAUUUAGCCGCGUCUUGUAAGGUGCGUGGUUUACGGUCUCUUACCCAGUUCUGCAUAUCAAUAGAUAGUCUCCGGUAGAACUGUUUUUUCUCUUCUCGUUCUUUCCCUCGUCUCUCUUCCCUUCCCUCUUCCUUCGUUUGUUUUGUACCACCUAAAUUUUAUUAGCCAUCUGUAUUAAUGAAGCUAUUUUGCUUAUUUCUUUCCCCUUAUUGUCUCUUAAUUUCAACCUCACCCAAAUUUUAUCAUAAAUAUCUUGUUUGCCUUUUAGCCUAUAUGCCAUCUCCUCGUAGAUUUUGGUAGUAGAGAUCUUUUCCCUUAUUAUACUUAAUGAUGGCACCUGUUUUGUUUUCCAUAAAUUGGCUAUAGCAUUUUUUGUAGCCAUCAAAAUAUGUAUAAUUAGCACUUUUUCUUCUAGCAAUAUUCUCUCUGUCAUAAUGUGUAGUAGGAAUAUUUCUGGUUACAGGGGCAUCAAUGUGUUUGUAACUUUAAGAAUUAAUUGCUGAAUGUGUUUCCAUACAUCAAUAAUUCUUUUACACUGCCAAAAUAUAUGGGUCAUCGAUCCUUCCAUUUCCCCACAUCUCCAGCAUGUCCCCACGUUCUCUGGAUAUAUUUGCAUCAAUUUUUGUGGUGUCAUGUACCACCGUAGCCACAUUUUGUAUGUUGCUUCGAUAUGUUGUAUAUUAUGUGUGGCAGCCUUAGUUGAUCUCAUAGCCCUAUACCAUUGAAACGGUUCCCACUCGUUGUUUAGCUCCUUCUCCCAAUUUAACAUAAAAGGCACUUUCUCUGGUUUUGCUAGAUUUAAUAUUCCUCUGUAGCUUAUUGAUAGAGGCUUAUCUUGGGGUCAUCUCUCCAAACAUAGCCUCCCAAAAUCAUUCACCCUAGAUUUUUCCACCUCCUUCACUUGAAGUUUCAUUAAAAUAUGUUUCACUCUGAGAUAUGAGUAGGGUUCCCUGUUAUGAAGAUCGUAUUUAAAUUGUAUAUCUGGGAAUUGAUGUAUAGCUGAGCCUGCUAUUAGAUUUCGGGUUUUUGUUAAUCCUUUCUUUUUCCAUGUUAUGUUUAAAUCUUUUGUAUAAUAAGUUAAACUUUUCAGAGUUCCAUAGUAAAAAUAAUUGCCUUUCCCCAGAAGUUUAGGGCCCCAGUAAGUCCACAACCUCAGAUAUAUUUGUGUUGUGGAUAGGAAAUUAUAGUUUCUAAGAUGAGCACGAUGUGUUAUCCAAAUGAGAUCCAAUAUCUCAUAUUGUGGGACAAUGGAUUGUUGUUCUAUAUGCCAUAGGGGUAUACUAGAUGUAUCUAUUAGUGCUGCUGUUUGUGCCGGUAUGGAAGCUAUAUAAUAUUUUUGAAUAUGCGGUACUCCCAUUCCACCCUCUGUCAUUUUGCAGCUCAUUGUAUUCAGUGAUAUUCUUGGGGGUUUGCGUUUCCAAAUAUGAGCAUUUAUUGUUUUCUGAAAAUUUGUUAUAAUUGAUUUAGGGAUCAUUAUUGUAUGGAUCUAAAAAGAAAUAAAAUCUGUGGUACAAUGCACAUUUUAACAGAAUUGAUCCGUCCCACCCAUGAUCUGGUGCUCUUGUCCCAGUGUUUUAGUGUAUCUUGUACUUCUCUUAGUAAUUUGCUAUUGUUAUUUUUUUUUAUCAUUUCCUGUUUCGAAACUGAAAGAUGAAUACCAAGAUAUUUUAUAGAUUUAUUUCUCCGUUCGAAUGGGUAUUCAUCUUUCAGCUUUCGAAUAGUUGGCAAUUGCAUAUUAAUAGGUAAGGCUUGGGUUUUAAUAAUAUUAUUUUUAUAAUACGACACUGUGCCAUAUUCCUUCAAUAAAUCCAUUAGCGGCAUUAUUGUUUUGUCUGGAUUUGUUAGUAUUAUCAGGACAUUGUCCGCAAAUAAGGCCACUUUUUAAGGUCCUAUGUGAGUAUUUAGCCCCGUUAUUUGAACUUGUUUAUUUAUCUUAUAUACUAGGGGUUCAAGGGUCAUAAUAAAAAUCAAUGGAGAUAGGGGACAGCCCUGUCUUGUUCCAUUAGAGAGGCGCAAUUUACGAGACACAAAACCUGAAUUGAUAACUAGCCAUUGGGUUUGUAUAUAAUGAAAGCAUACCUUGUUUAAAUUUGUUUGGGAGUUGAAAUUUAUAUAGCACCUUCUCCAUGUAUUGCCAAUGUAGGCGAUCAAAUGCCUUUUCCGCGUCAAGUGCCAACAAUAAUCCCUCAGUUUUCUGUCUUUUCAUUAUUUCCAGUAUAUCUAUAAAUCUAUGGGUAUUAUCCCCCACCUGUCUACCUGGCACAAAGCCUGCUUGUUCUGCCCCUAUCAAUUUGGGCAGUAGUGGUUUCAGUCUUAGUGCCAUUACUUUUGCAAACAAUUUUAUGUCUACAUUAAGCAGAGAGAUAGGUCUUAGAUUGACGCAGCUAGUCGGUGGCUUUCCUGGUUUUGGUAGUGUUAUUAUAAUAGCUUCCAGCAUUUUCGGGUGUACCUCAUCUGAAUCUAAAAUGCUGUUAAAAAGUAUUGUUAGAUUUGGGAUCAAUUCCUUUGCAAAUUUAAAAUAAUAAUUAUAAAACCCUUCUGGGCCUGGUGCUUUAUGCUUUGAAGUUGUUUUUAUAGCUUCCCAGACCACCUCCUCUGUAAAAGGUUUGUUCAAGAUCUCCGCCUCUUCCCGAGUCACGCAGGGUAGUUCAACAUCUCUUAGGUAAGUGGAAAUCUUAUUUAAUGUGGGUUGGGUUGUAUUUGAAUCCUCCCUUAAAUUAUAUAAAUAUUCAUAAUAUAAUGCUAACUCAUUAACAAUGUGAUUUGGAUCUAUCAAUUUUGCAUCUUUUGGUUUUACCAAGUAUGAAAUUUUUGAUUGUGUUGACUUCUGUUUAAUAUGAGACGCCAAUAAUUUGCCCGCUUUAUUACCCUGUGUAUAAUAUUUAAAUUUUAUUUUUUGUCAAAUUACGUUCCGUUACCUUCAAUUCUAAAUUUUCGAGUUGUUUUUUUUAAGUUUAAAAAGUUUAUUUUGUAGACCAUUAUUGAGUUUGUUUAUAUUGUUUCUCUAUUUCUCCUAUAGAUUUGAGGAGUUUUUUCUUUUCCUCUCCAAAUGUUCAUUUUGCCCUUGUGCCUUGUUUUAUAAGUAUUCCCCUCACUGUGGCCUUAUGAGCUAACCAUGUAACUGCUAUAGAUGUAUCCUGAUUAGUGUUUUCUUUGAAAAACUGAUUAAUUGUAUUCCUAAUCUCUCUUUCUCCCGUUUUAUUAUCUAAUAAUGCUUCGUUCAAACGCCAUGAACCCUUGCCUCUUGUCUGAUAUGAAGUGUCAAAUAUGAAACAUACUGGGCCAUGGUCUAUGUGACUGUUAUUGGAUCUAUAUUUACCUUUACUAGAGACUGGAGUGUAGAUGCAUCUGUCAAACACAUAUCUAUCCUUGAGUAAUUUAAAUGUACCGCUGAAUAAAAAGUAUAAUCUCUAAAUUGAGGGUAUUUAGCCCUCCAAGUAUCCUAUAGACUGUGAGUUAUCAUUAAUUUUGCUAAUCUGGCACUUAAAGCAGCCUUUCUCGUGGUUGGGGUCUCAUCUCCUGAAACAUCAAACUCUGGAUCCAACAUGCAGUUAUAGUCACCGCACAUAUAUAAUUUGCCUUGUUUAUAUUUCUCAACGCGUUUUAUCGCUUUCUGUAAAAAGCUUAUUUGAUUACUAUUUGGUGUAUAUAUGUUUGCUAUUGUUACUUUUUCCUCACCUAAGGAACCCACCAAAAUAAGUAAUCUGCCUUCCUUAUCUUUAUAUUCUCUGUCUCAUUUAAAUGGCCAGUCUGUAUGAAACCGCGUACUCACUCCCUUUGUUUUGGCACCCUAUGUGAUCUAUCAAACCGCAACUCUUCUGUAGUGAGAGUGGGAGCUAUUGCCUUGAACAACUCGACUAAGUAAGGUGAUAUAUCUGCCCCUGAACUGUUUCGGGUACACCCCUACCACGGAUAUUAUUGCGUCUAGACCUAUCCUCUAUAUCCGCCAAUUUUCCCUGGAGUUUUAUAUAGUCUUCUUCCAUUUUAAGUUUUUUCCCCUCAUUUUGUUGUUGUUCUCGCAGAUCUCAUCCAUUUUUUUUCUUCCAGGGCAGAUGUCCUUGUACCCAGCUCAUGGACUUCCUUGCGUAUUUCUUCCGAUAUUUUUCUAAAAUCUAGCUGUAAUGAUGUUCUCAGGGUGGAGAGCGUGUCUGCCAAUCUUUUUUCUGACAGGGAGAGAUCUUCUGCAUUUUCUCCUAAGAUUUGUGUAGAAUCCGUAUCAGAGCCUGCUUUAGAGUGAUAUGAGGGAGAUCUCGCACUGCCUCCAGCACCCGCUCUGUUCUUCCUCUGUCUUUCUUAUUUGUUUUAAAGAACUCAUGUUGUCUCUGUGCCUUCAGCAGCGCCAUCUGGUGGCCGUGUAGGUAGUGCUGAAAAACUAUAUAAAAUGUUAUGAGUUGAUACAGUGUUGAGGUGCUAAUAAAGGGGGGGAAAUGCAUUUGCCUUUCUUUUCUCUUUCUUUCCCUUCUUUCUUUUUCCUCUUUCUUCUCUUUUUCUUCUUGUUCUUUUCCUUUCUUCUUUUUUUCCCUUUUUUUCUUUCCUUUUUUUCACUCUUUCCCUUUUUUUAAUUCCUUGAUGUCUUGUACUGCUUCAAUAUAAUAUGUAGUUUUAAUCUAGUAAGUUUAAUUCACUGUUCACUCCUUUCCUCUCCUCAAUCUCUUCACAACACUUCGGAGCGCUUUGGUUUUUUUAAAAUUAUUUUAUGUUGCUCUGUCUCCUUUAUAUCACUUUAUCAUUGCUUCAGCUACAAUUUUGAUCACCUUUUAAAUCCCUUAUUUAUUUACUUUAGAUCUUUCCAAAAGGCUUAAAACCAUUUGAAGCAAUUUACAAUACUUUGCAAUGCCUUGCAGCGUUCAGAAGCUCUUAUUAACCAUUUAAAGCACUUGCAGCCUAAUAUAUAACACUUUAGAGCUCCUAUCCUUCCUGUCACUUUAAAACUCUCUGCGUUUGCUUAGAGGCCAUUUGAAAUACUUUGUAUCUCUUUAGAUCAAUUUGUAUCACUUGUAUUGCUCUGGUCUCAUUGCUUUGCUUUGUAUCACUCUGUAUAACGUUGUAUCGUUUAUUUUCACUCUGUGCCGCUUUAGUUCACUUAAUAUACUUUGUUUCACUCUGAAUCACUUAUUUCACCUUUGGGCCACUUUAGAUCAUUUGGUAUCCCAUUAAAGACAGAAAAAUACAAUGUUACUGCUUGCUUUGAUUGCCUUACUUUAGGUGCUUUAGGAGCCUUAACUUUGCCUUAAAUGAAGCACUGCUAUAUGACAGACUCCUGCUCCUGCUUCCCUCUCCAUUACACUCCUCAAGGUGAUUCUGGGAUAGCUCUAUGUCUACUCCUUUACCUUGAGUAGUCAGGCUGUGGCUGUGAGCUGUCAGGCUGUCGGGCUGUGGCAUGAGCUCGAGCAGAAGUUCAGGCAGUUUGUAAGACUCCGUUACACUGAACAUCUCAGAUAGCUCCGACUGGCUGCUGCUAGCUUGUAAGGCUUGGAAAAAUACCGGGCAUCUCGUAGCUUUCCUGGCUUGUUUGCCGAUACGGGUGGAUAGCUACAUGCAGCGUCUACAUGACUGCAUCAGCCACACACGUCUUCUCCGUUCUGCCCGGUAGGCUUCUGCUGCACGGCCAGAUAAUUUCCCGGCCAGCAGUGGUACCUGGUCUUGGGGCCCAAUAUCAUGCAGCUGGCACAGUCUUUCAAAGUCCUGCAAAUAUCCAUCAAUAUCCAUCGCCCUCUGUGUCCGUGAAAUUUUUAAAGGCUUGGUAGGGCAUUUUUGGUUUUCCCUGUAUAAUGCUGGGUGGAGCCGGUGACCCCCCUCUGGAUUGCUGCCAUGAUCCUGUCGACCGUCACUGGGGGUGGUGUGGUUGGGUACAGUGCCAACCUGCUCCUGAACCCUUUUUGAACUUCAGUUUGUUCUUCCUCCAUUGGAGGUGCUGCAGCAUCCGCUGCUCUGUCUCCUUCCGUGUACUCAGUUUCAAAAGUGCAAAAUUCGUUUCCAUUCACCGGCUGUUCGUGUGAUUCCACUUAUUCCCGAACUCCGGUUUCAUCCGAAUGGUUGUUUCACGAAUUGCUGUUUCUUUUCCUCUGUUCGCAUCAAUCCCUGCCGAACGCUGCUUUGCUGUGUGCUUUAAAUCCCGUCGCUUGCCACCGAUUGUAGCGGAAUAGUAGUAUUAUCCACGGUAUCUCCGCUGGUACACAGGAUGAAGCAGGUAAAAUGUAGGUAAAAUGCAGGUAGCGUAGGUACAAUCCUUUUCUCCCAAGAACUAGACGACACAUAGCUUGGAGGUCAACUGAGAGCUUUAUUGAAAAAUCCCCAAUUUUAUGUGGUUUUUACUGUACAGGGUUUCCAGACUGGGACAGCAGGGGUUUUAAUCAGGUGGACUGUGUGGGAAACUGACCAUGCAGGGUUGUUUCCCAGAAGCCCCUGCUGUACAGGGACAAAGAUGACAUCAGCAAGUACAGAUAAUUGGAUUACCAGUGGUUACAGUAACAUGCAAUAUUUUACAUUAAAAUCUAUAAUUCUCACAAUUUCCCACCGAUUUGUAUGAAUGACCUCUCAACAGAUUGCAGGGAUCGGCAGGUACAAUAUACCGAAGUACCACUCGGAUCCCUGCAGAAAUAACCGAACGCGGCUCGUAAUAUACAUUUACACGAACUGGGGUUUAGAAGAGAAAACCCACAAACUGCUUUAUUUCCCCGAACGAGCGACUUUCCCGAACAUUAUGGAAGUCCAGCAGUGUUUGGAAAUCAAAUGGCCAAUUUCAGUUCCAGGCACUCGACGACCAAACACCGCUGAACUCUAACAAAGUAAAGAUGGCCACCGCCACGUGUCGGUACACGAACGGCGGCCACACACAGAAAGCCCAUUAAAGGCUGGACACAAUGUUGCAACAUCACUAUGAGCAGCACACGACCUUCUGGGGUGGUCUCCCAUUCGGUCCUUGAUUCGUUUCACGAACAGUGUUGGAAUUCACUGUUGGUGAAACUUGAAACGGAACGCUAGCGGCAUUCAUGUGCUGUAAGCACACGAAUGCAGAUGAUAAACCAGAUGAAAUUUUUUACAUACAGAUAUUUUAAAAGUGGUUGGUUUUUUUCACAGAUAGAAAUAGCAAUGGUAGUAAUAGUCAGGUAUAUAUAAAGACAUUCUGUUAGUGGCCAGGUUUGCCAGGAUAGUCCUUAUUUUGUUCCUAAUGUCCCUCUUUUGUAGGCGUUCCAUGUAUAACAGAGCUCCACGGCAAAUAAUACUCCCAGUAAUGUGUCUUUAAAUUACUAUGAAUUUGUCAGUUUGAAAUGUUGGGAGGUAUGCAGUUCCCCUUUAAAGCAUGGUGAGCACAUUUACAUGAGUAAGAACAUUUAAAUCUAAUACAUGAGAUUCUCAGGAACAAGUGUUUUUGAGAAAGCAGUUCUUAAACUUGUUUCUGGUUUUCUAUUUUAAAUUUUUACCUGCUUUAAGGCAACGUCAUGCCAUGUUAGCUCAUGAGCUAAUAAUCUACUAGAAAUGAAAAGAAAGUGAAUUAUUAAAAAAUUAUGAAAAUCCAGCACUGCUCAUAGCAUUAGUAAGCUAACCUAUGGUUCCACCUUAUUUUUGUGGAAUAUUCCCAUUCCCAUCUGAAUGCCAAUAAUUUUGUUUAUCAGUAAGCUGUUGUCCUUUUAUAGGGAAGCCCCACUGCUCAAACAAAAAAAGUUUAGCAGAUAUACCCCCAAUGGAAACUUCCAUCUAUUUACUUAUGUAUUUUUUCAUUGAAGUAUUUCUCUUCUCUGCAGUCUUUGCAAGCCCUCCCUGUCUAACCCUGCCCAGACUUUCUAUGACUGUCUAAUCACAGACUUCCCAAUGCAGCUCAAUGAGAAGGCUUUGUAAGGCAGGUUCUCUGGGUAAUUGCUGCCUCUUGAGUUUAGCUUUACUGAGCUAACCAAACCAGGAAGUAACAGGAUCUGUUGUCUGCUUGAAAACCAGGGGGAGUAACUAUAUUAAUAAAAGUGUCAAUUUCUACUGAAAUCUGCACUUUUUAGGAAAUUGAGGGAGGGGGAGGGGGGAGAAGGACACACUUCACAGGUAAAGCACAUCCGCAAUCUGAAAUGCUUUGGGGUUGGGAGUAUCCCUUUAAGUAUCAAGUCCUUAUCUUUUGCCAUCAUCACAAUCUGGUCCCUAACAAGUCUUAUGCCAACAUGGAGUGUCCGUACUUAUUUAUUUUGCCGGUUUCAUAUUCCUCUGAGGCUUCUAUUUGUCCUCUUCUGCCCUGUUAUUGGCCGUAUACCCAGCCAAUCAAUUCAGCCCUGUGCACUAAAAAUGCUUGAAAGGCUGAUAGGAGUUUAGUUGGAGCACUGCCAGUUGGCUAAUCCUGGUCUAAAGGAAGAAUUAUCCAGGUUCGUUGCAUCAGCAGUUACUGAACAUCAUUUCUUAGAAUUCUCUGCUAGCCAUAUCUGGGACUUGCAGUCCAACAACAUCUGAGGGCCAAGGUUGGACAGCUGUUGCCUACAGUAAAGGAAGCUUAAUUUGCCUAUUUUCCUGGAGGGUAUUUACAAUUACACAUGAAAUAGGAGAUAGACAUACAAUUAGUUGGAGAUUGUAGAUGGAUGCAGAUUUUUGGGGGGGAUUGAUGGCAAAUGUGAUCUUCUCUGACAUGUUAUUCUACGUACGUAUCCCCAUAUAGGAGGAAGACGUGAUUACAAUGAGAAUCUGACCUCAGAACAAAUAUAGUGGAUAUUAUGGUGGGUGCUUAUCACGGUUUAGUAAAUCUACCUCAGUGUUGUAUUAAUUGCUACAGAAAAAAAAAAGCUUUGAUAUUAAGGUGUGAUGCUUCUUCUUUUUCCGGAUUUCCAUGUCUGGUCAGAGCAGUGGUAAUGUCAUUGCUUUAGAACUGAGGAACCCAGGUUUCAUUCCUGGUCAAACCACCGCACCAGUAAAAGGGUCUUUGGGCAAGACCCCAAACGAUGCAUAAUCGCCUACCUCAAAUCCUCAUAGAUUGUAAGCUCCUUUCAGCAGGGCCUUCUUCGUCUUGCACUCAGGAACAUGAUGACUCUUCAUAAAUGCUAUUAAUAAUAAUUCCACCCAGAAUUUAUUAAUUACUGUGUGUACGUCAUCUGGCCUGAUCUGUACUCCGCAUAAAAUAUGAGCUUUACAUCAUCUGUUGGGUUUUAUCUGUCCUUUAGGACAUGGUGAAGAAAUCAGACUAUUGGGUAGAUGUGACGCAAGCAACACUUUGGAAUCACUGUUUGUUGCAAACUGCAGAAUUGGCUUAAUGGUCUGACAUGCAUUGUACAAAAUAUUCUUCCUGAUUGUUAUACAUGUGACAUCCUGUAACGUGGGUAGGGGCUUGUUUUUUUUCACCGAACAUCGGAAAAUAAUUCUAUCGCUCUUUAUCCUGGCUCCUUGUUCAUUCAUUAAACAAUGUCAUUCUUCCUUUUAACUGACUUGUGAUCCAAUAAUUCUUAGGUACAUACAGGAACUUUAUAUGCAAACAUUUCACAUAGAACAGGUUGGUAGUCUUAUUGUGCAAGUGGUUACAUCUCUCUCUGGGUACAAGGUGACUGGCUUAUUGUUUAACUGUGUAUGUAGAAUGGCCCAGGGACAGUUAUAUCUUGUAUGUUGACACCACUCAGUACGUAAUGAAAGCGUUCUACAACUUAUUCCACAUCUCUCUCCAAUAACUGGAAUGGUCACAGUUCCAUACCUCCCAAGUGUUCCUAAUUUGGAAGGACAGUCCCUAUAUUGAUCCCAAAUCCCUCUGAUCCUAAUGCCCCUCUUUUGCAGAAGCUCCAUGUUGUUAGUUUGUCUGAGAGAAUAACAGAGCUCCACAGCAAUAAUACUCCCAGUAAUGCAGGGCUUGACAAAUUUACUUUGGAUCUAGGAGCCAGCUUAAAAAGUUAGGAGCCAUUUUUUGUUUUCCAACAACGAAAAUACAAUUAUUAAAAGAACACUAUAGUCACUAGAACCACUACAGGCUAAUGUAGUGGCUCUGGUGUCUAUAGCCUGUCCCUGCAGGCUUUUCCACGUAAACACUGCCUUUCCAGAAAAAAACAGGCAGUGUUUACAUUGCUGCCUAGUAACAUCUAGUGGCAGUCACUAGCUUUAAUUAACUCUAUCAGGAGAUGCUGAUUGGUGCAACAUUUUACUGCACAUGCUCAAAAGCUCCCAAUGCUACAGAAAAGCAUUGGAUUGGCUGAGAUCAUCAAGAUUGAUAAUCUCAGCUAUGGAGACUGGCACAGCGUUGGGGGAAAAAAGGUAAGUAAAAACACCAUUCCCAAUUGAUUGAAGGGGGGCUGGUGACCUAAACACGCACACUCACUAACAGACACCUGGACUGAUACACACACACUCACUGACAGACCAACACACACACACACACACACUCACUGACAGACCCACACACACUCACUGACAGACUGACAGACCGACACAGACCCACACUCACUGACAGACCGACACAGACCCACACUCACUGACAGACCGACACAGACCCACUCACUGACAGACCGACACAGACCCACUCACUGACAGACCGACACAGACCCACUCACUGACAGACCGACACAGACCCACUCACUGACAGACUGACACAGACCCACUCACUCACUGACAAACCGACACAGACCCACACUCACUGACAGACCGACACAGACCCACACUCACUGACAGACCGACACAGACCCACACUCACUGACAGACACAGGCACACACACAUAGACACACACUCAGGAGAGUGGCUUCCCUGGCGUCUAAUAGGACUAGGCAGCAGGUGGUUGCAAUAGGGCUGGCUAGCUGUGGCUGAUAGGAGUGGGCUGCUGCUCUGUUCAGACUCCCCCGCCCCCCUCCCCCUCCAUCGCUGUUCGCCGGGAGGAAGUAAACUUUACUUUCUCCUUGCUCUGAGGCCGCGCAGGGGAAGGAGUGGGCAGCCGGCUGUGCAGAAUGGGAGCGGGCUGGAGGCAUGAUCUACAGUAGAGGGGCGAGCCUGGGGGCAUGCUCUGUGGUAUGGGGGUAGGCUCAGUGGAAUAGGGACGAGUAGCAAGCGGAGCAGAUUUUACCUGGUGUCAUGCCAGCUUGUGGUUCCCUUGCGCGGCCACAGCGCCGGAAGGAAGUAUGUACAAUUCCCUUCACUUGCGCACGGGCGGACAGAGAGCUUGCACGGCGUUGCAGGACAGGAGGAGGAGGGCAAGGGAUGACCAAUCCCAGAUGCCAGGGCAAAAUUCUUAGUCGCCAUUGCGAUCUGGCGCCUGGGAUUUGUAGAGCCCUGCAGUAAUGUGUAUAUAAACUACAGUGAAUGUGGUUAGAAAUCAGUCUGUGAAUAAGAUACAUUGUUCUUGUUGUAAAUUAUAUUUUAGUUUCAUAAAUUAUUAGUAAGGCACUCAAAAAUUUCUCAAAACGGCCCCAUCUGUGUCCACACUCCCAUUGACGCGCUAAAAAUGAAGUGUCCCUCCUUGUCCAUUUCAAACGUUGGGAGGUAUGCAGUUCUUCUUUAAAGCAUAGAGUGCUCAAGUCAUAUUGAAUAAGGACAUCCUAAUUUAUUUGGCAUUUAUACCUGCUUUAAGCCAAUGUCACGUCAUGUUAGCACAUCAAAAGCUAAUAAUCAACAGGAAAUUAAAAGAGGUAAAUUAUUAAGGAAUGAAUCAACCAUAAAAUAUUAAUAAUGUCCUCGUGGCAUUAGUGAGCUAACCCACCGCUCCACCUGAUAUGUUUGUGGAAUAUUCCUGUGUUUAGUAAAAACACACCUUUGGACCAGGACCCUGCAUAACAAUACCUGCUCUUUAACCUAAAUUCAUAAUAGAAUUUCUUCAUUGUGACGAUUAUGAAAUCUAUGAGAGAGCCCAUACAAGAUAGUAAUGACUAUAUAUCGGACGAUUGCUUGUAUGGUGAUAGCGGGGAGUAGCAUUGCUGCUGUAUUAAGUCCCAUGCAUGGACAAGCUACCAUAACCUAACCAGAUAGGGUAGGUUAUUAUGUCAAUUGUGGAAUGUCCCCAUAACCAUUAAAUUUGGAUAAAAACAUCGUAGAUUUAUAUCUGGGAACAGGUUCUAAUUUAGGUUCCUUGUCUCCUUUUAAGCUGUAGUAGUUAUGGGGAUAUUGCUUGAAAGAAACAUUCUAUAACCACUUAAAGGGACACUAUAGGCACCCAGAGCUUGACACUGCAGUUUCAGACAGAGGGAGGCUAGUGUUGGGAAUAUAGCUUUGUAUUGUAAUAAAGUGUUCCUGUAAGCUCAUUGCAGUUAUGGUUCCCUUCCAGAUCUAUGGAUGUGAGUGCUGUAUGGGUUGCAUUUUGUAUUGUUUGCUUGGCACAUAGACUGCUUUCUGCACAAAGACCUCUGUAUUAAAUCAGGUAUUCUGUGAGUCAGUGUAUAAUUGAGUCAAUAAUUACAUUUCCUCUGGCAGUUUCAGGGCAUGGAAAGUUUUAGCAUUAAUUCAAGUUAGAUAUGCACAUUGAAUUAAAAACGUUUUACAGGGAACUUUUAGUAUGGCACCCCUCCAUUUAAUGAAGCACAUCCUGUUAGGAGUUGGUUUUACAGUAUAUGUUAUUCUGUGCAGGAAUUUAUUACCAGGUCUCCAUCAUUUGGGAAAUAUAAACUUAUUAUUUAUUUAUAAACUAUUUUACCAGGAAGAAUACAUUGUGAUUUCUCUUGUUUUCAAGUAUGUCCUGGGUUAUCAGCCACAACCUUACAAUCUCCUGCCUAAAAUUGGACUAUACAAGAUGUCUGAACGUGUCCUGUAGUACCUGGCACCAUGACCUUACCAGCAGAUACUUUAAGUCCUGCAAGUUGCGACGUGGGGCCUCCAUAGAUCUGAUUUGUUGUUCCAGUACAUCCCGCAGAUGCUCAAUUAAGAUUGAGAUCUGGGGAAUUUGGAAGCCAAGAGAUCAACUUGAAUUAUUUGAAGUAUGUUCCUCAAACAUUUUUUGCAGUGUGGCAGGGUUCAUUAUCCUGCUGAAAGAGGCCACAGCCCUCAGGGAACACUAUUGCCAUUAAGGGGUGUACGCAAUCUGCAACAAUUUCUAGGUAGGUUGUACGUUUCAAAGUAACAUCCACAUGAGUGUCAGGCCCAAGUUUUCACAGCAUAACACUGCCUCUGAACGGCCUUCUUCCCAUAAUGCAUCCUUCCACUCUACCGUUCCUCCACAAACCACUUUUACGAGCUUCACUAGUCACCUGCUUCAUGCCUACCAAGCAUGUCUCUCUGGCAUGUUGUUUUUUCCUUUAUGUUCCUUUGCCCAUCCCUCCUAGAUUGUAAGUGCAUUUGAGCAGUCUCUUCACCUCUUGUGUCAGUCAACAGUUUUGUCUGUCAAUUAUUCAUAAUUAUUGGUUGAGAGCAUCGGUGUCAGGAGAGCUAAAGGACGUUCCUGCUUCAGUACCUCUGGCUCUCCAGUGUUGGUAGUAGUGGUUAUGGUGCUUUGCAUUUUCUUUUAAAUAACCCCAUUGUAUUACAGUAAAGCCCUACAGAAAAUGCCCCCAGCACUCACAGCCUGUCAACAUUUGGAUGAUUUGUACUGAUAUCGCAUAGGUGAAACUUCCAAACAAAUGGGCUAAGCUUAGAGUGCUUGGGAAGGUCUGUUAUGAAGGGACUGCCCUCAAGGAUCAUAACUGCAACGUGCAGUACAAAUCCAUCCAAAUUUGGACUGCAAUGCACUUACUGCACUUACUGCACUGCAGCACCCUGUAUUCUCAUGGCUCAGUGAGUACACUCACUGCGUUACUGGCGCUGUACUCUCACUCACAGCACGUGGAGUAUACUCACUGCGUUACUGGCGCUGUACUCACACUCCCAGCACGUGGACUACACUCACUGCGUUACUGGCGCUGUACUCUCACUCACGGCACGUGGAGGAGACUCACCGCUCGCUCAUACUACAGUACAUAAGAUAGAGUAAAUUCAGAGUACGAGCAUUGAGUUAAUACAGUUCUGAUUGCAUUACAGCACAGUAUGAACUGCUCCCACAGCUCCAUUGAAAUAAUUUCCCCUGUCUGUCUAGCAACAGUGACUAAUAUAUUAAAGCACUAGAGUUACCAUGAACCAUCUGCAAACAGCCGGCAGGUUAUAUUAAGAGUGGGGUGAUCGGCUGCUGGAAUUUCAGACUACACAAACAAAAACAUUCUGCAUUCUGAUGGAUCUGCAGACAGAGAGCUUGCAUCUAGUUGGAACGAUUAAAGGACCACUCUAGGCACCCAGACCACUUCAGCUUAAUGAAGUGGUCUGAGUGCCAGGUCCAGCUAGGGUUAACCCUUUUUUAUAUAAACAUAGCAGUUUUAGAGAAUCUGCUAUGUUUAUAAAUGGGUUAAUCCAGCCUCUAAAGCCUCUCAUUGACAGCCGCUAGAGGCGUUUGCGUGCUUCUCACUGUGAAAAUCUAAGGCUUUCCUAUGAAACAGGCUGAAUGCGUGCGCAGCUCCUGCUGCGCAUGCGUAUUCAGCCGAAGAGGAGGAGAGCUCCCUGCCUGGCGCUGGAAAAAAGGGAAGUUUAACCCCUUUCCUCGCCAUCCAGCCAGAGUAUGUUUUCCUGGCACUAUAGUGGUCCUUUAAUAGACCGACUUCCAUUCUCAUAGACUGCAACUCCCUUAACCCUCAGCCAGGUGCUGUUGCAUGUAUCGCAAAAUACUCAUUGCUGCUGAUGGGCUUGAAACCAGUAAUGGGGUAAACCUGAAGCCUGUUAAUUAUGGUCUGACCAUCAUUCUUAUCACUACCAGCCAGCCAUUGGAAAUUGUUAGAAGUUGCGCAAAUAUAGCAGCUGAAAGAUGGCAGAUUGCAGUAAUGUGAGUGAGUUCCCAAAUCAUUUUUCCACGAAAAAUUUCCAAAUCUUCCCCCAUUGACUUAUUCUAAAUGUUAUUAAUUGAAAAGGCCGGCUACAAGGUAGCAAGAACAAAUCUUGCUGUGCCCCGUUCUCACAGCCUGUGAUUGCACAGAGGGACUUCACGCGUAGCUUCCUUGUACCAUAACUACUUUAAUAAGAUGUUGUGGUUCUGAUGCUUGGCGUGUUCCUUUUAAUGUUCUGAAGUUAAACUUAAUUACAACGUAAACCUUGUGUGUGCUAAUGUGCGUUAUUAUAUACAUGACGGCUUAUAUUUAUUUAAUAUGUUUUUACCAAACAAUCUGUAAUUUUAUAAGUGAUCCAUGACUGAAAAUGAAGUGACUCGUCCGGUCACAUGGAAGAUUUGUUUUUUAAUCUGGUCUUUUAAAUGACUGAUGUAAUUACAUGUUCUGCUCUUACAUGUCUUUCUAACAUUUUAAUUAAAAGUCUUAAUCUUCCAUUAAUUCACGUGUUAAAGCCAUGAAGGGACUGAUGAUGAUAACCCCAAACAUUUCAUUUCAGUUGUCAUUCACGCAAUAUGUAAAUAUUCAUUAAAGGAUUAAUAUUGCUAAGAUACAGUGGAACUAAAAUUCUGCAGAAGGAUUCUUUAAAAAGUACAGCAACCUCUGUACCAUUCCAGCAAAUGUUGAGACCGUUAUAUACAAUUGUCAUUACAUUUUUCUUCUCACUUCUGGUUUUUGGUACCAAGUACUGAACUUAUUUGAAAGCAGACUGAUGCAUGUACAUUUACCCAUCGUGGAGAAACAGAAUGGGACUUUAGCCAAGCACAUUUUUAAUCUAUUAAUUUCCUCAUACAUGCCGUUGUCACAAAUCUAGAUGUAAGCUCCAUGCUCAGACAAAGCAGACCUGGUCAUCCACAUGUUUUGUAGAUGAUGCUAUCCCUAUUCUGUAACAUGUUAAGUUAAAAAAAAAAAAACAAUUGGGUUAAAUCUUUUUAAAAUCUUUCAAGGGCCGCAUGACAUUCACUAUUAAACUGCAGUAUAUGUAUUGCAAAAAAAUAAAUUUCAUGGAAAUGUAAGAGAUAGUGUCCUAUAUUAAACAGCCCAAGUUGUCUUAUUUUAUAAAUAGUAUGUCCCAAAGAUGAUGUGGGCACAGAUGCAGCUUGGGGCUAUUUGCUGAGCAGAGUUGAAAACAUUAUUUACCAGAAUAAUAUCCUUUUAAAAUUCAUCAAAGUGAGAAUUCAAAGUGAAUUUUAUAUUUAACAUUAACAUGGCCGAACUGGAAACCUUCUCUAAACCCGCUGUGCUUUCAGUUUGGCUAAUCUGGCUCUAAAUGUAAAAUCACGUUGAAUUCUCCCCUUAGUAAAUAACCCAGUUUGUGAUGAUUUAUGCUGUAUUUGUAGCACUCUGGCAGGAAGAUCUAAUGGAGUUCACGUUAACAGCAGAGCGAUCCUCAUUAACCUUGACACGGCACUCUGAUAUAUUUCGGCUACCAAGGCUUCUAGUAGCAGCCGCCGAAUAUCUCUUAGUAAGUAGCUACAUUGAUAACUGUAGGGUUUUCACCUCCGUGGGGUUUAAUAAGCAGAGAACUGGCUUCAUUAAUGUUUAACGCUUUCCAAUCCUGCAUGCUUGUGUGGAACUCAUUGGGGUUUAUCCACUAAACAGUGCAUCGUGAAUAAAAAACGAAAUUCGCAAAAAAAAACAAGGCUAAAAUAACUGUAUACGUCUGGAAAUAGACACAUUAGAGAAUUCUUCUAGCUUGCCUUUAUUGGAAUAGAUUUUGCCGUUUAGUUUUCAGUUUAGCCAAGUUCACGGCUUUCGGGAGUUAAAUCUCUAAACCGGUAAUUACGGGGAAUGAAAAAGUGAAUUGCAAAAAAAUAAAUAAAUCUUCAAUUCAGCAAUUUUUAUAAUUUAACAAUAAUGUUGCAGUAUAUGCUGUUGCUUUGCCUGUUUCAGUGCAAUCUCUGUUUAGUGAAUCCCUUGAUGUACAUUUAUAGAGGCCAUGCAAUGCUGCACAGAUACCCCCCCGCGUGCUGUAUUAGUAUUCAGACAGAGAACUCAAAGCUCUGCAUUGCCAGCACACGUGAGCCAGUCGCUCUUGCUGCAAUGCCUUCUCCAUUCAUGCAGCAAAUUGUGACAGGUGUCUGCACAGGGGGAUUAUGAGGACAAGAUAUCUGCUCGCUCUAGAUUUUUUUCCUGCAACCUUUUUACUUGUUUACCAGCCCUGCGCCUUAUCUCAGCCCAUUUUCUCUCACUUCCUUUUUUUAUCAUUAUAUUAAAAUGGCUACCUAGGGAGACCGAAGGCAGAUAGAGUUUAUCCAGUUGCAGAACCUCCCCUGAGAAAUUUUAUUUAUUGUAUAUUCUGCGAGCUUUGCUCGAGGUGCGGUGACUGCAGUGUAGUCACAUGGCAUCCUGUGCUGUAGGGGGGUUCAGAAAAUCUAACAAUGCAGCAUGCAGAAAUGCACAAAUAAAUUGGGUGUCCUGGGUGUUGCAGGUAAAUGGUCUCAGAGACGGACAUUAACCAGAUUAUUCCAUCCUUAGCAAUGUGCUUUCCCAUCUCAGGAUAUUGAGAAAGCGUUGAGUCCUGGGCAGAAUAGACAGAAUUCCCAAGAGGCCCUCUCAGUAUAUUUACUAAAACCAUUACAGUAUUGGGUUGGUGUUGGGUUUUAUCGUUAACCUAAACAGAUGGUCCUUUUAUAUCAUUGCCUGAGCUGGCUCUUGGCAUACGAGUAAACUUAGAUGGAGCACGUAAUGUGGCCAAGAUACACUGUACCCAGAGCCUGUGCAGUCCAUGUUUUCACUGUUACACUGGCUAUCGAGCUGGAAGUCUUUGGCCAUGGUAGUUAGAAACCUCGUCUCUGCUCUCUCCGUAAUUAAAUAAAGUUAACUCCUAAAUGGCAGAGAAUUGAGCAGUGAGACUACAGGGGCAUUAUCUACACCUCAAAAUUGCUUCAUUACAUUAAUGUUGUUUUGGUCCCUUUAAGUUGGAGGAUGUGAGAUUUAAACCAAACCCCUAUCAUUUACAGUUGACCAAUGCUAUCCCAGUUGGAUGAAAUUGACUGUUAAUGUGGAAAUGUUACAUUUGCAUUGUCAGUGAGGCUGAGUAGGAGAUGGGUUGACACACCACAACUGGAGGGCACCUGGACACUCUAGUCAUCAUUAUCCCUACACCAUGCUGUGGUGGUUAGAUUAAUACUUUAGUGUCAGGAAUACAAACAUGUAUUCCUGACACUAUAUAGGUCUAAAUGUGCAGUUUAGCUCUCUGACCCCCCCUUACCCUAGUUUUAAAAAAAAAAAUGUGAUUUACUCAUCUAUUUUUAUUUUAUUUUUUAAUUUUUUUCCCUAAGCGCUGUGUUGGUCUCCUCGAAGCUGGCCCUACCCCCUCUCCGCAUCCUUGGCUGAAAUCAUCAAUUUGAUGAUCUCAGCCAAACGAAUGCUUUCCCAUAGGAAAGCAUUGGAAGGCUAUUGUGCAUGUGCAGCAAAACGCAACGGUGCGCCAAUAAGCAUCUCCACAUAGAAAUGCAUUGAGCCAACGCAUCUCUAUGGUGAAUGUUCAGCACCUCCAUGUGCAGCGAGGAGACGCUAAUAGUACUGACCCAUGAAGUAUCUCUAGUGGAUGUCUGAGUAAUGCUCACUAGAGGUGUUACUAGGCAGUAAUGUAAACAUGUCAUUUUCAUUGAAAGGGCAGUGUUUGCAUUGAUAAGUCUGCAGGGACAGACUAUAGACACUAGAACCUCUACAUUACUUAUUUACAGUACUUAAGUUACUUAGCAUGUGCCUUUAAGGAUAAAUCCAGUGCCUAUUUUUUUACAGAAAGAGAUUUAGAUGUGUGGAAUAGCUUUCAAGCAAUGGUACUAGAGACUAAUGGAAAGGGACAUUUUAAGGCGGCUUUGGAAUGACAAAUGGUGUUCUGUUCAAAAACUUGAAUAAAGCCUGUGCCAAAUGGUCUUUAUCGUCUAUCAAAAUCAAUGUUUCUGUGCUAAUGAAAGAUCUGUCGGGAUUAAGAACGGAGACUGUUAAAGCGGCGUUUGCGUUUAUGGCGGUCUUUGCAUAUGUAAAAAGACUCCCGGUGUCAUGCCUGCUUGGUGUGCCGCAGCUGAUAUUAAGCUGAAGGAAGAAUUAAUCACUGGACGCUAUCCCUCACGUGCGCCAACUUCAUUCUUCAGUGCUUCUAUCUUCAGCUCCUGGUGCUUCAUCUGCUAGGAGCUGCGUCCAUGUCAUACUCUUGUGCAAGUGUGAGAGUACAUCACCGAGGCUUAUUAAAGGAUCACUAUAGUGUCAGGAAAACAAUGCGGUUUUCCAGACACUCUAGUGCCAUGAGGGUGCCCCCACCCUCAGGGUCCCCCUCCCCUGGUGCUGAAGGGGUUAAAACCCCUUCAGUUACUUACCUUAUUCCAGCGCCGGGUUCUCUCGGCGCUGGUGACCUCUCCGACGUCAGUGGAGCCGAAUGCGCAUGUGCUGCGCACGCAUUCAUAGUGUCCAUAGGAAAGCAUUUCUCAAUGCUUUCCUAUGGACGCUCUGUGGGGUGGAUGUGACAGACAGCCACUAGAGGGCAUUUCCGUGUCCAUAGCACAGGAAACCUGUGCUAGAGCGUCGCUGGACAUCCUCACGCUGUGUGAGGACCUCCAGCGUCGCUCAAUUCCCCAUAUGAAAGCAUUGAAAAGCAUUUUCAAUUCUUUCCUAUGGUGAGCUCUAAUGCGCGUUCGCAUUAGGUUUCCUCAGCCGGCGGACGGGGUCAGUCUGGUGGCUGACGUAAUCACCGGGAAGUAGCGGCAGAAACCACCGCCGAGGGACAUCGGUGGGGUCUCAUGUAAGUGGCCUGAAGGUGGUGGGAGGGAGAGGGGACCUGCAGUGCACUGGAGAGUCCCUUUAACCGCAAAUGUAAAAAUUGCAGUUUCUCUGAAACUGCUAUGUUUACAUCUGAAGGGUUAAAACCUGAGGGACAUUGGACUCGGAUCACUUCAUUGAGCUGAAGUGGUCUGGGUGACUAUAGUGUCCCUUUAAGGAUUGUGCAAGAUCACAGAAUCCUCCAUAAAUCUGAUUGAGAUGCCUGAGAAGUUGCCUCUAUCUUGCAACCAUCACUAGCAACAGAUGUAGGAAUUGACAAAACACUAUGGUGGAAAUGCCUUUUUAGCAAGUUUUCUCAACCUUGACUUUGCUUAGAAGACAAAGUAUUGAAUUUCAAAAAAAUUUGUUUUAUGAAAUAUUUAGAAUUUACAGUGCUUAAUCAAAGAGUCAUUCUAAACACCAUAACCUUUUAAAAAAAAAAAAAAAAAAAAUGUAUUUCCUGCUGCUGCUUGUCAUGUAAAUUAAAUUCAGAUCUGUGUAUUUGAAUGUUUUUUUAUAUGCCUUAUCAAUAUAAUGCAUUUAAAAUGCAGGCAACUUCCAGCCCGGGUUGUCCCUUUCAUCACCAUUAACAGUGCUUAAUAUUUUAGUUCAUACUUCUACGAUUUCCUUGAUACGGCUUUUGUUUAUUUAAUUCACUGUUUUUUUUUUUUUUUAUCCUCUCUUUUCAGAUUGAAAAUAACAAGCUUACCCUUCCUGUGAAUGUUAACCAGCAGGUGCCAAUUCAGGAGAUUGGAAUUAAAUCUCCUGACACCACUGUCCUCACCGUGGAGCCGUCUCCCCUAGACAAAACCAAAGGGUUCUUUGCUGACGAGUCUGAGCCCCUUCUCCGUUGUGAUUCUACGUCAAGUGGGUCUUCUGCACUCAGCAGGACUGGUUCAUUCAUAACCAAAGGUAAGAAACAUAGAAUGUGACGGCAGAUAAGAACCAUUCGGCCCAUCUAGUCUGCCCAAUUUUCUAAAUACUUUUAUUAGUCCCUGGCCUUAUCUUAUAGUUAGGAUAGCUUUAUGCCUAUCCCACGCAUGCUUAAACUCCUUUACUGUGUUAACCUCUACCACUUCAGCUGGAAGGCUAUUCCAUGCAUCCACUACCCUCUCAGUAAAGUAAUACUUCCUGAUAUUAUUUUUAAACCUUUGUCCCUCUAAUUUAAGACUAUGUCCUCUUGUUGUGGUAGUUUUUCUUCUUUUAAAUAUAGUCUCCUCCUUUACUGUGUUGAUUCCCUUUAUAUAUUUAAAUGUUUCUAUCAUAUCCCCCCUGUCUCGUCUUUCCUCCAAGCUAUACAUGUUAAUAUCCUUUAACCUUUCCUGGUAAGUUUUAUCCUGCAAUCCAUGAACCAGUUUAGUAGCCCUUCUUUGAACUCUCUCUAAAGUAUCAAUAUCCUUCUGGAGAUACGGUCUCCAGUACUGUGUACAAUACUCCAAGUGAGGUCUCACCAGUGUUCUGUACAAUGGAAUGAGCACUUCCCUCUUUCUACUGCUAAUUCCUCUCCCUAUACAACCAAGCAUUUUGCUAGCAUUUCCUGCUGCUCUAUUACAUUGUCUGCCUACCUUUAAGUCAUCAGAAAUAAUCGCCCCUAAAUCCCUUUCCUCAGAUGUUGAGGUUAGGACUCAAUUAUGACUGACUACUUAAAAAGAAUGGGCAUACCCCAUUUGCAAUACCUUGGGUUGUCUACUAUUGCAAAUGGUAUGCCACAUCAUGGGGGUGUUUCUCAUUCCUGAGCUACCAUAUGGUCUCAAAGGCAACGUAACCAAUCUGGCGAAUUUCAAUGUGAAAAAACUGAAAAAUGUAACAUGCUAUAUUUGACCCUGUAACUUCCCAAAACACCAUAAAACAUGUACAAAGGGGGUACUGUUUUUUACAUGUGAGACAAUAGAUGUAUUUUAUUGCAGUAAAAGCAAACAGUAUUAUGAUAUUCACAGUUAAAAUUUCAUGCAGAAUUUAAAAAUAACAAAAUUUCCUAUUUUCACACAUUUUUUUCGUAUUUUAUUCAUGUUAAAUUAUGUUAAAUAGCUAAAUAUUUUAUGUUAUAUGAAAGCCCUAUUUCUCCUGAAUAAAAUGAUAUAUAAUAAGUGUAGGUGCACUUAAUAUGAAAGAGGUGAAUUACGGUUGAACAGACAUAUAGUCAAAUUCCAAGUUUUGUUUACGUUUAAUUUUGAACAAAACGUGUACAUUUGGCUCAGUCCGUAAGUGGUUAACAGACUUUAUGUGUUAGGAAAGAUUUUUAUUUUCAAUACUGCCUUAAAGGGACACUAUAUGCACCCAGACCACUUCAGCUCAUUGAAGGGGUCUGGGUGCACUGUCCCAAUUUCACAAAGUGCUGCAAUGUUAAACAUGGCAGUUCCAGAGAAAUGGGGAGGGGUGUUGCAGAGUGAACUAUUGUGCCAGGAAUACAGCUUUGUAUUCCUGGCACUUAUCGUAUCUCUUUAAUGUAGUGUGUGUGUGUGUGUGUGUGUGUGUGUGUGUAUAUAUAUAUAUAUAUAUUUUAAACACACUAUACAUACAGACACAAACACAGACAUAUACUACAUUAAAGAGAUACUAGAAGUGCCAGGAAUAUGUAUAACACCCAACUAAGAUUGCAGUUACGGAGAAGAAGACUUGUAAUGUGUUUCUUUUUUAUCACGCAGAAAAAAAGGACACAGUUUUGCGUCAAGUUCGUUUGGACCCCUGUGACCUUCAGCCUAUUUUCGAUGACAUGCUUCCUAUCCUGAGCCCUGAAGAACUUCAUGUCAUUGACAAAAUCCCACAGGCAGAAGACAAGCUUGACCGUCUUUUUGAGAUUGCUGGAGUAAAGAGCCAGGAGGCCAGCCAAAAACUCCUCGAUUCUGUCUACAGCCAUCUCCCUGAUCUGCUGUAGCAUUAACAAAGUAAUUAAAUACUGGAAUACACAUACAGCACUUCUUGCUUGCCUGUCAAUGGUAGGGCAAGCGGGUUCACUACCGCUUCAGGCCAGUCAAUGUUGUUGCAGGAGGAGAAACCAUGCUGUGCUGAUUAUCCUUUUAACCUAUUUUGUCCAUUUUUAAAUGGAAACCUUGGUCAGGAUGCUUGAUGUGUUACAUGUUCUUACUUAUUGCAAGCAGGGAAUUCAUCUUUGCAGUUAUGGAUCGAUAGUGAUUAUUUGUUACAGCAUUCUAAGAGAAUAUUAGCUUUUUAUUUUUCAGGCUUGGUUUAACUGGCAUCUGUCGUGAGCAAUCAACUUUUGAUAUAUUGUGGUAUAUGUUAGCAUAUGCUACUUUGCAGUGUUGUGAUAGCUGUAUCCAUUAAAGGACCACUAUAGGCACCCAGACCACUUCAGCUUAAUGAAGUGGUCUGGGUGCCUGGUCCAGCUGGGGUUAACCCUGAAACUGCUAUGUUUAUAAAUAGGUUAAUCCAGCCUCUAAAGCCUCUAGUGGCGGUCUCAUUGACAGCCGCUAAAGGCGUUUGCAUGUUUCUCACUGUGAAAAUCAGUAAGAAGACGCAAGCGUCCAUAGGAAAACAUUAUGAAUGCUUUCCUAUGAGAGUGGCUGGAUACGCGCGCAGCUCCUGCCGCGCAUGCGCAUUCAGCCAGAGAGGAGGAGGAGACCUCCCCGCCCGGCGCUGGAGAAAAAGUCUUAACCAAAAACAUUAACCAUAAUAUAUUUAAUUGCCACCCUUCCAGUGGGGGCGGCAGUGUUCCUUGUAGUCAGAGCUGCUGCUACGUUCCCUACAGUGGGAGCUGCUGCUGCUGCGUUCCCUCCAGUGGGAGCUGCUGUUGCUGCGUUCUCUCCAGUGGGAGCUGCUGCUGCUGCGUUCCCUCCAGUGGGAGCUGCUGCUGCGGCGUUCCCUCCAGUGGGAGCUGCUGCUGCGGCGUUCCCUCCAGUGGGAGCUGCUGCUGCGGCGUUCCCUCCAGUGGGAGCUGCAGCCCGCAGUCGGUUUGUCUAAGCGUAUGAAACACUGACAGCAAUCUGAUAUGCAGAGUACGCUGACAGUGUUCAUUGAGAGUGACGUUAUUAAGCCAUGCCACAAGAAGAAAUAAAACCAUAAUAUCUUAGAGCAUGUGGCUAUAGCAGCUGCAACUUUGCGAAGUAGCAAAUAUGUGCGUCAACAUGUCAAAAGUUAACUUUUUAUGAUAGCUCUUUAAAUUACAGGAUUAGGGAGCUUUCAUAGACAGGCCCGGCUGAGAAAAACAUUUCAUAGUCUAUUUUAUUUCUUAUUUUGUUCCUCAGCAUUCUGGAUUACAGUUCCUUUAACAUCUGGAGAUCCUUGGAUGGACACCCUCGUGUUAGGUGUUCUGUUUGAGUGCAGCCUGACCUUAUGUCCUUCCCUUCCUAUUUACAUGGGACAGAUUAGCAUCGACCGGGGCUAAAGGAAUGAAAGGGGCAGUACUUAGGUGGGUAGAGUACCUAUUGCAGAAAAGCUGAGCUGUGAAUGGGCAGGGCAUUAUAUCGCCACCACUGAUCAGGGAUGCCCAGUAUUAGCUGCUAUGCAUGUAGCUUCAUAGACAGAUCCUAAAGAUUUACAGGUAAGUUCAUAGAUUCUGGAUACUUUACAGGACAGACGGCUGACAUCAGAAUUGCCCUCCUCGUAAUUGAUGAAAUAGUUAUUCCCCAGUAUGUCUGUAGUAUGCUUUGUCCAAGUUGAUUCACAAAGAAUGACAAGCUGAGCUGAUGGCAGCAAAUCAAAUAUUAAAGUGGAUGUGUCUUUUGUUUUUAUUUUGUAUUUUUUUCCCCUUAGUUUGCCCCUUAAAAAAACAUUAAUGAAUGAAAAUGCUUCUAUUCAAAGAUAUACAUAGUUUAUGUAGAACUAGCAGUUUGACAAUGGGCAGACAUUUAGUCAAAUAUUCGCCUCCCUCCAACGCUGCGUCACGUCCGGUUGUGGCACAUCACUGCUCCUCAAUGUUGCGAGGGUCAAUAUGAUGCCAGUGUUAGUGUGGUAUCCUGCAUUCAACAUGCGCAAAGCGUUUUUUUCUGCAUGUCCAGCUAUGGGCAAUGAGUGAAAUAUCCGGGCACCACCGCCUUUGAAAAUUGAAGAUGGUAACGCCAGAGGGGUGGGGGUGGGGGGGGGGGUGCAUCAGGCGGUACAGAUGGACGAAUUCUACCUUUUUCCUUUUUUCUUCUUUUCUGUUUUUGCAACUCUGUCCGUUCUCUGAAAUCCUCAAUGGUGUUAAUAAAUAAAGACAAUUGAGUCUUGGGGAUAAAUGCUGUAAUUACUAUUAAACUUCUGCCUUUUUUUUCCUUAAUAUCUUAAAAAGGUUGAAUUCCUGUCACUUCCCAAACCUGUAUCUUACUCUUUCAACUUUUAGUGGGUCCAUUCUCCACUUCUCUCUCAUCUUCCAAUUUUGCUACUGUCCCAUGGGUCCUGUCAACCCACACGCUGCCCUUCCUAUUGUGUUAUGACACCUCACUUACUCUAGAUUGUAAGCUCAUGGGAGCAGGGUCCUCAUCAACGUAUUGUUCCUAUCAAAAUCUGUAAUAGUUUGUCUCCCUUGUUGUUAAAACCCGGUAUACUAUUGUAAAGCACUACAGAAUAGGUUGGCGCUACAUAAAUGCCAGUAAUAAGUGAGAAGGGGGUAAAAACUGUGAUGGAUAGCCUCAUCGGGGUUGCUAAGGCUGGACAUUGAUUUAUAUUUUUGCUGUUUUAGAGACGAGCAAUGUGUUUUAAUUCUGAUUCACAAUGUUUCAUUUGCUAUGGCUGGUUAAUGCCGUAAUGUAGUUUAUACAUUAUUUUCUUUGUAUUUUUUAAAUUUCUGAUUCCACAUUGGUGAAUUUAGCAUUGAUACGGUUUGUUUCUCAGGAUUGGCAAUACCUGCUCUUUUAUUUUGUGUUUUUCAGUUUUUCUUAGGUUCCAUUACCGCGUCUUAAUAUUAACUUUUGUGUUUUUUGUUUUUUUUGAAUACUGUAGCAACGUAUUUGUUGAAACUGUAACACGGUUUGCUGUUUGUUCCAUAACAGCACUAGCCAUUCCUUGCACUUAAAUAUUAAGAAAUGGGCCUAAUAAGCCAAGAGCCAAUCAGGAACAAGUAAAUCACAGCUCAUACACAACCUCUGCAUUCAUUUACUAAUGACAUAGCUGUAGAAAGGAGAUGCACCUUGAAUGUUUGGAUUUAAAUACUAUUCGAUAAAAGCCUAUUUGAGAUCUAUGUUGUAUAUUGCAUCUUUAUUACACAUCUAUUGUAUUAAGAUUGUGCACUUUGCCAUGUUCAAAAAUGGCAACUCAAUUUCUAAUAAUAUCCAAUAUAGUCUGUGAGUGUGUAUGGCCACUUUAAUGUCAUGCCACGUUGAUGUCAUGCCACGAUUUGUUUUGUGGGUUGUAAGUAUUGCAUUAUUAGGGGGCCAGCUGUCAUGGAAGGCUGACUUGACCUAUCUGCAUACACAUUGACAUCACACCUAUACAUUGUGCUAAAUUGCUAAUCAAUGUAUAGUUUAGAUGUCAUCAAAAUGCAUUGGCAUUGUAAUUAUGACUACAAAAAGGACACCCAAGGGGAGCUGGAUCCACAGCCUACCCAGCAUCUCAAUAUUCUGAGCAAUCACACACUCGUUCUUCCCCACCUCUGGUGGCCAAAAGGAGGAGGCAAUAAGGUAUAUAUAUUUUUUUUUUAUUUUUUUUAUUUAUUAUUAUUAUUCUAUACAUUUGCUACUUAUUUUACCAGCACAAUGUAUAGAUUAAAUAUAUACCAACCCAAAUGUGUCAAUGUCAUUUGCAUAUUCUACAAACUACAGGUCAACGUUGAAAAAUUAAGAAUGACAGUUAAGCCCAGGUGUUCUUUAUGACGUUACGAAAAAUGGCACGCUAACUAGAUUUUUUUUAUUUGUACAUUAUUUUGGUGCUUUAUUACAUGCUCCAAAAAAAAAAAACACAACAUCUGACAAAAAAGAUUUUGCCUUUAAGUAGACUAAUUUAUUAAUGAAUACUAGGUGUUUGUUACUGAAAAUGCUUCUGUAUGUUUACAUCACCAAUAAAUACUUUAAUGUAAGUAUCUAACCUUAUGUGUAUACAAUCAAACCUGUUGUUAAGCAUUGCAAGUAAGCAGAUUUUAUUUCUUCUUUUUUUGUAAAAAAAUAAAAAUAAAAAAAAUAAAAAACCUAUUUAUAUACCAA